GCUCCUUUUGACGCUUCAGUGAUUUGACGCAGCGUCAGGAGGAGAGAGGCUGCUGGUGCACGAGGAAAAGAGGAGGGGAAGUGAGGAAGAUGAGAAGUUUGUCUGUUGAGGUUGGCGAGUAAGGUGCAGUCAGACGAUGUUCCUUGACUUGACUUAAGGUUAAUGGAAACAACAUUAGAAUAGUUUUUUGUUUUGUUUUUUAUUUUUGCUCAGGCAGCAGCAGAGUUUCCUCCUUUUGUUUGAAUUCCGUUAAAGGAGAACUACUCACGUGAUUAAUUAGACCGGAAAGAUGUUCUCUUUACUUUUUAAAUGGACAUUUUUCCUCCAAGUGUUUUUAAGCUCCUGCACUGCCUCACCGGAGGACACACCGGGGGAAUUUGGAGGAGAGUCCGGCUCUGGGAUGCUGCAGACAGGUAAGAGUUUGACACACCUGUGCAGAGACAUAGAUGGCGAACGGAAGUGACGGGUAUGCUAGUUCGAUAAGCUAAUCUAAGUGUGAAUUAAAUAUUUGGCUUCUCUCAGAAAAUGGCAUGGGUAUUUUUUUUAGCUGUUUUUUCUGCAUUAUUUUGUAAUAUUGAAUGACUUUUAUUGACAAAAUAUACUAUAUACUACAGUUGCCCCUUGUUUUAAACAUGUUUUAAAUGGUAAAGCAACAUCACCUGUUACAGCCGUUAAACAACCAAUCCCUGCAGCAGCUGAUGGAUAGGUCAGUCUCUCAGCUGCAGCUCAUUACAUCAUUUGGUCAGAGUAAUUUAUGUCCAGAUGACACUUCUCCUCUCUUCAACAGCCUUCCCUCCAACACUCAGCAUCCCCAGUCCAACUUUGAUGCUCUUAGUAUCCUCGUAUUUUCAUCUUUUAACCAGUAACACUUGCAAAGCUGAGUGUAUAACUCUAAUUGACCAGAUGUGAAGACUCAAUCCAGAGCACAAGGAAACAAUAAGACUUCAGCACAUGCCAAUGGGAUUGGAUGUUUUUCCCCCUUCAAUUACUCUAACAAGUUCUGCCAGUGUAAAACGACUAAUUAAGAAUCGUUUUUAAAGCACAUCUGUAAAUAAAAUUAACAGCUUUCGGAUGUUCCUUCAACAUCAAUAAGUCUCCUUUCAUGCUGUCAAAUAUUUUAAGACAUUUACAACCAUAAACCACCUUAAAUCCAUGUUAUUGCAGUUGUUAAUGAAUCAGUGUUUACUACUAAAUCACUUAUCAAAAGCCACUAAGCUGAUGUAAAAGUCGCCAAAUAUGUUAAAUCAGUUGAAAGUGAUUAUUUGGUCAUGUCUGGUAGAAACUCUAAGUCUAAACUAAUUAAACUGAUGCUUGGAGAGGAACACAUACAUUUGUCGGAGUUUAUUUUCAAGGGUUGUCAUGAUUAGCUUCUGUUGAAUAUGUGCGAAUCCCAAGUCUUGAUCUGAGACUUGUAUUUGCCUUGGUAAUAGAACUGCACAAUGUUGUUUUUUAUGUUUGCUUAGCAAUGACAUAUGGUAAUGUAAAAUUUUAACUGUAAAGCUAGCAGUCACAUCGUGUUUUAAAUAACCAUAGACAACAUACCAUAGAUCUAAAGCCCCAAAACGGUUGCUACUGUUAGGAAACUCUUAUUUGUGUUGUGUGCAAAUUAUACACAGUUUAAUGACCACUGAUGCACAUGAUUGGGGAAAAAAUGAUCAGUUCAGAUUGCCAAUCCCUAUUCAGUAAAAAAAAUGUACAUGUCAGCUUCAGUCUGAUCACUGAGAUUCUGGUGAGGAACCAAUAUUUUGAUUGAUUGGGUCCAGUCGCUCUUUAGGGUGCUCAAAAUAGUUGAUGGACUUGCUGCAUACACUGUCUCACAAGAUGUCUAUAGCUAAAGCCCAAAACUCACACACAUUCUGUUCAUUCUUAUGUGCACACCGGUUUUCCACAGUCACAUGUAUUGUCUUACUGUGUGGAUGCCUGUUAUUUUAUUAGCUCUGUGAAUACAGUGACAUCUGCUCUCAACCUUUCAGUUUACCGUGUGUCCUAUGGUUGUGGUUGGGGUUUCAAACCCAUCCAUGACCUGUUGAAAUUGAUCGUAGAUUGGACCUCUGCCAGGCGCCUGAGUUUGUCAUGUCUGGAUUCCACAGCAUCUCGCACUGUUUAUGUUCCAGUUUGGGUUUUUAUCACAUAUCUCAUUGCUAUCAUCUGUAGGUUAUAGAGCCAAACAGAGAUGUCAGAUAGAAGGGGCACCAGCUGAGAGUUUGGAUUAGACCAGUGAGGUGACAGAUGAAUCAGGCAGUGUGUUGAUUGAAUGUAGCCUGCUGAAUGUUUUCAUUGUGUGUGUAAGCAUAGAUGUCAGAGCAUGAGAGCCUUGUGCAAACUUUCAAGGUAUAUCACUGAAUAAGCUGAGGGUUAUGUAAUACCGCUGUAAAAAAAAAUCCAUGUGUUUAUUGGUUAUCAACACACGUUUCCAGUGUUAAAUCUUGCUCCUUUGUAGACAUAACUGUGGACAUGGAGGAAUUUGUGAUUUCUGCAGAUUUCCACAGAUUAAGGACCCCACUGUGAGGAAAUGACAUAAGGACAGAAAACUUUACAAGAGUGUUCAUGGAUUCAGGCAUCCCAUGGAUUGUCAGAAAAAUUUAAAAGGCAGAACUAUUUGAUUCUGUUUAUCUAGAUAGUGAAGAGUUUUCCUGCCUGUGAGAGAGCUGUGUAACAUUUGGUUGUCAGUCCUUUUAAAGCGUAUGUUUUUCAUUAGACAAUGUACCAAGCUUGUCAGAAUUUCCAAAACUUAAAGGGAUAUUCCGGCGUAAAAUUAAGUUAGGGUCAAACACACCGUAACACAGAGUUAGACACCCCGUCGAGAGAUGAAUGUUGCAGACCGCUUGAUCAUUACUUCAUCAUUUCCUUGAAGUAAUAAUCACCGUAUCAAUCAUUUUGCACUGAUGACACGGUAGUUCUUCUGCCUUAGCGUCUUGGUCUGAUGGCAUUUCCAUGAAGAAAUGAUUAUAAAUGUUCUUCCUUGAGCUGCAUCAUCUAGCUGCAGUCGGUAAUGGACUCGUCUGAGGUCUCUGUACAAACAAGUGGCUGCUGGAAGAGAGUAGGUGAGUUGUGUUUAGUCUCUUUGCUUAAGAAAUUAGGCAAAGCUAAAAAGAUGUUUGGUGGCUAGUGCUAUGGCUGGGACCAUGUACUGUUGAUGAAGUUAGGUGCUGUUUUGAACAUUAUUUGUGGCUACAGAGUGGUGUUUUGGUUAAGCGUGUGGCUCCUGAGACCGCUGUGUAUUGCUAUCGUGCGGUCGUUACUAAAGUUGAUAUAACUAGAGAAGCAAGCAGUUGGCAACAUUCAUCUCUCGACAGGGUGUCUAACUCAGUUUUGACCCUAAAUUAAUUUUAUGCCGGAAUAUUCCUUUAAAUACUUUCCAAUACUGGGUGCUUUAAAAUUAAAAAUUGACUAUUUGUAUUUUUGAAAGUAUCGAAAAGCAGCAAAGCAGAUCUACACUCUUAUUUUCAACCUGCAGUUGACAUUGAGAUAUAAUGAGAAAGACCACUGAGUCAGAGAACACCGUGGUAAACGUGGAAAAAAGGUUUUUUUAAUUAUAUUGUCAGUGGUCAGACACUAAACAAUGCAAAAGUGCAGAUAUAUUGUUUUUCCGUCCAGCACACUGCAAAUAGAUGAAAGAGCUCUGAAAGUACAAGAUUUAAAGCAAAGUUUCUCCUUUAUUUAAGCAUCAAAUGUUCCUGCCAUUUUCAAUCCAUUUAUUCUUCUUUUCAUCCAUCCAUCCAUGUCAGCCAUAUUUAGCUGUGAUAUGAGACUCCUUUAUGUCAGGAUAAGCUUACUGUAGCCUCUGACCUUUUGAGAUUGGUAUCUCUGCAGCACAGUAUGCAGAACAGCUGUAACCUGUAGCAGGAAUUUGGAGGUGUGCCUGUGUCUGAGUGUCUCCAUACUUCUCAGCAUCACCUGUCAACUCACUUCACCGCACACCCAGCACUUUCCUCAGAAGUGGAAAUUGCUGACUAGCCCUCUUGACCUCCAGCAGGAGAGUGUAAGUGUAGUCCUUUUAUGUCUCUCAAGCCCUUUAGAAAUUUAAGAAGAAAUUGUGUCACAGACAGAAAUAUGUUUUUGAUUAUAAAUACUUUAGUUGACAUUAAGUGUUCUCGGAUAUCCAGCUUCAAAAAGUUUUGUCUGUCAUUUGAAACCCCACGAAAGAUGUCAGGAAAACUACCAGCAAGAUUACCAUGAAAUUCAACAGGGGGUCACGCUACAGAGAUAUUGUUCCUAACAUGGUUGGAUUUCUGUCCUCACGAGAGCUAUGCUGAUAAAUUGAUAAACUGGUCGACCAUUUUUGCCAUUUAAAGCUAAAUAUGUCACCUUUUAAACAGAAGAAAAAGAGUACACGCAUGCAAAAACUUGGAAGUUUUAUUUAGCAAAGAAAUAAAAAUGUAAAUCAACGAAAACUUACUUAGAAAACGUCCAUCAAUGAACAAGUCUGAAGACACCACCCUUGCAUUUCAAGUCUUCUUUGUGUGUUUGUUUAGGAGUUUUAUGCGCAUACUCCUUGUCUUUUUCACUAUUUUUUGUUGUGUAUUUCUGUGGCAGUGUUCCAGCGCCACUUACAGGCCUGGCAUAUAUACUACAGUAUUUUUAGUAGCUUCGACGAUUCCAUGUUUAUAAAACAAAGAAGAAAUUGAUGGUCUCCAUGUUGGCACAAGCUAAAUACACACCUGGUAAUGAAUGAUGCAACACAAUGCGAUAGCUGAACUUAGUAAAACUGAAACACAAGGAUCACAAGGAGAAAAAUGAAACAAGAAAACCACAUGACAAAAUAUCCUGUUCUUUUCUUUGUCAAAUGAUCUAGUUGAGAUAAAAGUAACCUGAGUUUUAUUCUACUUGCUAAUAAAAAAGGAACAAAGUGAUUGGUAGACGUAAUAGCCACAUGGACUUAUAACCCUGUGUUCAUGGUCCCAAAAAGAUGACUCCAUCCUUACCGAAUUCGCCCCAUUGAUUCAAGUUUGUUGACAAAUGACAAAUGGUAAAAAGAUUCAAUCCAAAUUUGCUUCUUAUGGUGCAUUUACACCAAAUAUGAAUAACAUCAUUUGUGCGAUUGAUGUACAUAUAAAAUCAACAAUAAGAUGUAUGGCUCAAUGCAAACAAGGCAGCGUGAGUGGUGCAAAAUGAGCAGAGUAUUUUGGCAAAUUGAGCGGAUCAUUGACUUUGACUUUAGUGGUCAUAGUGGUCUGUUACUUUUCUUAUACUUGAUAGUUACAGAUGUUUUAAUAUCAGUAUCUUAUGAUGUGAUAAUCAGAUUAGAAUAAAAAGUUAAUUAAAAGAAAUUGAAGCUCAGCAGGCACACUUUUUUUCUGUCACUGUUUUUUAAAUGAAAAAAUAUUUCAGUUUUGUUACACUGCAAAAUUUAUGUCACAUCACCAAGCUCUGGAGUCAAAGUGGAUCAAAAGCACAGUCCCGGCUGUGUCGAUGCUUCUUCGGCAGGUUGAGCUCAUGAUGUCAUUGCCAAUAUAAUGCCAGAUCCAUAACCAGGCAUCUGCAACCAAUAAAACGUGAUCUCGGCCCUCAGAGCUUGGUGAGGCAGUAUCUGGAGCCCAUUAGCCAGCUUUAACCAGACAGGGGCCCACAUGCCGUGGCGUGCAUGGUGUAACAUUCUCUCGAAUGUACACAGGGUCAUUGGUCUGGUUCUGGGUGUGGAGAGGGUUACUGCUUGUGGUUAGCUUUGUGUGAACAAAAGCGGGUGGAGAGGGCUAGGUGCAAACCACAUGUUGGGCCAGAACCUCCUUCCGCCAACUAGAUCCAGAUGGCUGAUAAAGAGGGCUGAUACUGUUCAGACCAAGUUCUUCAGAUGUUUGGCAUUAAAGAUGAAUGAAAGAGAGAGCUUUUUAUUUUUAUUUAUUUAUUUAUUUUUUUUAACAUUUAUAGCAUUACCUCAGUGACCACUUUGUAGUGUCAUUUCUCAUGUGUCUUUAAUUGUUCAGUCACCACAGAAAGUCUGCAGACACAUUACAGCCUAAAGGACACAAAGACACAGAUUUAUGUGGAAAGGUUGUUUAAAGGAUGUGGUUGUUUGGUCCCCAAACUAUGCUGUUUGCGGUUUCGCCUCAACUCCAGUGUUGACACUCAUUUUUGUGCCUUUUCUCUGUGCAGAUCACAAGUUUCUAUGCUGCUUGCAAAUGUAAAGCACCUGCCUUGCAGGGCUGAGCAAGGCUGGUGGUGAUAAUGUGCACCUGGCAUCACACGUAUAGUACCUGCAGUUAUGUUUAUUGUUACUGUAUAUCAUUACUAUACUUGUUUAUAAGCAGUACAAUGGUUCGAACCAUUUGCAAAUUGUCUAUGAGAUAUAGAACUGUGAUGGUUAUGGAUUGUGUCUUGAUUUGUUGUGUAAGUGCAAUAAAAAAAAGUGUAAUUGUCUGAGGUCACAGUAAUAGUAGCCUGCUCUUAGAAUAGUUCGGUCUGUGUCUCUGACUUUGUUUAUCUGCUGUUAAGGCUGAGUGGUAACCCAGAGGAGAAGUAGUGUUUCCUCAGUGAAAAUAAGUGCCUGAUGGCUUUGAAAUGAAGAUGAGGUUGGAGACACAGUGACAGUGAUUCAAAAGGGCAAAGUGGCAGAUCAGACUGAUAACAAUGAUUUAAAGAUUUCCUUUUAAAAGAAUUUAAAUUAUAAAUUUUCUGAAGGAUCAUCACAUAAGCACAUUUGGAUAUCAAAACAAAAAUACAGAUAAAGCCACUAUCAGCUGUGCAAAACUUUUGAUAUUGUUAUGCUAGAUUUCCACGAUGAUCGGUUUAUUUUCCCCACACUCCCCGUCAAGGUGGAAACUUCCCUGCUGCCUUCAGCCAAAAGUUCAGCUGAGGGUUCAGUAACAGCACUUGGCAUGAGUUUGGCUCUGUGUCUUCAUCCCUGGCAGGCGUGCGGACUGAAAUCUGGUGCAGAUUGGUGUCUAAUAGCAGUGUCUGACUUUAUUUGGCAACCAUUUACCCCAUGGGACACAUAAGAACUAUCAUAUUAUUGUAAUUCAUCAUGAAAGAAGUCAGGGCAGAGCCAGGAGGCCCGUUUUUACAACUGCAGCUGUGACAUGUGUAACUGCCCUACACAAAAUGAUGCCAGGUGAUGAAAUGUUGUUUCAUACCUGUGAGACACACUUAAUUUCUACCUUUUCUACACAUUCUUGUGCUUAACCUUGUUGAACAAGAAGUUUUUAAUAACAUAUUAGAAGUGAAGCACUAUUUAAACGAGCAAAGUUUAUAUUAAGCCUUACAGAAACUAUGUUAUAGUAUAUAUACUGUUCACUGACCCUCAGCUUUUUUGUUAACCCCUGAUUGAUAUGAGCAUGGUAAAAAAUUUAACAGGGCAAUGAUGGCUGUCUUAGUUGUGAUGUAUAUGACAUGGUUGACAUGGUCAUUUCUCCAGUUGAAAGUGGGCAAGUUACAUGGCAUGUAUAAGAUUUGUGAUACAUGCGGUAUACUGUUUUCUUCUUUUUCUGCAGAACAAGUAUGCCUGACAUCGGACAGUGGAUCUGCUGCUGCCGUUCACUUUGUGCAGUGAGAGUUUUGAAUAAAUGUGGAAAGUGUUUUCACAUUUCAGACGUGUUUGAUGUCACUAGUUUUAUCCAUGACCUACCACUUAAGCUUGUGGUUAAGUAUCUUAUUUGAUACUAACUAGUAAGUGCCAUCCAAGAACAAUGAUUGUGGGUUUCUUAAGACAGAAUGAGUCAAAAACAUGAAUUGGAAUCAUAAUAUUUUUUUUUAUCAGGGCUUUUAUCGUUAUCACUCGGGUGGCAGAACUUAUCAUCAUAAAUCUUUUAGCCCAUAUCGCCCAUCCGUAGUGCACAGUUUAUUUAUUAGCAGUUAAUUUUAUUGUAUUGUAUACUAGAAGGAUGCCCAACCUACUGAAAACACUCUGGAAGACUAAACAGAUAAGAUAGAGACAAGAUAUAAGGAUAAAAAAAUACAAACAAUGACAGACCAAAUAUUAACAUAAUGUUGCACCACAGACCCAGUACUGGCCAGGCUUGCUGACUUGUUUCUUUCAAUGUUCAGGACAAAGCUUUCAUGCUUAGUGCGCUUUCAGAACCAACUGCACCUGGUUUGUUCGUUAUCUUAUAAGAAUUAUGUCAAAAAGUCUGGUUAUGACAUUAGUCUGUGCUGCGAGCUACUGUACUUGAGGAUGGAGUUAGACCGAUGCUUUUGUUUUGUUUUGUUAAGGAGAUUUACUGAGACUUUAAAAGAUGACAGUACAUCAUAGUGUGUAUAUAGUUCAUAUGUUUAUUCAGCUGGGUGAAGGUAUCACAGAUUAGAAACUACACGAGAGUUUGGAUUUUAUUGGCUCACCCACAUUUCCUGCCUUUGUGUGAGGUCGAUGUCUGUCUUGACAUGGCUCAAGACCAAUUAAUGUAAUAAAUUAGAUUAAAUGGCAGCGCCUCACUGUUCUGUCCCUGUGGCAUUCAAAAAAUGACUUCUGCGAUUACAGUUUGAGCGCUUUCCUGAUCUUUGAAACCCGGUCUCUGAAAAGACUGAACUUUAAACUUACCAGUUGAAAUGAAGAGGUCUAAAGUUAAUUGAGUGGUGUGAUAGUUGGAAUGGAUACCUUUUGACAUGUUCAUAAACGUCCUCUUUGGUGAGGAACGUGCUGAUGCUUAUCUUUAUUGGUUUGGCUGAACUUGACUGAUGCAGGUCCUGAGGUGACAACUCUGUUAUGACUAACAGAAAUGGAGCAGAUCAGACGUGGGACAGCCGGAGGGAGAGACUUUAAAUUAGAUUCGUUUCCCUUUUUUCUCCUUUGCUUUGCUGUGGCUGAGCCAUAACUUCACCUUUACGCUCCGAUCAGCCGCGGUCUGUCAGGACCCAUUCAACCUGUUAAGCUUUUGUUUACUGUAAUGUGAUUGAUUUGUUUUGAAAUCUCAGCUCUGUGUGGUUUUCCCUAGUCACUACUCACAUUUCUGCUCAGACCGCUCAGGUUUUGACAGCCCUCUGGGAUUUGUUUCAGGGGACAGAAAUCUCUUUUUUUUCUCUUUCUUUCUUUCUUCUUGCUCGACUGUGAGGCACUGUGCCACUCUUAUCAACAGUCUCACAAUAGCACAAUGCAUGCCAAUUAAUACUAAAAACAUUGUUGUUGGAAAGAGAUUUCUCUUAACCAGAGAAGGGAAAUGCAAAGUUUUUCAGAUAACAGCCUUCUCAAAAUGUUCAUACUUUAAUAAUUAAAGCAGCUUGUUUACAUUUGACGCACAUUUAACUAAUUAGUGUCUUUCAACAGUUUCCUUCCAUAGUUGGAGAUGUUAUCAUGUCAGGACUAAAAAAGGAUGUGAACAUGCACUAGUAACCACCUACUAUGCUAAUUACACGCUAGCUCCAUCAUCCUGAUGUCAUCCUGAUUAUGUCUGUCAGUCCGUUCGGUUUUUAUACUCCUACAUUUAGCAGCCGGACACAUUGUCUCUCAUCUUUGUGAUGACCUCAUGUAAUAACAGCGUCUGUAACCAUUCAGUAAUGAUGGACAUUACCGCAGCAUGCACAUGUUGACAAAAAAAAGACACUGAACACUUAAAAGAAGCACAGUUGGGGUGAACACUAUGUGACAAACUGUAACAAGUUUCGUCUGCUCAGUCUGCAGCCCAGGUCCAGAGAUAUAUGAUUAUGUUUCUACUGAUUGACAUGAUCCAGAUUAUGGCUCAGUCGGCUGCAUUCCUGACACACUUUUUACAAGCUUAAUCUACAUACUGUUAACAGCUUUAGCACUCUCUCAGUCACAGCCUAUAGAAAAAGGAAGGAGAUCCGUCAUGUGAAAUGGAAGUCAGGGGGACUUAAGUUGCUGCUUUAAAAUAAAUCUCAGAGUCCAACAUCAACAGAUUUUUUUGGAGUCGACUGCUCUGUCAUAGGCAACAUCUAAAUAUAUCUGCCCAAUUCUCAAUUCAAACAUGCAGAAUGUGAAUCAUUUCAAAGAGCUACAAAUGUAUAGCAAUUACAGAGCUGUGUUAGAAAACUGUUUUUACUUACAUCUUAACUUUCAAAAGCCAGAAACAAUGUCUGAAAAGAUUUUAGCAUGUAUUUCUGUACAGGCAGACUUUGGUGUUAUGGUUGAAUGAGUUACCCUGUUAGCUGGUGACCUUUUUGAAUCUUGUGCUGCAUUCCAGUUACCUUGGAAGUCAGAUGUUGGAGCUGGGAAUUACAUUACACCUAAGUUGACGGCAUUCAAGUAAAGUAAACAAGUUGGAAAACAAAGAUGGGCGCCUACUGUUAACCGUUGUUAGCUGUUGUUAGCCGUUGUCAGCUGUUUUUAGUUAAUGUUAGCUAUACCAGUUGUAAACAACGCAUAACACAGUAUUUUACUCUUACAAACACCAUAGCACCGUGUUCAUAGUUGGACGUUGGGCAGUACAACAUAUACCACUUAUUUAAUUUCACAGAAACAAAACAGAAGUGCUAAUAAAUAAUACAUUACAAGAGCUUUCACUGUUUCUCUUCACUGUUGCUGCACUGCGCUGCCAUCUUGGAUUUUUACGUUGUCGUCAAGUCGGGGUUGGUGACGAUCGACCGACUUUCCGAGUCGGAAAUCUGACUUCAGGGGGCUGUUCCAGAUGAAAUUCUGACUCGGAGCUCUGAAAUCCCAACUUCAGAGUACAACUGGAAUUCAGCAUUAUGACACAGCCACUUAGACAUUUUAUUGAAAGUCGCCAGCUAACAGGGUUACUCAUAGAACUGUAACGCCGGUGAACUUAGUUUCAUUGUAGGGGUUAUAUUCUCUGUUUUGUGACAUGACCACAAAGCGCCCAAUUUUUAACACAUAAGACAAUCGCUGUGCUUCCCACUUUAAGUGUGUAAGAAGAUGGUUUAUGUUGAAUGGAUGCAGAAUGGAGAUGGUGUGAAAUUAAUACUUCCAUGUUAAUUUUUUUGCUUAAAACUGUAGGAGAAUACUUCUGGAAAAGACACCUUCUUGAAGCUGUAAAGAUCUGCUGUGAUCUGUCUAGUAUCACGUUAUUUUGUGGCCUCGGUUUCCUCCUCAGCAAAACAAAGAUAACCUGGAGCCCGUGAACUGGCUGUGUUCUCAUGCCUGCUGAUUAGGUGACAGUGAUGUAAUCUUCGCUGGUCAGCGGUGCAGACAGAUGUGAAGAGAAAACCACCGGUAUCUGAGCUGCUGGCGCCUUGACAAACAGACACAUGCCUGUCAGGAUCUCUUAGUGUGGUUGUCAUUACAGUUUCGCAGGACCUAGACUUGGCACAGCUCAUGUCUCCAUAGGAAACAGGUCAGUCUGAGGACAAAGUGUAUGAGAGAAGUUAUUUUCCAGCAUUUAUGUCCAUGUCAGAAUAACAGCCAAGUACAUGCUACACCGAUUUAAAUCCAUCAUCCUGGAAAACGAGCAUUUCCAGCAGGCUGACACAGUGUAACAAAUCUGACAGCAAUGAAAUACAGCGUUAAUGAAAAUUUCAGAUGUCUUCACUCCCGUGACAGAAAGAGGAAUGGGCUUUUUGGGAUGUUUUGCUCUCACCGUCACUCUGUCGCCUGCUUCGCUCUCCUGUGAUCAGUUUUCUUCUCAGGUUAAUCUCUUCGGUAUUGAUACAGCUCCUCAGCCGCUCUGUUUGUUCCUAAAAAGAGACUAACUGAGCUGAAGUUGACUCUAAAGGUCAGGAUUCAUACAGCACAGGGCCAUUCGACAGACCUGGUAGAGUCUUGUAAAACUUUUUACAAGACUUUUUACAAGCCUUUUAAUGACUUUGUCAAUAUAACUACGGUGUUUUCUUACCCCGUUCACUGUGGCCUGCCUUAUCAUGGUGACCUUAACAAGACAGGCCUCUGGUUAUGAGGGCAGUGAAGACCGCUGAGGUCUUGAAGUCUCUUUUAACAAAGGUCUGGCCAAUCUCAGAAGUAACUUUGAGUACAGUGGUCAAAACAAUAUAGUAUAAUACAAUACAGUUUAUUGUUGAGGUCAGGAGUUAAAGCUUUUUCAUUGCCAGUAAAUCUUAAUCCUUUAAGCUACAGCCAUGAAAGAACAAAAAGCCACACACUGUUGGAAAGGUUCAUAGUGUCUGAAGUUCAGUGGGGUAAGUUUGGGGCCCAUGCACAAAAACAUUGUGAAUAAAGUGAAUUUAAAAAAAAAACUAAGUUUGUCCUGUGCAAGGAUCACAGUUAUGAUCAAAUGUCCCCACUGUGCAAAGGCUUUGAAAGACUUUUAAAUGAGGAAUAUCAACGUUAUUUUUACCAAUUUCAAUUCUGCAAAUUUUUUCUAUAAUUAAAGAUGCAUCAUGUGUGAAAGCAUAGAGUGAAAGGUAUCUGGCUGUUUUCAAGGAAAAUUGUAUUAUCUUAACAAAAUUACAACUUCACACGAUAAAAACAAGCAUUAAAAGCUGCUUUCUUGUCUUAUCAGCAAGCCUGUAUAUUCAGACGCAGUAAAGGUGGCAGUAUGCCUUUCUCUUACUGUAAAGAGAACCAGCAACAAGCUGACAGAAGAGCAUGGGCCCCUGAUGCCUGUUUCAUAGGGGGAUCAAUGGAUUGCAAUGUCAAAACACAUAGCUAUUUAAAGGUGAGAGAAAAUCCCCUCGACCUCUAACACAAUGAAUUCUAACAUGAAAAGUUAGCGACAAAACAGGGUUUAGUGAAACAUAUACGUCUUAUUUAAGGAAUGGAGAAGCAACAGUAGCUGCAGCUAGCAUAAGCGUCAGUGCAAACACCACCUGAUGCCCCACCUUUCUCUUAAAACAAUUCACCAGCCAAUGGUGAAGUUGCUUUGCAGAUGUAAUCUUUUCUCACUCACAGUCUGAUUGACAACAGUGUGAGUAAUGCAAGUUUUACGCUGGACAUUUGGACUUCUGAAGUUGAUGCAGGAUGUGUGCUUUGUGUGACGGCCCGGGGAAUUUAGGCAUUGUCUAAAUUCAAACUUAAAUGAUAAAUUUAAUGUUGCGCAAGCAGUUUAGAGAGUUUGUUAAAAACACGGUUGUUCUUUUAAACUCAAGACUAUCAUGCAAACUUAAAUGAUUGCUCGUAUGAUACCAGUUUUUUUGUGGCAAUCCAGCCAUUUCUCUUUUAAUCUAAAGAACCAGUAUCAACCUGCUUUUAGAUUUUAAUGAUCCCUGCAUUAUUCUCUCAGAGUUCAUCUCUCCAAAAACAUGAAAGACUUUCCUCGUCUAACUGACUAGCAGAUGUAGAGCUUUGUAUUUGGACAAAGUUGCAGAGCAAGCCACAUGGACAAAAAGAACUGAAGAGGGUGUUGGUUGACAAAAUGCUUUCAAAAGUUACACCUCAUAAUCUGUUGAAUAAGGUUGUUGACCCUGUUUCAUAAAAACGGUGCUGGCGAGAGAAAGAGAGAGUAAUUGAGACAAAGUGGGUCCAUUUCACACCAUGUUUGAUUUAGCCGUGGAGUGUUUGCUACACAAAGACAGACGCAGCGCUGUAAAAAUGUUUGCUUAAAGGUGAUAACGGCAGCAGCUUGAAUGGAGCUCUGCCAGUAUCAGGGGGCAGUUCCCAUACACUAAUAAACCCGGAUCCCGUUUAUUAUGUCAGUCUGAAAACCUGUCUAUGUUCCAGCUCCAUAUGAAAAAUGUAACAUGAAACAUGGAGAUAAAGAAUCAGUUAUAUAAUUUGGAAACUCUGAUCUGUUUCUCUGCACCGGCUCGUGGCUGUAUGCUUUGCAGGUAACAGUAACAAUCAUGGAAAUAAACCAACAAACUCCAGAAGCCUUCAGAUUAAGUAUUAAUAUCACACUGAUGAGAAAGUGUUGGAAGCUGAUAUCAUUCAGAGGCCUUUUCUUCCUCGCUCCUGGUCAUCAUCUCUCAUUUGCUGCUGGGACCUGGUUGGUUGGUUUGCCUUUCUUCCAUCACAUACCUUGUUUUACCUCUCGUGUUUCCCCGACCGUAGAGAUGUGUUUCUCCCUCAGUGUUUCCAGCAGGCUCAUUACUUGACUCACCAACUCCCUCGGCCAUCCAAAAUCCCCGUCUCUGCUUUCCUCAUUUCAUGUAAAACCCUCAGUUGCAGACCGUCCGGCUCUCCCCUCCCUCCACUGCUUUGUUUUUUUUUCUCACUGGUAUGUAAGACACAUGUAGCACAAAGGCUUUCUCCCUCCAUCUGUUUGCAAGUUCAACUGACACAUUCCUCAUCUGGGCCGUGUGUUUCAUGGAGUUAGAAAAAAAGUCGGUGAGAACAUGGCAAGGAAGAAAUAAUUAAUUAGAGAGUGUUAAUGGUCAUGUAAUCACUAAUGACUGCCUUAUAGUUGUCUGUUUUCGCAGUUUCAAGCCAAAGCCUUAAAUUAAAACUCACUAAAUACCAAACCUGACAUGGUUAGAGAUCUUUUCAUGUUGCUCAUAUAAGACAGGCCCGUGGAUCACCACAGGUGUUGUUUAUGUGUCUGGUCGGAGUCCAGCUUUAGGGACUCGCUGUUUUUAAAACGUUGACUUUCCAGAUGUACUCAGAGCUCAUCUGGUAAGGCCUUUUUCACCUCUUUCAUCUGUUUUGCAGCCCCCAAAGGUGGGGUCCUGCAUGGAUCCUGUCCCAGAGCUGGAUGUGCAUUGUGCCUGUGUGUCAGCUUUGUGAGAAACGAAACAUCUCUCAUGCAAAGCCGACUGUCAGAUUCACAUCUGUGAAAACAUACAGCUUAUUUGUUUUAGUUAGAUUCUCAGGAUUAACCCAAAAUGUUUGCUGAAACUUUGAGAUAAAUGUCACGCUGAAUCGCUGUUUGGCUGAGGCUUCAACUCGAGAAAGAUUUUUUACUUAUAGGGAUUUUUGACGCCCUGACCCUUGGCAUUUAAAGGAUAAGCUCUACAUACCGGUCUUCUUUGUCAGCAGUUUUGGCAAGUACCUUUUUAGCUGCCUUGAACUGGUUUUGGCACAGUGAUGCCACCGCAUUGGCAAAAUGCUGAAACUGCAGUUAAAAAUGACUCACUCGUAAAGUUUUGUCCUCAGAAAACAGUUCGUGUUGAAGACACUGUCAGACAGACGAUGACCGGCGGCAGCACAGAAAUGAGGCUGCCUUGUUGUCUCAUUGUUUGAUAUACAGAUUCAGAGUUAUGCAUUACUGAUCAACACUGGCCAAUGAAUGUUGUAUAGACUAGAGAUGUUUUUUUCUGGAUUUUAGUGGAAGUUCAGAUCCACAGAGCAUGUAGUGUGAUUUUACAUUUAUGCUUACUAAUGAUUUAGUUAGGUAAGGUCUAUAAGCUGUCUCGUCUGAUCAAUGGAAAAGGAAAUCAUGACAAUAAUAAACCAACAUAUACAUGAUAUUCAGUUUACACGCUAUCAAAACACAAUGUUUCAGGACUGGAUUUAAAGUGACAGACUGGGUGAAAGUAUACCUGUCAUAUAUCAACCUAUCAUGCCAGGUUUUCCCAUUAAAUCUCAAAUCCUCUUUGCUUGUCUGUUUAGUCACACUUACAUUGACCUUAACCUCAGAGACCCGAGGGCUGUAAUGUUGAGGGGGGCAGUGUGUCAAACAGUGGAACAAACCUGUGAUAGAUGGCCCGGAUUCCCCUCAGUCACACUGACCUUUGCCCUCUUGUCAUUCACCGAACACAGAAACUAAUUUUUGCACUUUAUCAUUUGGAUGUCUCAAGUUCAGGAACUAUUAGCACAACAAAGAAGAAAAUUAAGAUCAAUACUGGACAUUAGUCAUACCCACAGGCUGCAUAGUUUCAGUGCUCAGAAUACCUCUGGGCAAAGCGAGACCAUAACCAUAUAAUCUGUGCAAACCAGUAGGGAAUGUGACCUGAGGGUGUGCUCAUCACGCCAUCCACUUCCCUUGGUGUCCUCUGAUGAAUUUUUCAGUCCAGAGGCAAACCAAGGCAAGUGUUGACUGGUGCUCGUCUACGUUUCCUCUCACUGAAGAAAAUCUGUUCCAGGUUUUAUUUCAGAGGAUCUAUUGUUUGUUGAAAGCUCAUCUUCUAUCAGUCACUUUUACACCAUAGAUGCAUUGUCACAGUAAAAAAUAGAUGGUGGUAUUUAAUGGAUCAGUUUAGAUUCGCCAAAGUCUUGGUAGGUCCUCGUAUUAUUCAUAGAUUUUUCUCCUCAUAUUUUCCACAAUCACAGGUACCUGAGCAAAUACUGGGCUGGAGAUGGAUAUUAAACAUGAUCUGUAACAUUGCUAGAAAUCGAUGACUUCAUCAGUUGUGUUUGUUUGUGAAUUUAUUCAGGAACCUUUCCCUCUACUUGCACUCUCUUCUUCUCCUGGUUCUACUUCUGUGAGUGCCAGAGCAGCUUUCAGCGAGCUGUGGUAAAGGUAGGAGGUGGAUUCAGUUUGAUUUUUAAGCCGAAAAUACUAUCCAAGACCCAAAUAAUGACAUUUUGAUCAAGUUAUUGAAACUUUCAAAUGUUUACGGGGACAUAAAAUACACUGCACCCUGGUACAAAUGUCCAGAUAUUUUUAUUUUCUCCAUUUAGUAAUGUAUAUCGCAGAAAGGAGAAACAUAGCUAAGUUGUUUUUUGUCAGCGUUGUGUAGUCCCAGUCGAGACCGAAGAUUGCCUUGUUGAUCUUGUGUGUUGUUGUUUCCUCCUUGUGAGCAAAGAAACAUGACCUGACCAGCCACCUAAGCUACUGUGAGUCUAGUAAAAGCUAAAAGGUCAACAGUCUUGAGUGUGCAGUCAUAACACAACAAAGCCUCAGUGAACCAGACCACAGCUGUAAAACUCGACCAUCAACCAAUUGAAAUGAAUUUUUUCUAAUCCAGCAGGCUGGAGCGCUUGGAUUCCAACAUCAAGAUUGUUAACGGAUUCAGAUUAGUUAAUCUGUACACCCCUAAUGAUUUGUGAUUUUGUUGAGUUGGAAACUGCAUUCAUCUUUCUGCUGCUGUUGAACUCUUACUUUGAGACAUGAGUGACAGCUUUAAUAUGCGAGUAAAAAUGCACUAUCAAUGGUGACAGUCUCCAAGUUCCCUUAGAAGAACCUUGUAUAAUACAAUGGAAAAAUGGCAUGAAACAGAAUGAAUAUUGCAUGAACCUGAAAUUUAUAUUGAAGUACCAACAAAUUGUGGUUGUGGAUGAAUUAGACUACUAUCUCAUCAUCUGUAAAAAACUUGAAUCUGGACCAAAGUGAUGAAUCAACUGACCAAAUGAGUAUUUUUCAUUCCCAUUGUCAAACAGACAACAAUUGAAGAAAAAAAACAAAAUAUUCUUCUAAGUUACUCUGAGAGACCAUUUCUCAAUAGUUUGAACUCAAAAGAAUCUAUUGCAUUGUAUUAAAAGUUAAUGUAAGUCAAUCAAACCUGCACUAAUUCAACUUUCUAAAGCCUCACCUGGAUAGCAUUGGCAUUGAAUAUCUACAACAUGCGUUUUUAUUACUUUCUACCAUUAAUAUAAAAACCUGCAGAUGGAAUCCCGCUAUAACCACUAAAUACCACACAGCGACUCUCCGUCUCUUUAUGCCAUCAUAAUAUUUAAUUGACUCUGCUGAUGACUGGCUCCACUGUUCUUUGAAAGGAUUACAACAGCACUUAAAUGAGAGAGAACCAGCGCAGGAAGUUUUUAUGUCCCUCUCAGUUCUCCAGGACUGAGUGAUUAGUUGCUGUGGAUAACCACCCUGAAUAUACGCAGGAAGAGAACCAGUCCUGCGGUUUUAAUGGUCCAACCUGGAAGAAAAAAAAAAGACUUAAAGAUUUUUUUUUUUUUUUACAUCAAAAACAAUGGAGAGUUGGAAUUAUUCAUGAAAUAUCUGCAUGUUUUAUUAGUGGGAGUUAGCCGGUGUAAAAGCAGAUGUGAUCAGAACUGUUUCCAGAAGUUCCUGUUAAAAAGAAUAUAUUAAAUUGUUCAUGCUGAAUGUCUUUUAUUUGCAACUGCUGCAACUCUGGUUUCAAUCUGUGAUCAGAUCCCUCCUUACCCUUCCUAGCGUUAUUCCUCUUUAACACCCUUAUAUAGCCCUGUAAUUCCCACUAAGAAGGCGCAUGCAUCCUGCCUGUAGAUGAAAAAAAUGCUUAAGACAAGGGUUAAUAUCUUCUGUGCCCUGAGCUGGUCACAGUAGAGCUGGUAGAUCCAUUCUUUCCUCUUAAAUCUCUCUCUGCGGGAGGUAAAAGGCUGCAGGUCCUGUUAACAAGCCUUUCUACAUACAGGUCCAGAUUUUACGUAAGCUCAGGGAUAUCCUCGGUAAGGUACACCCCCCUUGAAACAGUAUCCAAGCAUCGGAUCUCCUGCCCUCUAUUAGCGGUCAUAAAAGCAAGAGUCUGAGAUUGCGUUGACAGAUGUGUUUUCCAUUGCAUCUGUAACCAUUAAACAGUCUGUGGUUACAUGAAAGCUUAAUGUUGCUGAAGGUGUCCUCUGCUCAUCCUUAAAGCUUUGCUGAUGGCUAACUGAUUGAGAUGUUUAGGAACACCGAGUUUCUUUCCUGUGUUCACCCCAACUUUCCAUCUCUCAUUUCCUGCAUAUCUGACCUGGUGAUUUCGCCUCGUUUUCACAAGGGCAGGUGGAAGUCUUUAAUCUUCUGCUAGUUGGGGCUGCCUCCCUCUAGCAUAGCAGAGCCCAGUAAUUGUACCAGAACAGUAAUGGACCUAUGUAUCUGCUAGUCGUCUCAGACUAUUAGAGUAAUGUGAUCCCACUGCAGAACGGCGUGGCGGCUGGCUCCACUCGUCCUGAUUGCGGCUGCUGGAGGUCCGCCAGAGCAGGAGGCAGCGGUGUCCAGGCAGGGUUUGUUUUAGAUUAGAAGGAGGACGUCUUAUCAGUCCCUGUUGUUAUCACUGUAGAGCCAGCCAUCAUACAACAUGGCUUCUCCACAGACAAAGGAAUGCUUUCUUAAAAAUAGAUGUAUGAUAUCAGCUGUGAAACACACAACAUUUGGGAAUGGUCAGACACACCAAAUUGGCAAAAUCGUUUCAGCAAACUGUUGCCUAUUUGCACAUGUGGAAAACACGCAUCAUUAAUUUACAGUCGUGUUUGUGUCCACAGUGUUCAUGUGGUUCCCUUCUGGCUUGGUUUCUACCAACUCCUGAUAAGAAAAACAUGACUGUGUCGUGGACAAUUUCGUUAUAAAAUUGCAACCUAGUUGAAGUUUAAUUCUGCAUAAGUGGCGUACAGUGAGUUUAUCUCAGUUCGGUUACGUAAAACUAUUGAGUGAAAACUUUGGAGUGGACAGUCAGCUGGAUUUUUAUGUACCACCUCUUUCACGUUACGUGUGCAAGCCGUUAUCUUAUUUUCUGACACUAGUGGGCACUGUGGACAGCACUAGCGGACACAGGUGCUGCACACGAUUUUUGACUGAUUGGCAUAUCUGAUCUGUUCCACGGUUAUUUUUGGCACAUGAAAAGGACACUAUGGGGAAUGCACUCAGGAAGAAGUGAGCUAUGCAUACUUGAGUCAACAACAUGCAUGUGCAUCAAAAGUUGAACAAACUCCUCAGUAGUGAUACAGAAUUGUUAUCUCUUUCCAGCAAAACUGCAUUUUCCUCCAACAACUCCAAUGAUGUGUGUUACACAGAAAUUUCGACAUUAUGUUAAAUCAUUUUUUGAUUAGAAAUUAAAAGUAGAUAAUCAGGCUUGGCUGUAUUUCUUUGUAUUUUCCUUUUUAUUUAAUGAAGGAGGUUUAAUUGAAUAUGACAUCAAGACAAUAUGUUGGAUGUAUUCUGGCCUCAAGUAUCUGACCAUAAGGCCCUCGGGGGCUUUACUUUCUAGGGCAAAACAGGUUGUAUAAGCAGCUGACAGGUAUCAUACAAUAGACAGUUCAGUUAAAACUCUCCACCUGUGCCCUUUUAACCCUUUAAAAGUCUGCUGUCUGCUCUACACAGUACUGUAAACACUUAAGUUAAUAAACUCUGCAGGCUCAGUUCCCUUCAUCUCCCCUGGGGUUUGUCACGGUGCACGCUGGGUAAAAACUAUAAACUGUAGAAACGUGCCUGUCUGUGUUUGAGGAGGAAACAGGCCCCACUGAUAGGCCCACAAAGUCAACGUGGCGUAAAGACGCUCUGGUCAGAAAUGGGAGAACAUGCAGUGUUUGUGUCCUGUAUCGUUGACCCUCAGAGACCCCUGCAUGCCAUGUCUGACCCUCAGUGGCUGAAACAGCUGCCUGAGCACCUUAACUGUUCCUGACUCGACUGGAGGAACUCUGUGAACAUAUCCAGGCUCUGCCAUUCAUUUAUUAAUAAAUUGAAAGGGUAUGUGCCACAGCUGUCUUUCUUCAGAAGCUUAUACAUUUUGGCCUUCUAAAGGCAAUUACUUGAGGUCUUGUAAAUUACCCAUGAUAGUUUAAGUCCCCAAAACGCUAGUAAAGUAUUUUUUUUACAAUAGUUUAUACCGUAAGUGCUUGAAACUGGUGCGGUUUUGGAACAUUGCUUUCAUUAAUUCCAUGUAAUAUGUUUUUUUAAUCACUUAGAUGUGUUACAUUCUUAAAUCUGACUAGUCAAAACCACAUAAAAAAUCUUCUACAGUUAUAUUAAUGGCAGAGAUGUCCUGUUCCAGUCUUAUCAAAUCAAUCUGGAGAAAACAGCAAGAAACAGUGAGAAGAGGUUAAAAAAAGAGGAGAGGCGUAAUGAUAGAGAUGUUGACCAAACUGAAGGAGACUAGAAGAAAAUGAAACAUGUACAUGGUUCGGGCUUUGGCCCUUAAACAUUCAGAGUCGACUUGUUAAUGUUUUCAUUUAGUAGCUAGGUAAUAAGCAGGAUUAAAUGAUGUGGGCCAACCCAAAGUGGAGACAUCUUGCCUCAUUUGCUUACUCAACACGACCCCUUUACCUAAUGGUCUCUUAUUUCUAGCUUGAUGGAUUAGAUAAAACAAUUGUUUUAAUGUUGUCAAUGUAAAAAAAAAACAUUUCGGCUUGGAUUAGAAUUGACACUCAAUUUGAAAGCUAAUCAAUACGGAAAAAAAUCAUUGUCAUUCCAACUGGAUUUGCUUCUUCUUUCACAUUUCACCUUUUGCGACAAACCAGUAUGUUCAUUAGUUUUAUACAGAAAGACACAAAGGAUUGAUAAAAAGAUGGGGGUGGGUUCCCCAGUCUUUACUGUAUAAGAGCAGGAUAUUUUGACCACAGCAUAUGGUUGUGUUAAGCUUGAAGUUUCUCUCCCUGAAAACUGAAAAUAUAGAUAUUUUGUAAUCUUAAAGUGAAUGGAUGUUCAGCUAAGUUUUUUCCCUCGAAGUUUAUAUGAUAGUCUGUUUACAAUGUCUGCAACCACUUCCACCUGAUAGCUGAUUGAUUAGUUUUAUCUUUCUUCUGCAGGCCAGUUUUUCCUCCUUUCAAAUUGCCUACAUUGGACAGACUCAGAGCUGGUUAUCAGCCAAGCCCCAUAAUUGCAGCAGCUAUAGAGAGUAACAAAAAUAGAGAAAUAGUAGACUGGCUUUACUCUGGCCUCAUGCCAUUCUCUUUUGUUGGCUCAGGUUGGACCUGAGCUUCGGUACCCACUGUAACAGUCUGGCCUAAAGUCUGUAAGCUUCUUACAUGCUCCACUGAUGUCUGAGCCAAAAGAAAUUAGUUCAAUCAUUAGAGGUGUGUCCAAGGCUAAGUGCUUGGGGAAUGUGGAUUGUAGAGGAGUGCAUGGAUUUUCAUUAUGACCUCGCUCUGCUCCAGAACUGGAAAGCCAGUUUCAGAUGAAACCCAGUUUUCAUGUUCACACGAAAGCAUCAUCUCUCUGGAAUGAGAAAAUCUGAAUGUCUGAGGUUUUUCACCCUGAAAAUGCAGAACAGGCUCAAAGCUCUCCUCCUUUUAUAUCUCUGUAUAUGCUGAGCACUUCCAUUACUCAUUUUUCAUCCCCAUCAAAAUGAUUUUAAUCAAAGAUUGUGAGACAGUAUGCCUUUCUUGAGGCUGAUUAAAUGGGCACAGUCAGUGGAUGAUUUAUAUGGUGCGGUUAUGGAGAAACGAUUAGAUGGAUGCUGUGUGCAGCUGGCAGUUAGGCUCGACUUUGACAGUGGACCACAUGUAAAAACAAACAAAUAUGCACCAGCAUCCCAUAUUACAAACUGAUGUUGGUUUUUAGCUUUUGGUCAGUAGAUUUACAAUUUGUGUAUUUGUCUCCUGUAUGUUUGCAUGCAGGAUACUGGUAAACAUCUGUUUAGGCUGAAUAUCGGACUAAAUCACAGACAGGGAUUGUUUUGGGGUAUGAUGGGAAUACCUAUGUGGUAGGGUACAUGGUUCUUACACAGCAGAUACCUCAGGCAAAGGAAUCACUACACAGUGAAGCACUGAAUCUCACACACUGACAACAACACGCCAAGACUAACAUCAUGUGUCAGGCUCUGUGGUGUUGUAUUGAUUCUAAGCGUAGUGUAUGUUGUUAACGCUGCACCUGGAGCACAGUGAAGAAUAUUUAGGGUUUCUUUUCAUUAUUAUAUUUUAAUCUCUGGGCUCUUUAAUAACAUGAAUUUAUAUAUUAACUUUCUUUUUGUACAAACCAUCAACCAUCUCUGCUAGCAAAAAAAAUAAAAAAAUGGUUGCAAAUUUAAGACAAAGCUAACAAAGUGUCUGCAGCCAAUAUGUGCUUCAAGUGGGGCAGAUGGUUCUUGCAAAGAUACAACACUUGAGUGUUUCUGUAUAUUGCGAAUGGAUUGGUGUUCUUUGCAGACCUGACAGAGAACUGAAUUGCAGCUCCUCUCAUCAAAAAAGUAAAUAUACUUGUAUUUAUUUUAAUCCUCUUAUCUCUAGACAGAGGACCAAGCUUUUAGGUCUACUGCCAAAUCUACACUCCAAUAGCCACUGAUCAGUGCCAUGCUCAAAAAGAAAUAAGAAUAGAGACAUUGCAAUAUGUAUUUCCCUCUUGUCAAAAUGUGAUCACACAUGGCUGACUCGAGGCUCCCAAACAUUAACCCAAAUCAAAGCAUAGCUUUGUAGUGACGCCUACAUUUCCCAUGUACAGCUUUAGGUUUGAACUAUUUCCUCCCUUCACAUCUAAAGUUCUUGUCGGUGAAAAAGAACAAAGACAUCUCUGCAUGUUUGUCAACCAGCAAACAUAAAACCGUGGACACAUGGUCUGACAUGUGUAGAAAUCAUGAGCAAAGAUCAAUAUCACACAGCUUAUUAUUGCAAUACAGAACGCAUGAGAACCAUAUGUGUGUCUCAUAAACACAAUACCACUUUUAAGAAGAUCACAGAUGAGUUUCACAUGAUCAGCCUGUCAGAGAGAGUUUCCCAGAUUGCUAACUCUGCUUAUGUUGAAACUACAAGCGUAUACAUUUCUGGAUAAUAAUCAACAAGGAGAAGGUUUUUCAUUGUCAUCCAAAACAUUGUAAUCCACUGUCAUCACCCUCUGAAGUGUCAGACAGUGUUUAUCCCUCCAGUGAAUCAAGUCAGAUCUUUGCAGUAGCUCUUGAAGUCAAAUAAAAACAGAAUUACUAAAGCUUUUGCUUUAUUUGUUUUCAUUUUUCUCCAGAGGCUUUUGUAUUCUUUUGCAUGACAAUGGCAGAUAAUUUCAUGCAUAAAUUAUCUUUUUUCCCUCGUUGAAAGACCACUGCGGAAACUUGUGGAGAGGAUCAGAACAUGCCGUGAAAAUAAAGAUGAAAUGCUUUACAAUGAUCGAUGAAUUUAAGACGAUCUUACACAGCUGUUUGUGAUUUUCAGUAUCUUUCCCCCUGUCGCAUUGUGCUCUGUUAUGCUCAUCUCUCUGAGUUGAUGUAUUUGGCUCGUGCUCAUUCUGCUUUUUCCCACCUAGAAACAGUUAGUCAUGCAACAUAUGGCCAUGUUAUUGUUAUGAUGGGCUUUUUACAUAAUACCACACCGCAAAUGGAAAACAGAACCUUUCUAUUGACUAGAAUUUCACAGCAACACUCUUCUCCUGACUAUGGGUUAAGAAGGAGCAAAAACAUAACCCAAAGACUACUCUUCCCCUGAAACUCCGCACUGUUCACACGUUUCCUUCAGUACAGGACUCAAACAUCUGUUUUACUUUUGCCGGAAACGGAACAGGCAUGACUGGUGCCCCCCCUCUUGUAAUGACUUGAUCCUUUGAUUAUAGUGUUGGGAGAAAAGCACAUGAGUAUGUUCCUAACUUUCCUUGAGGGCACAGUGUUGGCACAUGAAAUGCGCUUUCAUGAAUACUCUCGAACAAGUGAGGCUUAAUGGAGACCAUCAGAGCAUUAGUGUGUGUGUGUGUGAGAACAUUUUCCAGUUCCUGCGGCAAUAAAUUACCGCUCAUUUAGACGUUGCACCAUCAACAGUUUUACACACUUGCUUCUCGACAAACAGUGGAGUCUCUGCAUUGUGUGAUUGAUGUUAACCUUGUUAUUAUGGUUCAUUGCAAUUUGUAAAUGGUUAAAGCGUGGGUAGUUUUUGAGUCUAAACAAAGAGUAAAAAAUGAGGAAGUAUUCUGCGUAACUGUGGAGAACAGACACUCAGUCUCUACAUAAAUAUACAGUUCUGAUCAGUUCAGUUCGCUGGAAAAUAAACAGUGAUAUUAUCAGCCUCUUGGCUGUGGUUUGAAGGUUUUCCUAUUUGACUGUUGUGAUUAAAAUAAAUGCGUCUCAUGUAUUCAAUUGUCUCGUGUGUGUAUAUGAUAAUAGGACUGAUUAUCCCCCUUGGCCUAUAAUGAGACUGAGCAUUCAGCUGAUGAUCUGUAUCAGUGUUUUAUUUUACUGAUCAUUAAUUAGUGAGAAAGUGCGCUACUUUGGCUCCACAGCUAGUGUGUCUUUCCCUCUUGAUUUCCUUUUACUCACCACUUUAUCUUAAUCAAUACUCCACUCAUAACACAUUCUGAUUGUCUAGAAUCACGUGUCUGUAACUGUGACCCAAGUGCACUGUAAUUGUAAUUGCUAAUACUGUAUGUCCUCAGUGCUGAAUUAGCUACCUAAAUCAGUGAUUGGCAGCCAAUCAGGAACAAAUCUAUUAUUUGCUACUGCUUUUUUGUCUCUAAACUAACUUAAAUACUUGGAUUGUUUUGGGGUCUUUGACUUUCCAGAGUUGUUUUUAAUCGAUCAAGUAGAUACUGCUGAAGCUGUUUUUUCAUAACAUGCUUGAACUUUACUGCCUUCUUAUGCUUUAUGCUGUAGCUGAUUUAUCAUAUUCAUGUCAGUACAGAGAGCAGAUAUCACCUUAAAGUCAUUUUAAAAGGUAGAGUUAAUAGAGUGUCUCUGUAUUAAGCAACAAAGCAGCAACAUUUUUUGAGAUUUAUGUCUCCGAGCAGACUUUGUAGAUGGUCUUUCCAUCAUUUGUGUUCCUUGAAGUCAAAGAUGAAUAACGUAAGUCUUUCAUUUACUCAUGGUUGUGCUUUGAAGAACAUCUUGUUUUCCUGUUUGACCUCACGUCCCUUGGGGCUGCAAACUUCAGGUUAAAAACACAAAGGAGCCCAUUAUUAAAAUCAUCUCUCCUCUCUGAGAGGUUCUCGUCCAUAUAUCAUAAAGGAUUCCUGGAUGAUUGGUAUGCUGGAAUUUGUAGUGCUUAGACACCAGAUAUGUUUCCCCAGUGCCAUUCCUGGAGGCAGCAGAGUGUGACCACACUGCUGUCUUUGGACCUGUGAGUCAUCUGGCACUGCUGUCAGCUCAACUCCAGAGGUAGAAGGUGUCACUAAAGAGCCGACAAACAAAAGCUCAUUUGAAAAAGCGCUGAAGUGGUGAAGUUUAAUCAGCUCGAGCGAUCUCAUACCUGGAGAAACAGUCCUGAGGCAUGAGGAGACAUGCUCACAGUGCUUUAAUCCCAGGGUCUCACGUUCGCUGCUAUUGUAAACCGAAACUCUCCUGAUCAUACACAUGGCUCUGGCAUGGCUGCUCUUAAAUCAAAUGGCUUAUUUUCUCCUCUGUGUUGCCUAAAUGAACCCUCUGUUGGUCUAAUUAAACUUACCCUCACCUCUUACAUUAUGACCCAGACAUUUAAGUCAGGAAUGAUCUCAGCUCCCAGUUAGGAGUGUGAUCCUACAAUGCCAGUCUUUAAGUGGUGACUCAUGUCCAACUGUGAUGAAUGGCUUUGUUAGUAAUCCUCUGGGGAAUUAAGCCGAAAACCCACCUGUGCACAGGACAUGACGGAAGGCUCUUUAACCUCGUGCCAUGAUGUUAAAAUUUAAUACGUGUAUAACCAUGAUAGAAAAAAGCCCUUGGUUAGGAGUUAAAACAACUGGGACUGUAACAGGAUGAAAAUUUAGUAACUCUUUGCAGCUUUGGAAGGCUAUCAUCUCUGCAGGAGGGGUCACUGAGCUCAGACUCCCUAAUCUUUGACAGCACAUGCAUUUAAUGAGUGUUAACAUCCCUGUAACUGUUGAGCAUGCCACUCUUAAACCAUGGCUUUGGCUUAUGUCUACACUUAUACUGAUUAUUUUGAAAAAAAAACCCAAUUUUUCUCUCUCCAUUUACAAGAAAUAAGAUAAUUUCUACACCAGAUGUGUUUUUGAAUGAUCCCCCGUCCACGGUCACAAAAGCAUGUCAGGUUAGUAGGUAGCUUUCAAUCUAUAGCUUUAAACACCAUAGAAGAACAUUGUACCCAUACACAUUGAAGGUCCUACUAAGUUGUAAAUAGCAUUCCUUAAAAAUUGUGUCAAGUGGCAAAUAAAAAGUUAGAGCAUGAUGUAUUUAUCUGUCUCCACACCCCAGUAUAAUGAAGAACAGCGAGUUCUCUGUGUAAACAUACAGUCAAACCCAACUCUACCAAGCAGAUGUAAACAAACCAGUAGCCUGCCAUCUUGGUGCAUGUGAAGUACAUACACAUAACAGUCAUCUUGCACAAAUAGAAUACCCCAAAACUUUCAUUUUUACAAAGUCGAGUUUUCGAAGUCUCAACUUCAGAAGGCACUCACAAAACCUCAUUUUUUUAGUGAUCUAAAACAACAGCCUCAGUCAAUGUGCAAUAUGGUUUAGGGCUUCCUUCAGAUUUUGAAAUCUGAAUGCCAAAAUCCUUACAGAAUAUUCAUUGGCAGCUAUUUAUAUACCUUGGCAACAUGCCCAAGUAAAGCCUCUGUGUCAGAAAUACUUGAAUGGACUCUUCUGGUUGACUGCAUGCAUUGCCAUGUUGUAACAUGAAAAGGGCCUUCUCCAAACAGCUGCCACACAGUUCAAUGUCUAAUGUAAAGGACUGCUGGAUAAACAAAGACAAGGAUUUAUGGGGAGUCAUGGAUCAACCUUGGCUUGACUGCCACCAAUGAAGGAUAAGCUAAGGGUACACUAUGACUUGAUGGAAAGUGGGGGAUGACAAGCGGACAUUGGUUGUGGCCAGGAACCAGUGCUGCUGGGGCAGGAAGUGUCAUGAAAUUUACAUUCUUAGUAAUCACAGAUACUACAAAGAGUAACACAUCUGCAUAGAAACCCCACAUUUUUUAAAUCUGCAUGCAAGAGCACAGUUAAAAACUUUUGACAGACCCUCAAGAACAAACUGCAGUUUACAUACCUGCACAAUUCUGGAUGUCCUGGUAAUGUUGUGUUAUUUAACUAAAACAACUGAGUCCUUGGCUUCCGUUUUCUGUAUCGCAAACAUGCUGAGACUUGAAUCAAGUUAAUACUAUGUUGUUAACUUACGUAACAUUACAUAAUUGAGCGGAACAACACUAAAUCACUCAUGGAAAUGGUCAUUUUGUUCAUUUAAAGAGGGUGGAAGAAUACAUCAGUGUAUAUAACACAGUUACAUCCAAACAUUUUUUUAAGCUGACAGGACAAUCACUUUUCUCAGAUGGCACAAAAAAUUCUGCACACAAACUGAAUGUUACAGGGACUCUUAUACAUAAACCUUUAGCUUUAUCUAUUGUCUUGAUUGCAUAUAAAGGCGAACUUCUUUCACUCAGGUGUCAGAUGUAAAAAUUCUGGUCAUGUUACCAUGCAGUAUGUUUUUGUUGCUUGUACAGUUUACUCAUUUGCUUUUCUGUGCCUGCCUUAGUUGAUGCCAUGCUGUUAUCUUCCCUGAACUCUCCUUACAGAUGAGGUGAACGUUCUGCUGGAGCUUUCCCUUCAGGUGUCAAACAACAGUAAUGCAUCCAUGUCUCUGGAUGACAGUAGGUGUCCAGUGUUACAAGUGGGACAGUACUCCACCUUGGCUCUCCCUCUUCAACAGCUCCUCACUGACGGGUACGGUUUCAUCAAAUUCAUUCACUGGAACUUUUUUUUUAAAAUAUCAUCCUUUUUAAGCUAAAGUUAUCUGUUUGUGUGCAGCCCCUGUCCACAGAAAGGCUGAUGGGUAUUCUGUAUGUUUUCAGAAGGAGUACAGGUAAAUAAUUUGUGUCCAUGUUGUUUAGAUUUUCAGAUGAGUUCAGUCUACUGCUGCAGCUACGGAGUCUACAGAAUGAUGAACACAGCGUCUUCACCAUACUCAGCCUGGACAGCCACAUAAUGCUGCAGCUACUGAUCAGCAGUCACGCCAUCAUCUUUAUAGGAACACAGCAAAGACACUAUGAGUGAGCUCCCUCUUUCUUCCAAAUUUGAUCGAGUACAGAGUGCUUUAAAACCUCUAAAGCAGACUAAAGAAGCUUUGAUUUAUGAUUCAUAAGCUGGAGUUGUUCAGAAUGUACCGGCAAGAAAAAACAAAUGGCAUGCUUUUGACUUUAAAGCAUUACCCAUUAUCCAAAAAAUCCAGUUGUCAGCAUGUGAUUACAACAUCCAUCUCAGGUAAUUGAGGACCACUCAUGCCCAUUCCUGCUUCUUGGCAAAGUUCGAUGCAAAUCUGUCAGCAAAUUGAAGGACAGUUCUGCGGAACUGUAUUUGUUUGCAGCCUGUGUGUUUGUGGGACUGUAAUUUGUAUUUUGCCGUCUCUUUGGAGGGAUGAUUUAUUAGCAGUCUUUUGGCAGGUUUCUCCCCUUGAGGAACCAGAAGGUUAAGCAAUGCAUCACUGCAGACAGCCGACAGAAAUGGGCCAAAAGAUUGACACACCUACUGUACUCUCCUUCUGCUGUUUCCACGUAGUCAUGACAAUUUUAAGCCGAUGGGUCUGUAAAGCUGUUUCAGAUCAUUAGGGCGACUUCAGAGGUGUUAGGGUGUACCGCGUUUUAAAGAGGUGUUUUAAUCCUCUAAUGGCCUCGCAUGGAUACACAGUUGAUACUCAACUACUGACAGAGGCUUGUGUUGACCUUUGGAUACAUUCCAGCUGGAUGAAAACUACAACUGUGGGAUAAAAAUCUUAACUUUAUGGAGUUAGAAAUCAGUGUGCUUACGACAGACUUUGAUAGUAUUCUCCUUGUCUACUAACUUUAAAUAUUACCCACCACUAAAAGGAAAUAGUAAACCCAUUCAAAGCUUGAUAUAUGGAAUCAUCAAGGUCUCAUUAGUGUCGCUUUAUCUUGAAAGAAGUUUUUUGUUCUUGUACUAUGUGGACCGAAGAGAGAUUCAGAGUCAUUUACUUUAACCAGUCCUCUUGAUCUACAGUCCAAAACCUACUGUUCAGUAAAUGAAGCAGUUGAUCAUAUGGAGAUUUCAAAGUUUUUAAGCCAUAAAGCCUUCUUUAAACUCCUGUUCUGAUUAAAACAUGCAGGCAUGUCAAGAAACAAAAGCUUGGAAAUUUUAUGACCACACAACCCAUGUUUCUCUAUCAGGUUUCCAUUCACUGGUCUGUCUGAUGGAGAGUGGCACCAUGUGGCCGUCAGUGUGUCUGCCAAGCGGCUGGCCCUGUAUGUGGACUGCUCUCUGCUGGAGAGUGUGGACUGGGUGUACCACGGCAUGGGGGUCAGCAGUGACGGGCUGCUCAUGGUCGGAGGAAUCAUUGAGGCGUUUGAGACUCCAUUUGAAGUAAGUGGUGUCUGUCUGGUUUAAUGUUCGUCCUGCUCUGUAACUUGAGUUUUCUUUCCUUUUUUUGCUUGAUCAUAAAAUUAGGACGAAGAGGUCAAACUCUCAGCUGAGUAUCUUAAAAAACCUUCGAUUUUUAUUUUGCAUAUGCGUACGAUAACAUGUUUAUUACGAGAUGGUUUGUGCAAUAGCCACAUGAUAUCUGAAACAACUGGUCCUGGGUUAUAGGCCACAUGUGUUUUGUCCGGCAUAUGUGAAGUUAGUCAUGCUAAAAAGAUAUGCAUGCCUUCUCAUCCAUGCACGCGCAUACACAUACACAAUACACAGAGGAAGGAACACACAGGUAGAUAUUUCUGUCCACAGGCUCUAUCCAACCGUGUUUCCUUUUCAUCACAGACACAAAGAGGCGCAGCCUGUAAUCCUUGGAAACCAAGUGUUUGUUUUCCUAAAGUGUGCAUAGAAAUCCCGUAACCUGCUCAAAGCACAGCCUGAGUUACCUCCCAAGAACCAGUGUUACAUAAGAUUACAGAGGAAACACUGAUGACUGUUUGGAUCGAGGAUGAUUUAGGUAUCCUCAACCCUUUCCCUGAAGGCGUCUCACUUUACUUUAUUUUAUAGCCUUUAGAUUACACCAGGAAUCCUGUAGAGCAGGGCAUGUAAACUUGUAAGAAUCGUAAAACUUCAGAUUUUCCCCCUACAUUUGAACUCUAACUUUGCAUUUAUUGUAACAGAGAUGUAUUAUUAUGCCAGAAUGAUGUAUUUUGUAUGUAUUCAUCAAAAAAAAAAAGACACUACAUUAAGUUGCUCACUCCUUUAAGUUUACUGUCCAAAUACUCUUUGGUUAUGGCCAUUUCCUUAGAUGCAAGUUACAGCAAUCAGUCAUUUAGCCAGAGGAUCAGAGCAGACAGUGUGAGUUUAUCACAAUGAGGUGAGGUGGAGCGACACAGAUGCAGCAUCUGGAUCCGUUCUUAGCACCAGAUAAAAUAUGGAUUCUCCACUGCCUUGUUCCCCCCGAUGACAGAUUUUUACUGCGCUCCAAGGACAGAGCACGUCCACACUCAGAGGUGGUGACAGUCUUCUCUCCAGACAGUCUUUUGUAUUAUGCAAUGCUAGUGCUACAUUACUGUAUCCUGCUUUUAUCUAUAAUUUUCACUGUCAUCCGCUGAGCUCCAGCACAUGUUUGGCUGUCUGCAUUCAUCCCAAAGCACAAUGUAGAGAGCAAGAUCCCGUGAGCAUGCACUAUUAGGCUGAUGGAUUCUUAGAAAUCUUUAUUUAUGUGUUCUCAUGUUUUUAUGGGGAUUACAUUAUUCAUUUGUUUUAAUACAUUUUGUUUCCUCAUCUGCAUUCAGUUUGACAGUUACAUUUUAUUGGGGACUUAAAACCGACUUUUAAACAUCUUAAAGAUGAUCAGUUAAGAACUAACAUUAAACUUCUCUGACUGUCCUCAUUUUUAUUGAUAUUAUAUUAGUCCCAGUUAUUAUGACCAAAUCCAGCAGCUGCUUUUUUGUGAGGGAGCCCUGGCGAGUCGAUCACCAAGUGCAGCGGAGUUUCGCAGCUCAAGGAAAAACAUUUCUGAUUAUUACUUCAUGGAAAUACAAUCAGGCCAAGACACUAAGGCAGAAGAACUACCCCGUCAACAGUGCAAAAUGAUUAUUAUGAUGAUUAUUACUUCUUGGAAAUGAUCCGCUGCACUCGCCAUCGACUCGUCAGGGCUCCUCCCACAAACAAGCGGCUAAAAAGAUGUUUGGUGGCUAGUACUAUGGCUGGGACCCGAUAGGUACUGUUGAUGAAGUUAGGUGCUGUUCUGAGCAUUAUUUGUGGCUAUAGAGUGGCUUAUUGGUUGAGGUUUGCAUGUGGAGAUGUAGACCGCUGGAUAUUGCUAUCGUAUGGUUGUUACUAAAAUUGGUAUAACUAGCGAAGCAAGCACUCUGCAACAUUCAUCUCUCGAUGGGGUGUCUAACUUGAUGUUAAGGUGUGUUUGACCCUAGCUUAUUCCUAUGUCGGAAUACCCUUUUAAUACGCUUGUGCAGUUUGAAGUUGUUGUUGCUCUGACAGAGCGUUAAGCUUUUAGAAGGACAAAACUCUCAAAAUUCAAAGUCAAGUAUUGAGACAGAAUCAGAAGUACUAACAACCUCAUGGCCCUCACUAUCGAUACAGUAUGCAGGAUCCUUUGUCUGUAGACCAAUUUACAGUUUUAGGAAAAUCUCCCACAUAAACAAACUGUCUUACUCGAUGAAUAUAAAAGCCAAACUGAAUUGAUGGGCUGCAAAGGUUUAGACACCCCAUAGACCUAAUAUUAGCUGCACUACUUGAUGUCCUUUUGGUUUGAGAAGGUGUUUAGUUUUAGGUAACACAGACAUAAAUUGAUCAGCCAUAACAUUUUGACCACUUGCAGGUGAUGUGAAAUGUAUUUAUGAUCUGUUUACAAUAGCCCCUUCAGUGUUUGGGGUAUGCUGGGCUGCAAGUGAACAGUUUGUCCCUAAGAUGGUAUGUUAAAAGCAGGAAAAUGGGCAAGAGUCAGGAUGUAUGUGGCUAUAACUUUGGUUAAAAUUCUGGCGGUUGACUACUGGGUGGGACCAUCUCAAAAACUGCAGCCCUUGUGGGGUUUCUCAUUCUGCAUUGGUCAGCAACUUCCAGAAGACGUCAGAGGGGAAAACCAGUGAAUCAGCAACACGAUCACUGGAUGUGGGAAUAGACAGUCCUUCCCAGUUUGCUGUGCAGCCCCAUAGAUGCACAAUAUCAGUCAGGCUGUCAUAAUGUGAUGGCUGAUGAAUGAUAGAUGAAAAUGAUAGAUGACAAAACGAGAUAAUUCUUUACUUUCCCAGUAUACACAUAACUGGGUUCAAAUGAUUUAAACUAGAUGUCUCGUUUUGUCAUCUGUAAUGGUUUCCAUAAUGAGUUUGUAUACAUCAGUAUCUGUCCAGACUUACUUUUACCUCCUUUUCACACAAUCUACCUCCAGAAAAAAACAUCCUUGACAUUCAGUGUUAGGUUAAAAUGCUGAGUCAUGAUGAAAUAAAACAGAUAACCUUGAUUUCUUUAAAGUUGUGACAUCUGUUUUUUGCAUGCUUCGUAAAAACCCAUCACUGCGUCUGUGAUUGUUUUAAGACAUCUGCCCUGUAACUCAACUUCAAUCAGAAUUUGAAUCAGUAAAAACUUUUUUCCUUACAUGAAAGUAUACAGCAGGCUUUGCUCACUCCCAACAUAUGUGUAGUGAGUAUUUUUAGGGCGUUAUGGGUUUGUUCUGGGAAAGACUGGGUUUUUCUGCAGAAAACAUGUGAAACAUCUCUUUUAAAACAGCAUUCUUCAGCGAUGUGACUCUGCAUUAAAGAAAUUUUAAAAAGUUUAAGAGGUUCCUUGAUACCUUGCUGUCACAUGCUCACACCAGAUCAUCCUUGGAAGUGUUGGAAGCAGUUUAUGAGGAUGUGGAUGAGACCAGUGACUCAAGCUGCUCAUGACUCAGCAUUUUUGUAUGGACAAAGGUUCUUGUUCUGGGUGAGCUUGAAUCAAAGUUUUCUACAGCCAACAGUACAUGCUGGUUGUAGUUGUCUAUUCUGGGAUCUGAAGAGAGAAAACCUUCAAGAUGGUUAAAGAAGUGAAUAAAGAGGAAGGCUCGAUUGUUAAAGAGAGGUCAUGAUAAAAAAGAAGGAUAAAGAUAGUAGGUAGAUACAGUUAAGUGAGAAGUGUUUGUGAGGAAGGUGAGAGUAAGGUUAGAGAAGUCACAGACGGAAAAAAAGGAGAUGUUUUCCCAUGAACAGGGGAGGUAAAGGAAAACAGGAAUUCCCUCUUCCUGUUCCUCGAGAGCCAAAAGCAUCAUAAUUUUGUUUCCCCUGCCCUCACUGUUUGGCUUCAUCUCCUUUCUGAGCCUCCAGACUCCCCCUCUAAGUUUUGGCCUGACUUAUACGAAAAGCAGGAUAUCUUGGAGAGUGUCUGAUAUUCUGUAUUUGGAAAGUGCCUGUUUUCCUGCUGCAAAGCUCUUUCCGUCCCUCCUCUGAUAUCAUGCUGCUUCAGACUGAAGUUGGAUUUGGGCCUGUGUCCUAAGAUAGGGUUGUUAUUUUUUUGUGUGUGCUGGCAGCACCUCAGUUUCAGAGUGCUUCUCACUGGUGUUUACUGUUGCAUGGUAACAGAAAUUUUCCUAUAGGGCUCCAGCUUUCCUUACUAUUGAAAAUCAGGCCUGUUGCACGUUGCUCUUUAUGGUUUACAUUUGCUUUCUUUUAAUGCUGUUAUACAAAGACAACAUGAAAAUAGUUAUUUGAAAUCAUGUAGCAGCAGCAGGAGCUAUAAACCUCGACAUGACACUUUAGCAAAAGGCGUUGUUAGUUUUUCCUUUGUUUGGAUUUCUGGAUUUAUCAGAAGUCCCAACCUUUUUGAUUGGUAUGUACAGAGUAGCAACAUUGAUGUGCAAACAGUGAGAAAAGGACACUGAGGACAUGUUUGAGGACGUUGAGCACCGAAACUACUCUAACCUGGUUGUAAAGAGGAUUGAUUCUUCUAGCACAUAAAAACUAUGUUUAGGGACACAGACCCUCAUGUCCCUGCCUAACUGUUUAUCUUUGAGUUUGGCAGGAUGACAAUGACAAUACUUUUUUUGUUUUCUUUACAAGAGUUUAAAAUCCUGUUUUAGUUAAACAUCCAACAUCCAACAAGACAAGUUUUCUUUGUUUCAAGAUAAAAUUUGAAAAUAGUGCAGUAAUAAAAAGCAUGUUCAUCAGAUGUCAGAUGAUAAAUGGUUUCUUCUCUUUUUUUUCUAUGCACUCAGCUCUUAUACUCAAGGUAAAGCAGAGGAAAUAGAAACAAUAAUUCCUUUUUGGACUGAAGUGUCUGUGUUUACAUUCUGAAGAUAAAGAAAUUCAUUCUUGACUGAAGGAUCUGUAAUGAGGUUGCAGACAGACAGGUCACCUUUUAAGAGAUCACAGGUGAAAUCCUCUCUCUUCUGUUCUUCAUGGCCAAACCCCAAACUCAUGUAAAGAUGUAUCAGGCUUGAGGAAAAAGUCAGUUAAUUGUUGAAAUACCUCUCUUUAACCAUGAAGCACGAAUCCAAAACUGUUACUGUUACAGUAAUGUGAUGACCACGCUGAAAUUAUGGGAUCUGAGAACAUGCAGGGGGGCAAUUAUAAUUAUUAACCAAUCUGAUACCCCUACCACCCACACACAGACAGACACACAGACACUGUCUCUUGUGACUCAACCUGAGGCUGUAGGUUUUAAAUAUCUGCAGAAUUUUUGUUUUGUUUGAUUAGAUGUCAGGUUGAGUAAGAGGAAUUCAUGAGUCACAGUGAAAUGUUUGACCUCCAGUGACCCCCAUUAUGUGUGUGUCCACUAGUUUAUAUGCCUGUGCAUCAAUGUAUGUGUGGACAAAACUUUCCCCUCUAUUUAAGUACACUAAAAUUAUAAACUGUUCAUUAAAUCAAUUACAAUGAAGUAACAGCUCUCAAGGCCUUUUUUUGUCUGUUUUGUGAAUUGCAUCUGCAGGAUGUUCAUCUUUUAAAAAUAUAAAAUGUCUUAAAAUGGUAAAAAAAAAAAACAUGUCAAACUUGAGUUUCUAUGUGCUUAUCCUCUAGCCUAAACUAAAACAUAUUUAGUUUACAGUCAAAGAAAACUUUACCGAACAACAAUGAUUAAAACACAAGAUGACGCAACAAGAGAAUAACAACCCGAGCUGAUUUAUCUUUCCUAUGUUGCCUGCUAAGACUGCAAAAACAAACUGCACUUAAGUUCCAAUUUAUUCUCAUGUCUGUUUGGAACUUGUUAUCGUCAAAACAUAACUCAGAAAAUAUGCAUGUAUUUUCACUUAGACAUGAAAUUGGUUUGUCUGUCUCUGCAGGGUCAUCUACGACAGCUGACCUUUCUGAUGGGCGACCCAGACGCCGCCAAGCAACACUGCAGUCACCACCCGCCCCGCUGUGGGGAGAUUGCCCCCAAGCCUCCUCGCUCCCCACGCACUAACAGCGCCCUGGAGGUGAGGAAAGAUGAAUGGAGGAGUGAAAGAGAAGGGGAUCAGACAGAGUCAUGUCAUUUUCAAGCAUUGUUCCUUUUGAAUUAUGUAAACAGCACGGCUCUGACAUGUCCCUGAGGUGUUUAAGGUGAGACCAGAUGUCUUUUCAAGCCCACAGACCAGACACCCAGACUCCUGCAGUCAAUACUCUGACAUACUCAUAUACAAUGAAGCGUAAUAAAAGCUCACUGGAGGAUUAAAAUAAGAACUUCACAGUCUCCAGUGGUUUUUGAUCCAGUCUGGUGAGAUUGAAUCACGGUAAAUGUUUGGUUGUUCAUCAGUUUAACCCUGAACAUGGAUGGUUUGUGGUUCUCAGUUUUGGACAUUUUCUCUAAUGUGUCCGUACAGAAUAUGCUGCUGGCCUCAAAUGACCUGGAAGACCUCCUGGGGGAAGAUGAGUCAUUUUUUAGCUAUGACAGAACUGUAAGUUUGAUUCUUUGAAACUUUUCUUUCAUUGCUGUGGUGAGAGUUUCCUCUUUAUUGAACAGUUAAAAGUCUCUAAAAAAAAUCAUGCAGUGCCCUAGUUUGCUGCUGUUGUCAUAAAAGUAUGUGACCCACUGACUGGUCUUGGACAGCUAAAGUCAUGAGCCAACCACCCUCUCUGAUGUCACAGUCUCAACCAGCCUGUGAAACCAGCGUCUGUCAUUAAUUACGGCUGCGGUGCGAUGCCUCAGGCGUCUGAGGCAACAACCAGGCAGCCCACCUCUCGGCCUCUGCUGACUGGUCCACUUUGCACAUGUGUUUCUGUAUAUAUAUGUGUGUGCCUGUGUGUCCUUUGAGACGCCUGUGUGGCUGACCUGUCUGUGCUCCGGUACAUCAGUCUGUGUCUGCUCGCAGGUCUUUGUUGUGCGCUGAAAGCCAUUAAUCACGAUGCUGAAGUUAAAACUCUUAUGAUUAAAUACAGAUUUUGCUGUAUUUUUUUUUUACUCAAGUGGAGAAGGUGUGAGCUUUUUCUUGACAUUUUUGGCAGUAUUUAUGUAUUCUUUGUGAUCAAAAUGAGUCAAUAAACCACCUGACAAACAGUUUACACUCAGCAGUAGCUUAACCCUCCUGCUGAGGUCUGCACCAACCUGUUUUUGGUUUUAAAUGCUUAAAAGAACCAAUUAAAUUUGCAUCAAGAAUUUAUUUCAACAAAAUAAAAAUAAAAAAAUUGCAUUGACUAAAUAAUAAAAUGCUCUUAUUAAAAUUAUGACACUUGUGGUGUUAGGGUCGCUGUUGACCUGAUUAGAUUAAUAUCUAAUAAUUACUAAAAUCAUAAGUGCACUUCCAGGCACCACACUGACAGUCAGAUCCUCUUCCAAUCAUAUGAGAUUUAGUAAAUUCUCAUUUUGCCAUGUUUUUUCCCAGCUCAAAAAACAACAUCAGGCAUGUCCAAAGAUGUGAGAUCAAUUCAGUUUAGAUGUCUGUAUGAGGGGGGUACUGACAAAGAAAGGCCCAGAGGCCAACUACAAAAACUAUUAUAAGCAAUAAUUUCAUGGAUAAUGAAGCCUAACAAGGUAACCUGGAGAUGAGAACCAAAUUGGAUGAUAGAGAAUUGUUUUUAAUGUAAUUUACAGCUGAUUUAAGACACGGUCAAAACUGACCCUUAACAUGAUGGGUGGGUAGUAAAAACUAACACAAGAGGAAGGCUAAAGUUGAAUUGAUAAGCAGUAAAGAAGGCCAAACAGCCCAUGGAACAAGUCCAAAGUCAACCCUAAACGGAUUAGCCCCACCAAAGAGCACAUUUAUGAAGUACUGACAGUAUUACGUUCAAUAUUUAAAAUUGGUGCUGGUGAGGAGGAUUUAAAAAAAAAAGCGAUUUUUCAAUUGACCAGCUUUUUCAUCCUAGACUUGUUGGAUAUGCGUGUUCACACUCUGCUAAAUGAGUUAAGUACCUUAAAAUAUAUCACGGUUGUCGACACUGGCACUUACAGAGCACACCUUGUUUCUGGAAUCUGCACAUGCUAAAAACGGAAACAGAACAAAGACUGGAAAAGCAAAGCUGGUUUUAAUUUACAUUCUCAUGUCCAUGCAGUCUGCCAGUCUAGAAGCAUGGAGGAUCUGGUUUUCGAUCCAGUACACAGUACCGCCAGAACUGUAAGAAGUAUAAGACAGCAGACCAAACCAUGCUGUGCCAGCUCCACCUUAGAGUUUCCCCAUCAGGUUGGCAUUGAGAUGCCUUUGUGAUGACAUACAUGAAAAAGAGGUCUCCUGCUGUUUUCUGCUGUAGAUCCAUGUUUGCUGCAGCAAACUGCACCAAAUCUGUCUUAAUAGUCACUGAAAUUCCUUCAGCAGGGUGCAUCUCUUUCUCAUUACCCUGCCUCUGUCUGUUCAUCUGUUUCUGUUUUUCACUUUUUUUAUUGUGUCUGACUGAAUGUGCCUUCUCUGGCUGUUUGUCUGCAUAUGUCUUUCUCCUUAUGUUUCUGUUGUCCCUGAGUUUUUGUCUGUUUGUGUCUUUCUCUGCACUAUUUUCAUUCAAACGACACAUUUUAAUGUUUACUCUGCUGAAUUUUAAUUGGUUUAAAAAGUAUAAGAAUAUUUUAGUUAACUCUUUUUGUGUUGAUCAAAACUGUUUUGUAAAAGCUGAAUAUGGUUUGUGUUUGGGGUCCUGGCUUCAACUUUAGCCGUUUUCAUAGAUUAACUUAACAUGCAUGACACAACAUCUUAAACCCUGCAUAGUCUUGGCUUGCUGGUGGAUGCUGAGGAGGUUGUAGGUUAGAGUUGAGUGCAACCUUAGUGCAUGGCAGCACUGUCAAAAGAGAGGCAGGGAGCAAGAAUUCAAAGAUAUUUAUUUCCAGUCAUCUUAACACUCAUAAUAUUUGAUUAAAAACAAUUUGAACUAAUAAAAAGAUCUAGACAUAGAUGAAAAUUGUAUUCUUCCUCCUUUCUAAUUAUGAAAAGGGUUGAUUUAAAAAGUUAUUAUUUGUGUGACAAAUUUUUGUAUCGCACUGUUUACUUAUAUGGGAGGAACAAAAUAAAAUGAACAAAUUUAAUGAAUGAAAAGGUUUGUCUUUAACUGUAGCUUAUCAUAUAGGAAACAGUGUGAGUUAGAGAGUCUGUUUCUCAUUAAAUCUAUGCAGACCAGACCUACAGGGGUACAGCUGUCACGUCUCUGGCUCUCCUCAGAAUCUGCAUGUUUUAAAGGAAAAAAAUCAAAUAACAUUAACAAGAUCUAUUUCUUUUUCACUAAGGUCUGCUGCUGCCGUCUUUGAAGCGUAACAUUACUGACCGUGGGGCCACUGUGUCGGGGUUUUCCUGACUUUGAUGCAUGUCCUGUCUAGGGCCAGCAGCUCCCCUGACAGGUGCUCUUUUUGGAGACAUGGCACUCCACUAGUUAAUCUACUGCUCCUCCACUGGGGGCUUAGAUGUUGAACACUCCUGGAGGUCAGAGACCUUAAUCAUCAGACUAGAGUUAUGAACUUCAGCACAUGUUAAUGGCUUUGAACCCUCGUAAUCGAAAUAACCUGAAGUCAGAUUUGCUGUUUCUGUAUUUAGGUUUUUUAAUAUAUGAGUAGAGCAAAAUUGCAACACACUUGUUGCUGGGCAGUGUGUAGGCUUUUGUUCAUAAAGUAUCUAAUCUCCUAAAUGAUAGAGAUGUGUUUUUUUCUUGGCAGUAAAGUAAGUGUGCAUUUGAGUUAGAGGGAGAGGGAGAGCCAGAGCAUGACAGAGCUUGUUUUUUCUUUACUUAACGUCAGAACGAGAGCAAAUCCAGUUUGUCUGAGGGCUUUCAGUUUUAUAAAUAGUCGUCACACAGUGUCUGUCAGAGGUAGAGAAAGAGAAGCAGGCACAUACACACACACACAAACACACACACACAGAUAUACAAACGUUUGUGGUGGUUAUACUCCUGUUCCAUAUCCUAUCACAGCCAAGUGUUUCCACUGGGGUCUCUGGAGAGGCCUGCUUCAUAAAACUUGUCAAACAAAGGCUUUUUAAUGGCCAGCUGAGGCAAAAACAAAGUGGUGGAAAAAGCGAUCCAUUAUUUUCACACUACUCCGUGACUUUGUCAAUCCACCGGGGUCCAUGAAGUAUUUAUGUAGAGUCUGGCAGGAGUUGCUUAUCGGAGAACUAAAUCCAAUGUAAAACGUUUACAUCUGUAGAAAAGGUUUCAGCUGCUGAUGAACAAAUGCCUCAUCAGAUCCUGAAAUUUGUUUGAUUUUAAAUCGACAAUUGUAAAAGAGGAGAGUUCAGAUCCUGCACCAGUGAUGUAAACACUACAGAGCUGUGUAGUUUUGAAAUGGGCUUUAUUGUUCAUGUCUAGAAGUAACAAAAAAGUAAGUAGUUCUCAACAUUCUCUAUGGAUAGAUUUCAGCUUCUUAACCUUUCUUUUAGUCUUUUUACUCACUGCCUUCACUGACUUCCUGCUGCUCGCCUGGCCAGAGGUGGCACUUAAAUGAAGCAGUGGUCAGAGGUUAGAGCAUGAUCUUUUAAAGCGACACCAUACCUCCAUCUCACAAUACAAGUGCAAAAUUUCUUGAUCUGAUUAAAAAUUUGAGGGAUCUGAUAAUCUGAAUCCACUGUUUAUAUGUUUUUAUGUUUUAUGCCAGAGUGUUAAUAAUGAAACCUCUUGUACUGGCCUCAAGCCAAAGGCUAAAGAGAGAAGAUCCAAGAGAGUCAUGAUCGGAAGAAGUGUUUACAUGAACACAUUUCGGAAUAACAAUCAGCAUAAACCACCCCUCUCAAUCGGAAUACAAUUUCUUUCCGAUUGAGCUGAAUUGGAUCAGAAUGUUCCGAUCGACAUGUUUACGUGACACAUUUUUAUUCCGAUCCGGCCCUUAUUACGAUUAUUUGUGCCCAUGUAAACACAGCUAAUGUGAGAUGUGAAGCCAUAGUACUACCUGGUGGAGCGAGGGCAUGCACAGAGGAGAUUUGGCUGGCAGAGUUGCAAGGCUAACCGUUCACCCUUUCUGCAAACCAAAACAUGCAUUUAACUUUACAAAAACCACAGAGAUCCUCGGGGCUGGUCCAGUUCACUGAAAAGAAUCUCAUUUUGGUAGUAAACUAGUGAAGUUAAUGAAUCUUAAGUUACUGAUUGUUAAAUUCUGAGAGCUGUAAGUCAGAUAUCUGUUAAAUAUCUCAUAAGACAUUAGGAAUAAAUUUAUCCAGAAAAUAAACACUUGCACAUAAAUCAGUAUGAGGAGGACUUACUGUCCUAAAAGGAAGCAUGUUAGAGAAAUAUAUAUGUGUAUUUUGAUAAUCCAGUUUGAUCUGUCUUAGAUCUGUUAUAAUGGAGUGUCAUCAUGUCAGGAGAGUCGAGUCAGCGUAAAAUGCGCUACAGUAUGUGGACAAAAACCUGAUCAUCUUUUGACUGACUCGACUUUAAUAGAGCCUGAAAGGGUUAUGUUCACUGUGUUCGCCAAAAGCAACAAGCUCUCGUGCCAGAUAACUUCAUAAAUCAUCACUAAUCUUAAUAGUCACCUAAUUCUCUGUUUAAAUGGUUGUCUGCUGGAACAAGAGGGAUUAAAGAGAGACAGACAGAGGAUUUGGCAACUUUUCUCAGCAGCAAAUAGAGAUGAAGGAUGUUAGAUAUGCCGAUACAACGGCCAAACGUACAAGCUCAAGAUGUCUGGAAUUAGCUGCUAUAUCCAUGCUGUCAACUCCAGUAAGUAGUUGUGACCAGCAGCAGGCCAUGAAUUUGGGUGUUUGAUUCUGUGUUCAUCUCUGCUGAUAGAUCUUGGGAAAGGAGUUUCAGCUUCUGAGACUUUGGAUGUUUCCUCUCGAAAGUUUCAAAGGAUCAAAAGUUGUUGCUACGGUUACUUAAUAACUGACUUGAAAUCAGUUUUCUGUUUUAAAAAGUGUGUUUUAUGACACAUAUCAAACUGUGGUAUGUGUGCCUCUUUGCUGUUCUACAGUGCCCGCUAAUGGCUGUCAUAUAUUUUUUACUGUUGGGUCGGCUACUUUUUAGGGCAGGGUAAUUUAAUUAUAUCCAACAGGGCCAGAUUUGAAGUCCAGGGUUAGAAAGAGGACUGGGUUUUCUCAGCAGCAUCAGAAAUCAUUUUUCUGUUUUUGAUUAAGGCAAACUUUUAAUUUUCAUAUUUGAACUAAAUAGUGCAUGAACAUUUGUGCAAACCACAAAUUGGGGCUGUCAUUGCAUACUCACUCUGCAAUAGUUGGCAUGUAUAUUCUCAUAACUUUAAAGUCUAGGAAUGGCUGCAUCUCCUUUUCCGAGAUCCUGGACCCUGCUGCGGCUCUAUGUUGGGCUGUGCACCAGGUCGUACAUCACCAUUUGUGGGCUGUAGACAAACUCUGUAUUUUGACCUCCGUCUCCUGCAAUCCCUCAAGAAAGGUAGAGAAGUAGGGUUUUUUUAUGGUGAUGUCUCUGUAUAUUAUAGUUGUAACACAUGGAUGCAUUGGUAGUAUAAAAAAAAAUAGUCCUGGCAGAGUAUACCUGUAGGUUUUCAGUGCUCAAUUUUUCGCCUUAGCAUUCUUGAAAGCUAGGGUUCUACGCACGGUCUUAAUGUUUUAAACAACUACUACUUCUAUGAACCACUAUUUGGAUUGACACUGUGCAUGUGGAGAUCUGGACAAAGUUGCUUAACCCUUGUGAACUGUUCAAAAUUUACACCCUUUCAUCCUGUUCGUGGACGUUUUUAGCCACUAACUUUAAUUUUUUUUGCUCAGACCUCUUAAUUAACCUCAGACCUUAUCAAAACUAUUAUUUUUAUUUUUAUUGUUAUGGAUUUUAACCCUUUUAAUGCCAUUUCAGAGAUGAUGUCACUGAUUUGAUGAGAAAAGAUUCAGAUUCAGAUUCAGACUUUAUUUAUCUCCUAAGGACAAUUCUGUUCACAGUUACCCUGCCGUUUGCUCCAUCCAAACACACAAAUCAGCAGACAAACAAACCAGACAAGUGCAAGACAUUAAUAGCAGCCAGUAGACAGCCACAUUCCCUUGUCAGUACUCACAGAUCAGCAGGAUCAGCAAUAAAUAGCUAAAUAAGUACAAAAGCAGUCAAGUUCCACAGCGCAAUGGUUAAAAUACAAUAAGAUCACAGUAUGAGACACAAGAUAAGAAAUAAAACAAAUAAAACACUCCUGAAGCGCCAGUUCAGCACAGGCCCUAUAUGACCAUCAGCCUACUUCCUGGCAUUUAAAAGCCUGAUGGCUGAGGGGAUAAAAGAAGAACAAAAACAAUGAUUUUUGAUAUAAAAAAUGAUCAGAGGCUGGAGAUUUUUUACGUGCUAUCACACACUUGGAUAUGUCAAAUAUUCGUAACAAGAUUGGCUUUGGUGCAUUUUUAUUUUUUGCACAGCACCAGAUUUUAAUAGUUGAGUCAAUGUUCAAAAACCAAUUCAUCUGUCCACAGCAACCACUAAUGUUUUAGAGUGUAUUGGUUAUACUGUGGGAAAUUGCUCUAAUAAAAGUUGGCAGUUUUAUCAGCCAAGAAUAAUAUGAUAACAUAUUGAUAAUUCGAGACUCGAGACUAAAGAGCAUUUAAAAACAUGUCGAUCCUUUUUGUGGGGAGCUUUUUCUCCCAUUAUUUAAGACAGAUUUAUGGACGUCUGCAAGCCCUGCAGCACUCCUUGGAAGUGUGAGUUUCUUUGCCUUGUAGAUAGAUAGAGAUAGAGAGAGAGAGAGAGAGAGAGAGAGAGAGAGAGAGAGAGAGAGAGAGAGAGAGAGAGAGAGAGAGAGAGAGAGAGAGAGAGAGAGAGAGAGAGAGAGAGAGAGAGAGAGAGAGAGAGAGAGAGAGAGAGAGAGAGAGAGAGAGAGAGAGAGAGAGAGAGAGAGAGAGAGAGAGAGAGAGAGAGAGAGAGAGAGAGAGAGAGAGAGAGAGAGAGAGAGAGAGAGAGAGAGAGAGAGAGAGAGAGAGAGAGAGAGAGAGAGAGAGAGAGAGAGAGAGAGAGAGAGUCAUGACACAAAAAAAUAAUUUACAUGUAUUCCUCACAAAAUAAAAAGUUUAGAAAAAAGAGAAAAAUUAGAGCCCACAUCAGCCUCUGGUUUCUAUCCCUGUGAGACACUGAGUGAGCCAUUUUUAAAAGGUCAACACAAUUAAUUAGACGUCUCAUAAAACAGUCAAAUUAGAGAGCUCUGAGCAUGAACAGAUCUCAAACUGUGUGUGUCAUCUUCCUGCAAUGCAGCACAAAAAGAUGACAUACUGCAGCGGGAACAUGUCCGAGCAGCAUCAGAGAGAAAAGCAGUGGUAAAAACAGAGCCCUCGUUUUCAAGGAGACGCUAUAACGAAGUCUGAUAUUAAAACAAUCCCUAAAGUCCAUGUGGUGUGUUAGAACUGGGAUCCGAAACAAAGACUCGGUAAAUGGCACACAUAAACUUUAAGCAAACAGUUUGCUUAAUUUAAACACAAAAAGAGGAGGAAACCUGCUUUGAGUUUGCAGGGAAAAAAAGAAGGAGAAUGCUUUUGUUUUAAAAUCAGCGUGACAUUUCUACUAGCUGUCAAGCUUUCCUUUUGUGUGCAUUACCACUGAUUGAGCAGUAACUUUUCAUCUGCUCGGCUAGGCUUGUAUCUGUUUUCAAUAUAAGAAUGAAGAAAUUACAGACAGGCCAGACUGGCCCUGUAGUCAAGAUGCACAAGAGAAAGUGUCUUGUAGUGAGAAGGGAUGUGCAGAUAAGAAUGAAACAGUAAAAGAGGAGUUCUUGCACAAGUUGUUUCCCUGUCACUAAGAGGCACAAUUUCCUCAAAGUGAGAAGCCACAGCAUGCUCCAACUCAUAAUUUUCCUCUCCAGAACUGUAAUUUAGUACAGAAUAUGUUUGCACUGAAUAUAAAUCAUCCGUGUAAAUGCUCUGUAAUGGUCGAUGUUGUCAGGCUGCUACAUCAGCAACCUGCAGUUUUCCCUUUUUCAGUUACUUCCCAGUAAUAAACCACUCCAUAGGCGCUGACAUCCAUACGCUACAGGUCCUGCUCUGAAAUGCAAAAAAAGGAUGAUGUUUUCAGCACAGACAGCAGAGCUCUCUGGAAGCGAUUAUGUGGCAGAGAGAUGUGCUGGGAAGUUGUUUGGAAUUAAAAAGAGAUCAUUGAUUCCCCCCACACAUCUGCCCUGCAGUUCUCCAAGCGCCCACAGUGGUUCUGUUUGCCCUGAAUCAACCUCCCUCUGCUCUCGUUUAUUUUUAUUGCAGUUUAUGCACGACCACCUCUCCUUUUGUUCCUAUAAGACAUGAAGUAAUGCUUCCUGUGGCGAGAAGAUGCUCCCCGCAAUUCUCUGCUUUAAUGCAGUGGAGGUCUACACUCAGCUUCAAGCCCGGUCGAGUAAAUCAAGCAGACCUCAAACAAUCUUUGGUGAUUAUUUACUCUCAAGUUUUCUCUCAACUGUGGUUGUUAUUGCUGAGUCAGGGUGCUGCAAGCCUUUCCCUCUUUUAACUGUCCUCCAGAGGCUUUUGGUUCUGUUUAGUUCUGGUUGUGUGCAUAUACAAAACCAGUAGGGAUUCCCUCACAUCACUUAUGGUUCUUUCAUUCUGUUUUUCUUCAUUUAAAGGAGAAUUUAUUCACUGUAGCAGGUUUUAAGUUGCGGUUUGUAUACUGUGCUUGCAGCUCUCUGCGUUCACAUACUCACUCUCAUCUUCAGCAGAGCUCUACGAGAGGAAUGCCGGCUAACAGUUUGACCAUUGUUGAUAAAAUCUGCUUCAACAUCGGUUGCAUAUUUUGACUUUUUGAGUAAAAGAAUGUAUUCAUCAUGUAAAAGCCCGUACAUCCUCUCUUGUCCUACUCUUCAUCAGAGUUCAGGGGCCACCCUGGGGGCUCAUGAGGCUGGGCCACAGUCUCUCAUAUGCCAGGUCAGAUGUAUUGUCUGUAAGAGAUGUACGGUUGGUACAUGUGGUUGGGUGUGUACCCGGUAGGUAGGUAGGUGUGUGGGUGUGUCUGCUGGGAGCUGGAUCAGCCUCCUGUGCAGAGGUCUGCCUGUGGGUACAAUGUGCACAGAGUUAAAGUGCAGACAGACCUGAGGUGUCUCCUGCAGUCAUGCUCCACCAUGUUGGAUGGUACUUGCUGCUGGGCUGCCUGUUGCUGUUGCUGGAUUCAGACAGAUUGCACGUGCAUGGUCAGAGGCAACGGAGAGGAAAGGUACAGCCUGCUCUAAUCUGAACAGACCACAAGUCUAUUUUCAUUUUUUUAGAGUACCCUGAUGCAGACCAUUGUAUUGAACCCAAUGCAGAAGUGAUUGUGGUGAGUGUAGCAGGGGGAGAAGACUUUUCUUGCAGAAUAGAAAGUGUUAUAGUUAAAAACUGUUUCAAACUCAUCUGGAAUUUUAACCCUGUGGUAAUAAAGCAGAACUGCUCUGAUGAUUGGUUAUCUGAGCCACUUAUUUGUAGGUAAAAACAUCAACAAAUGUGAGGAUGCUGUUCCGUGUGAUUAAUGAAAUUAGUUUUCAGCAUAAUCAGUUUUUUAUCAGAUACUUGAGUUUGGCUUGUGAAAAUUCCAGCCUUUGUGUAGCAACACUAAGAGCAGCCAAUACCAAUACUCAAUGUGAAUUGAGUUGGUGCUAAUAAGCAAGACUCUAUUGUCUCUUUGCAACUAAUUGAUCCAGUGAGGUUGUUUUUGCUCUCAUAUAGUUCAAGGUUUUCCUUCUGUUCCUUAAGCAUGUUAUGGUUUUGAAUCCCAGGACCAACAUAAGGAUGUGGUUAGAGCUUUGAUUCCAACUUUCAGUCCUAGUUUGCAGAUCAAUCCCAGAUCAUGAUGGUGUCAAUAUCAUGCAAAACUCCAGAAAGAAGAACAGUGUAAAGUUACAUGCUGACUUUUGUGCACUUGGUAUGAUUUUGCUGAAAACACUCUGAAAAAGACAUCAAACCACACCUACAGGUACAGCUUGUUGUGAUUUGACACACUUAGACUGGUUUUCUGAACUGUGGGCUAUCCGAAUUCUAGCAGGCUGCCAUUGUUGAUUUAUUCUUGUGUUUCAAGUUCCUGGGAAAGUUUGUCAGUAUUGAUUAAUCUCUUGACACCUCUCAGCUCUUCCAAACACAGGUAUGUGUCUCUGUCCUUUUUCUGAAAACAUCAGAGAACUUUCAUCCUCAGUAUUUCCAGGCAAAACUGUCUACUACUACUACUUGCAAGACCAAGCCAGUCUAAGAACGUCUGCAUACCUGUGUCUCGGUUAGAUUUACAGACCUUGCCAUUUGAUUAGCCCUUUUGUAGGAGUAAGUAUUCAUUGUCUGUGUGUGUGCAUGUGUGUGCCGAUGAUAGCGCUGUAGCCUGCAGCCCUUUGUGUCAGGUUGAGAGGCCUCUAUAGAUUUCUCUUUGCUCCUCACAGAGGAUCUGUCAGCCGCACAUGGAGACAGACUUCUGAGCAGGCUUGUGCUGAUGGAAGGACGCAGUUGUUUGUUAAAACCAUUAAUUUAGUCCAGGUGUGCUGCGACAAACAUCUGCUCCGACUUUAAUUUAUGAACUUUUUUAUCAUCAGUGUUUGUGGAGAGCUGAGUCAUGAUAUUUAAAAGUGUCCUUCUUUGGUAGACAGAUUAGCUCAUAAAAGGUUUUGGUUUAUGGAGCUGAUGGGAUCACAUUGUUCUUCUUUGUGCAGGUGAUGAAGAGCAGCCUCAUCAAGUCGGUAUUCUAAAUUACGUCUAUUUAUUUAGGCAAAGCAAAGGUCACUAGUGUUUCUUUUUAAAGAAAACAUGUUGGCAUAUCAGAUUUAUUCCACGCUGAAUCUUUGGUUAGCUUUUAACUGCUUUAUACCACGCUGAUACUGUAACUGAGACAAUAAUAAAACAAAACCGUGUGACAAGGUGAUGGAUUAGUGAAGAGUUACAAGUUCCUGCAAGUCAGACCAGUAAGAGGCUGCCUUAAAGGUCAGGAAGGUUCAUCAAAACAAGUACAAGUAGAAAUGCAUCUGUCACCUCAGUGGCUGUCAUGUAUUAGCCCGUUACAUUAAAUGUCGUAUUAGGAAAACAGUUGGAUUGGAAUUAAAUGUUGAAUAAAAAAGUGAAACACAACUAUUUAAUCAGAGCUGAUGAAAAGUGUCUCUUUUUCUCUCUGAGUCUUUCCUUACAUGAGCAAAGUGACAGGAGGACAUUGACCAUGACUGUUUGAUCGUUUAGUUGACUGAAAAAGUGACAUUGUGUGGCAAAAACAUUCUUUCUCCUAUAAUAUAGUAUAGACACCAACUGGAUCACACUCACCAAUUGUGUCAGUAAUUUAAUCUUAAAGUCUCUGUACAGAUUUUCCUCCAAUCAAAGACACGUCAUUACUCCCUGUGGAGUGGAUGACAUAAAACCUGCACUUGACCUUUUAGAGGGGUUUGUAUUCUUCAGUUAAUACGACAUCCUGAUAUUAUUGAUCGAUUGUGUUGGAAUUUAAAAGUAAUAACAUAAUGUCUGUAUUGUGUUUGCAUUAAGGUAGUAAAACCAGGAGCAGCUGCAGAAUAGAACUUUGCCUAUGAAUAUUUGUAUUGGGAUUCCGUAUUAUUUUGACACAUGGUCAGUACAGCAGCAGGAGAACAGGUUAACACAGUACUGUGGCUUGAGUGAAAGUGGGUUGUCAAUGGUUUUACUUCCUUCUCCAUCAAAUCACACAUAAAAGCAUCCUUGACGAUGAAACUAAACCUCAAAUCACCCCGAUAGGUGUUACAUUAGUGGGCUGAUAUGUGUGUCAGGGUGAGGACUUGAUGAGUCUUAAGUAAAUGUUUUGGUGGUGACUGGCUUGUUUGCGAAGAGCAACAUGGCAGAAAGAUUUGACUUUUAUCACACAAAUGUAUGUAUUUACCAUUUGCAUAAGGGUCCUGAUGACUAGGAACAUGGUACAGCAAAUACUUACUCCUUGAAAGCUUUUUCAAGUGAAAAAAAAAACAAGAGCCAAAGUCUGGCAGGAGAAGAAAAAGAAAACAUUAUGAAAGCCUGUAAAAUUAUUCUGUCUCUUUUUCUGCCUGCAGCCAUGCAUACUGACACAGACUGAAACACUUGAGACCUGGACUGUCAUUUGUUCACCUAUAGACUUGGGUUGGGCCAAGACCUUCAUUACUCAUGCUGUGUCUCAGCUCGACAGUGUGCUAAUAGAACACAAAGACGUGAACACACACAGAGAAAGUACAGUGUCCAUGCUUGCCAUACCCUGCUGUCUCAGCAUGUAAACAUAGUCUUGGCACAUGAUGUAAAGAUCAAAAGAUUUAUUAUGAAAAGUGUUUUUGAAAGUAUUGGCUUUCUAAAGACUGUUUGAAAAAAAUUAAAAUCUCAGAAUUGAUAACCUAAAGGGGCUUUUCAAUUGUAUAAAAUUCUUGCUGCUUCAAAAAAGAUGCAACGGCUCCUGGAGUUGCCCAAUAUGCUUACAGUAUAGUAGCAGUUCUCCAGGAUUGAUGUCCCUCCUAAUCUCAAGUAUCAUGUUGAAAAUAAUGACUUUCAGAAAGAUAAACAAACAAGAUGAAGUAAUAAAAAUUGCAGUUGCUUGCUAUUCUCACGGGCUCUGAAAACUGAUUUAUACUUCUUUUUCACGGUGUAAUGGUACAUGUUGAUUACAUAGAUUUUGGUGCUGUAUUGUUGUUAUCCCCAUGACUUGCCUCUGUCCAAGCCAACUCUUGUAGGUCUGGCUAUAUUUCCUCCCUUGUGAGCCAACACCAUCUUUUGGAUUAAAAAGAGUUUGAUAUUUUGAAGCAAAGUUGAACAACAUCCACUUAUACCCAUAUUACCCACAGAAGAUGUCUUCCUCUCAGCCUGAGAACAUGCAUCUUCUUCUGUACGUGAACAUAAAUGUGACUCUGAGCAAAGAGGCUCUCUGACAGGAAAGGAAAGCACCAAAAAGUAAACACUUACCCCAAGAUGUUCUGGGUCAGACUUUCAUAAAGUUAGCUGAAUCACCUGAGGAAGCAGUCCUGUCUUUUAUGGUGUGUAACUGAGCUUCUGUGCCAGUUCUCUGGGCAGAUGUUCACCAUAGGAGCCAAGCUGACCGGCAUCCUUUGUGUCAAAUACUAGUAACAUUUACCCCUGAAAAUCUUGCUUAUAGAAAGAAAAAAAAAGUUUUGAGUUGUUCCAGUUUUAAUCCACAUGACAAUCAGAAUUAUGGUGUACAAUGACCUGGUGAAAUAGGAUUUCAAUAUAGUUUCAUAACAAACUGGGACAUUUCAUGGAGUUUAUCUUUUCUAAAGUUGUGUAAUGUUUUGACCGAGAGUCAGCCAGCUUGUCAAAGUAAUCAAACAAAGUUUAACUCAGACUGGUGCUCAUAAAGAUAUCGCUAAGAUUGCUGGCAAAAUAAACUGAAGGAGGCGAUGUUGACCAAAGGAGAUCUGAUGUCAGCUUAUCAGCUAAGGCUGGCUGUAUGACUGAACCUUGAUAAAACAGACAAAAAAGGCUCUUUGUCUUGAGUUAUGGCACAGUAUUUUGGUCUCUGUCCUAUCUCAGCCCUUCAUAGGUCUUUGUUUGCCCAGCCAGCUCUUUAUUAAGAGCUUGGUUUCACUUCAGAUAUCAUAUCAAGGCUAACAGCUAUUCUUAUAUUUCAUCAUGCUCAAUAAAAGUUCGGUUUCACCGCUAAUUCAGGGUAUCGUUUGGGCAAGUAAUUCAUUUUGAUAAUGCAAUCUUGAUAAUUUUGCAUUGACAGUUUCCACUCGAGGUAAUUUGACAUCUUAUCUGUCCUACCUGAUCUGGCUCACAACAAUGUGAAAGGGACUGAUUUGAUUUCCUCAUGUUUGAUUUUUGCAGCAUUAAACAACCCACACCCUAUUGACUGUAUGCUCUCUCCCCCGAUACAUUUAAUGCAUUUUUGUCUCUUUGUUCACCUUAUUUGUAGUCUUUAAUUUAACAUAAACAAAAGCCACAUUAACAGCUCCAUGUGGUUUUAAUCAAAAACAGCUGUACUUCGUGCGCUACAUGUUAACUUGAGGAUACAGUCACAUUCACUAUAACAAAUUUGACAUCCUGAUGUUUAACAGUCGGAUCGCUUAUCGUGCACGUCUUUUCACUUCAGCCUGAUGGCAGUACCUCUGAGCUUGCUGAUCAAGUCUUUGCAUAAGCUGCUGCUGAGGCUGAUGGUUAUGGGAUGGGUUUGGUAAAUAUUUACCCAUUAAAAAAAAAAUUAUCUAGUGAUGUGUGUAUUUCUGAGGUCCCUACAGUAAUCCUGAAGAUAUUCCAUUAGAAACCACAAAUGUCAAUCUCUUGAGAAAAAAAUCAGGGGAUUAGAGGGUUAAGAUUUCAUCUUGUAUCUGCACUAAAUUUGGUGGUAAUUCAUGUAAUACUUGUUGAAACAUUUUAAUCUGAACCAGACUUGUGAACCAAGCCUCAGACAGACCAAUUCUAGAGGCAUGUAGCUUUUCUUGCAGUGCAUUUUGGUAAAUGUUAUUGGUUUACGAAGGCUUGACCCUCAUGUUAUCAUGUACAAGUUUAACCUUUUGCGUGUUAAAGAGAGAACAAGAAAUUUGACAGAAUUUUAUUUUAAAAGUAAAGUUUUUUUCUAGUGCAGGGUCACUGUUUACUCACUUAUUUGAGUAUAUAACUUCUACAAUGCACACUCCAGUUUUCAUCCUGUGCUCCUGCUCUCAGUUUGACUCUCAGCUCCACUUUACAGCUCACCAUUUCAGCCCAUUAGGGUCCUCAAACUAAGUUUACAGCCUUUUGGCCCCUGUCCCUCUUCCUGUGCCGCUGGUCCCUAAGGCCCAACAUAUUGAUGUAUUUUGUUAUGUGUAUUAAGGCUUUUUGACGAGAAAGGGGAUGGGGCUGGGUCGAAGUGUUUUGGGUGUUGUUGAUUUUUGAGUUUCCCCUUUCACCUCUGCAUACCACAAAACUUUUAACUGCUUUGUUUGUUUCUCUUGAAAGAUUUGUUUGUAAGAGUCAAUAAAUAAGUCAAUAUUGUGGCAGAUCUUGUUAUUAAACAAACUGAUUUACAGAGAGUACAAUUAUGGUUAGUUUCAUUACUCUUUAUGGCUCAACUUUGGCAUGGCAAUAAGUAAUUUUUUUCUUGGGAACAGGAUGUACAUAAGUCAAAGGCAGGUGCUGCAUCAGCUGUUUCUUGAAAGUAACAGAACUGCAAAUAUGGAUGCGAUAACCUUGGAUAAUGGAGGUCAAAGAUCAAAUAUAGCCUCCAGCAGUGUGAAGACACUGAGUCCUAGGGAUCAGUGUAUCUGCUUUGGUUUGCAUCCACCAAACAUCUCAGUAAGAACCACAGCAAUAUUAAUGAGAGACAGCACACUCAAGAAAUUAGAAAAAAAAUCCUGUAAAAUGAGCAGAUGUCUGAGAGGCCAUGAGUAACAGUCCAGAAAAGAUGAAACUUCAACUCUUGAAGGCCAAAAUAAGACAGGACAGAAAGGUUUCAGCUGGGAUUAGGGGAGUUAAGAUUGAUUUAUCUGAAUUCAUGGACUGGUCUCAAAGCUGUGAUUUUGUCGGCUGAGGUUUUGCUACAACAUUUCUGCAAACGGCUCAGUGUCUUUAAUCUCAGGCUUAGAUGUUGACCUUAAGCCUUUUGCCAGAGUGACAUUAGCUUGGGUUGUUUCUUGGGUAGCGUUAGUUUACAGGAUAUCAGGUUUCCAAAUCAAAAAUCCAGUCAUGAACUUGACAUAAAAGAUAGUAAACUCCUAAAGUCUGUCCGACCAUGCUCUGUAGAAAGAUGAUUGUAUAUCGGCGGCAAGAAAGAUUGCACCAGAUAAGACGCCAUAAUGACACCUGUGCUAUAAAGCUAACAGUAAGCAGCAGCUUGAGCCCCUACCCCCUAAUAUUCAAACACUUUUCCAGCAGGGUCAAGAAUGUUUCUCAGACUAAGGAAUGAACCUCGAAAAGAGCAAGCAGCAAUAACAACAGUGUCUUAAUAUCAUGUGCAAUUCAAAUUUAAUGAUCCCAUAAAUUAUGAAGAAGAAAAGCAAUGUUUUAAAUUGUUUUUAAGCACUGCUCUUCUGUUCAACAUGACAGUGGGCUCUGUUGUACUGUCAACUUUUAUUGUUUAACUGGCCUUUGAUUUCGUUCUUUAGAAAAUAAAAACUCACUUUAGGUGCCAGUUGGGCUUUCCAAAAUCAAAGAGGCCGAGAUAUGUGUGUAAAGUCUAACAAAUUUCUAUGGUUUCUCACCCAACUUCCUGUCAUAGUGAGACACCAAGGCAUAGGCAUGGCGUUGGCAUGGGUGUGUAUUGUUUGAAAUUCUUCUGUAGGUCUUGUCUUUUGUCUCUUGAAAAAAAAAAUCAAACACGGGGAUUUUAUUUUGAAAGACAAUUUUGUCUUUUGUUUUUUACUGAAGUUAUAUUGAAUGAAAAUUUACUUGGGACUCAAUGAUCACUUCUUUCUUUCUAACUAAGCCUUUCUUAGUUAUACUGAACUCUGUGUGUGAUUUAAUUAUUUCUCUCCAACAAUAUCUCCUCAGGCAAAAUGGGACACUUGUUAUAAAUUGCAAGAACAAGCUUUUUCACUUCUAAGGACUCUUAUACGAUUGAUAAACUAUUGGUUUGUGUAAGGGAAGUAAUUAUGACUAAAUUACAAAUUGCAUCACUUUCAUGUGAGUAAUCUUUAUAGGCUCUCAGGGAGAGCAUUCCACACAAAAACACACAUCUGUAAACUUCUAACUAUUGACAUCAAAAAAUGAUAAAAUCCAGGGAAACAUCUGUUCAAAUAUCUGAAGGGCUGUUCUUGAGCAAGCUCCAAUACCUCUUUUCUUUCGCCUCAGAAUGGGUUUCUGCGACGAGGGACUUCUAGAGGGGACGGCACAGUGCCUUCUGGAUCCAACCGGAAAGGAUCAGCAGGACGAGGGGAUGUUUUUUUGAUCGAUGAGGACACUGACUUGUUGGAUCCAACCUUUCAAAACGGAGGACAAAUCAACCCUCAGUGGAAACCUUCCAGAACUGGACCUAAGGGCAGCCAAAAGGGGAAGCCUGAACUUCCCUCCAAAAAUUUGGAUGAAAAUAUCACCACAGAUAAAAAGAUAGAUUCCAGUGGGAGGACUUCUUCACUGUUUCCUGGAAAACCGUCCGAUGAUGUCAUUGAUCUGGAUAUUGGAGGUACUAAGAAUCCCUCAGUGAUAUUUCCCGCACUUCCUCGAAUCCCUUCAGAUCCAAAAACAACCACAGACUCUUCAACAGAGGAGACCAGUGAUAGGUCCAGGUUUAUCUCACCUACACCUCCUGUUGUCAUCCCAGGCCCAUCUGCAACAGCAGAAGUGGAGAAAGGAGGACCCAUCACCACUGAUGGAGGAAAUGUGAACAAUGGUAAACCGCCAAGGAAUGAGCGCCCUGGCACUGUGACCAUUGUAUCCAGGGAUAGAGACAUGGUCCUGGGCUCGGAUGGCAAAAUGUACCGUCUCCAGAGAGGACCACCGGGCGAAAUGGGCCCACCCGGACCAGAAGUAAGUAAUGUUUCUCUUGGAACAAUACUGUGGCUCAAGGCUCUUCUGUCAGUUGUGGCAGCUUGUUCCCCAAUGGCAAGGGAAAGUAAGAAGUCAUCCAUCCUCAUGUCAACAUUUCAAAAAGAAAAAAUAUUAUUGUAGUUUGUACUGGAGCAGAUUUUUGGACAUGGUCUAAGAUGGGGCUGAGGCUUGUUUUUCCCUGAUUUAUCUCUUUGUUCAAUGUAUCAUAUCAGAGCAAUGUGAUGUUUGAUAAGAUAAAAAAUAUCAGGAUGGGCCCUUUUGAAUGGAGAAAGUGUGACGUCUGCUUAUGCUUUCCAGCUUACAAGGACUGUUUUCCAUCAGUGACCAUCUGAGUUUGAUCACGGAAUUACACUGCUCUAACAUAUGUUGAUCCACACGUCUUUGAUGCUGAGAUCUGAGCUCCAAGGGAGCCACACAUUUAUGGAGUCUCGAAAGUUUGUCAUAGCAUUACUCAAUUGGACAAUGGUACCCUCUGGCUUAAGAGUUAUCUGAUUGGAUCAGGGGGGUAAAAGCAUUUAAUGCUGUCCAAUCAGAAUGCUUACCUGAGUUAAGAGAUGGGUCAUCAUAGGGAUUUCAGGCAGAUAGAACCAGAACCAGACUGCACAUCUGGUCCCGUCUGGGCCAGUCUCUCUGGAGUAACUUUGGCAUAAAAUCCAUAUGAUCACUCAGUACGAUUAGAGUGAUUGAAGAUGUCUGUCGGGAACAUGAAGGAGGACGUCCUCUUGGCUUAGAGUUCUACUUUCCUCUCAGAUCUUGCUCUAGAUAGCCUCAAGCAUUAGCUUCAACAAGAACUGUGUCAAACUUAAUGCUUGAAGUAAAAGUAUAGGGGACAUGGUUUGGGAAGAGGAUCUUAGUAUGAGACAGGAAAAAGUCUUUGGCUUGCAGAUUGCACAGACUAUUAGGACACUAUGUGAAGUGCAUGUAAACCUUAACCUCUGCCAUGUCUUAUAUCUUCACAUAAUGAGACUCUUCUGUUACUGUUUGUUUUGUUUCAUCAGUAACUGUUUUUCUAAUGGUUUCAGUCAAGUUGCAAAGGAAAAUCAAAUACGACAAAUUUGAAGUAUUAAUUAGACUUAAAAACUCCAAUUCUGUAAGCUUUUAAAUCUUUUAGUGUUGAAAUGCAAUUUAAGGUAGGGACGUCCCAAUUAGAUUGUGGGUCCCUCUGCUGUCCUUUUUUUAUUUUUAGUAUCUAUCAAUCGAUCAAAUUUUAUUUAUAUAGCACCGUUAUCCCAAGAUGCUGUCCAUAAAAAGGGCAGGUCUAAACCACGCUCAUUGUUUGAUGAAUUACCCUAAGAUGGGACAGAUUUGGCCCAUCUCAUCUAGCAUGAGUGACAGUAGCAAGGAAAAACUUCCUUCUAACAGGCAGAAACCUUGGGAAGGACCAGACUCAUGUUAGACAGCCACCAAGCCACUGCUAUCUGUCAAUAAUGAGCCUCUGAGAUGAUAGGUUUGUACACUGGAUUUUUCCCCAUAAAUGACUCAGUCAAACAAAAAAAGUAAAAAAGGUCUGUAGCUCAAUGAUAUUCAGUCAUGCUGGCAUUGCUGAGCAAAUGUGACAGGUUCAGAUAUCAGUAUUAAACUAACUAUAGUCGCAUCAUCUUUUUAUUUACUUAAAACAUUUAUUUUCAAGACAGCAGGACAUGCUGUGGAUCCAAGAUCAGACAAAAACCUGUGUUUUCUUCCACAAAGAUGGGCUGGUUGUCCAGAGAUAACUUAAGCCACCUUCUCUAUUCUCUUUUUGACCUUUUUUUUUUGUUCACCAGGAUAUUUGUCCUCUCCUUUAAAGUCUAGCAUUUGUAGCUUCAUUCUUCUUUGUUGCUUUGGUGAAUAGGCCAUAUUCUCUUAAAUGUCAAGUUUUCAUUUAAAGUUGGUGGUAUUAAAUGUAGCCUUACUGCUACCUGCCACCUCACUUAACAGUUGUGUUGCAUAUAUUACAAGUUAAACCUCCUAGUUUAAAUUAUGUCCACACUGCUGACAUUUAAGCCAUGGGGUUGUAUAUUCUGAGUCGCUUACAUGUUAGGGUUCUGCUGUAGAUUGGGCUCAGUAUAUGACAGCUCACGUAAAUUAUCCGGUGAGGUUAAUUGGCUCAAAUUGCUGAUCCCUAAUCAGAUAAAGAUAUGCAUAGUGUCCCUAUCUGAUAUUUGAGAUCCAGACAUCCUUGGUUUGAGGUGUUCAAAGCCUGAAAUGCCACAAACCACAGAGACUGACAGUUGCUUGUUGCUUUGUUUGACACUCCUGAGAGCGGUGUUCAAGUCUGAAAAUUGUUGAAGACAGUAGUUAUAACGUUUGCAAUUUUAUUACAUGUUGGCCUGUUCUUUUUACAGGUUUAUCUCUUCAGUGUUUUUGUCUUGAGCUGUUUUAUGAGUGAUCAUUGUUGUUUUCUCAGGGCUGUCCUGGUGAGCCCGGCCUGACUGGGUUUAAAGGUGAUAAGGUAAGGGAAACUUGUUUAUGACUUCAAAGUCUAUAAUGAAGUGCUAAGUCUGUGCAGUUGACACUUUGAGAUUUGAGUGCACUUCUAAUUUAUUUAUUUUUUUCAUGUCUGGCACUAAGGCCAGAUCUUGUUUUAUAGCUCAGUUUCACCGGAGACAUUUUAACACCUACUGCUAUAAACUCCUGUACACUUUCCCAUUAAGUCUGCAUAUAGAUUAUUCAUACCGCAGCCCCGAUGAUUCAGCAUAUCACCAGUGUCAUGUAAUAAUAGAAGAGAAGGUUGUGGUACACCAAGUAAUAAACUGAUCUGAUAUGCAUUAACAUACUAUUUUCUUUUUUUCUCAUAGGGUAGGACGGGCCGUGAAGGGCGUCCAGGAAAAAAGGGGGAACGAGGGUUUCCUGGCCCUGCAGGUUUACCAACCCUGUACCUGUGGAGGAACACAGCUGAGGAGUGGGCUGCUUUUCAGGUAAGACAACCUUACAGGGUCAGCGGUAGAGUCAGUCAUGUUUCAGUAGAUUCCUGAUUCAGCUCUUGGAGUCCACAUGUUGGGCAAGGCGCUCAACCCCAUGGUGCUCCUGAUGACAAAUCCAGUGAUGUACAAAUGAUAUUAAAUCAUACUGAACAGCUCUUUUCAAAGCAGCCUCUACCAUCAAUGAAUGUUGCACAGAUGGUGAAUAGGACAUGUAAUGUCAAAGUUAAAGGCUGUAAAAGUACAAGUCAAACUAAGUCCCUUGGCAACGAUCCAUCAAGCCAUACCAGGGACACGGCUCUUUUCAUGGUAAUGGUUGAUCUGUCAGCUUAACAACUUUAGCCUCAGCUGAAAUAUCUCAACAACAAUUACAGGAAUCUCAAUUUAAAAAGGUUCAGACAGGCCCUUAAAGGUAUCACCACAAUUUAGAUGAUUGGAUAGGAUUCAGGCAGCUUUCGAGUGUAUUUGAUCUUGUAGGCUGUGGUUUUAUUUUCUGUGUUUAACUACCUUAUAAGGCUGUGCUCCAGUGACUUAAAACAGAUUAACCCUUCCAGUGUGUCAGCUUUGUUAUAUCUCAGGACCUGUGAUGCAUAAUCCUGUUUUCAAUUGUACAAAAUUGAAAAAGAAAUCACACCCAGAGCCUCAUGCUUUUACCAGCCAGUUCAGCUUUCUUUUGUUAUGUACUGUAUGUCAUUAUAUCCCUACAUAUGUUGUUAAUCAAGGUCACAACAGAAUGAUGGCAAUGAAUUGGUGGAUUAUUAUGUGCAUUGUGGGGUUAAGAAUAAGAUGCAGAAAAAGGAAAAAUCUGCCGAGCAUAUUCUCCAUGGCUAAUAUAACUUCAGCUGAAAUAAUACUUCUAAUGUAGCUGACACAUGACUUUCAUUACAGAUAAAUUAUCAGUAAAAGCAUCUCUAAGAAGAUGUGCACCUUUCAGAUAACUUCUUCUAAUAUCUUUGUUCGGUGUUAGGGAUCAAUGUUUCUGUGUUUCAGCAAGAUUUGAUGAAAAAAGUGGCAAAGGUACACUCAGUAAUUGAUCGAACCAAUUAAACAUGCUGAUGAAUAGUGUGAUGUAAUCAACCUAGACUGAUGCCUCCAAGAAAUCCAGAUAUUUUACUCAGCCUCCACCAGGGAAAGCCAAUAAUGAAAGUACAAAAUGCUAAUUCAAAUUCAGCAUUUCUCUUCUUAUCUGUAUUUUUCUAAUCAAAUUAUUCAUUCAUAUAUAUAAAACAACAACAAUCCAAUAUCAGCAUUAUAUAGAGUUCAUUGGCCAUUGGUCUAUCUACCCUUCAGAUACCAGCUUUGGCCUUGGCUGCUGAGAAACCGGCAUCAGAAGACGACUACGCCAAAGUAUCUUCUUAAAAAAAAAAAAAACGUUUUUAAUAAUCUGAUCAACUUUUACAGUCUGUGCAGGUACACAACCUAUAUGUUUUAGUUGCACAAGUUUUACAGAUACAAAGCUGAAUAAUGUAGCUAAAUAUCAAUAAGUGGAGUUGUAGCCGCUGGUGAACCUCUUUGGCAAAUAGAUAGAUUUUUCAAAAGCAGGUUCAAAAGCAGUACAGAAAAUUUAAAAAGAUGCCAUAGGAGACAAACUGUUUCUUCUUCUCUGUUUAUGUUUGAGUUAAGCUAGGCUAAACCUAUCUUUAACUUAUCUCCCCCCAAUCAGAAAGAUGAUACUGUUAUCCAGCUUUUCGUCUAAAUCCUAGUAAGCUUGCACAUGGUAAUCUUUAAAGCAUCUCUCUCCUGGAUGUCCAUAGAUGACAUGGCUUUCCUUUGCUCUUCCACUCUUGUUUAAUUUAUUAUCAGUUACCUGAUAGAUAUCAAAUGUUCUUAAAGGCUAAAUCAUCUUACCCUGACCCAUGAGAUGCCCCAAUUAUCUGUGAAACCUUGUGACCCUGCAGCCAAAGUGCGUGCAAGCUGAGGCUCUUUCCUCAUCUGUUUAAUAUCUCUGCAGUGGCCACAGCUGCAUGUUGUAGAGCACACCCAGCAGUAUGUCAGCAUGAUGGAAACGGCAAGUCUGUUCCUAAAAUAAGAGGCCUGAAAUAAAAGUCUGUUAGUAUUUUGUGGAGGCGAUAUGUUUCUGUAAGUGCUUUGAACUCUCAGUGGACAAUCUGCAGAGGUCAUUCACAUACCUCCAUUAUUUUUCUGAAUGAGAAUGAGUGAUGAACCAAUGACAGAUCUUUCACCUCAUCGAGUCUUGGAGGAGCUUAUGGUCUUCAUUUAAAGUUAUAUGUUCCACUGAGGGAAUUGGACCAGACACAUGGUCUUUUUUUAUUUCCCUUUCUGUUACUUUCGGUCAUUCUAUUUUUGCUUCUUCGUCUUCUUUUAUUAAUGUUGUGUUUCCAUUUCUCCCUGUAGCAAAGCAAUUUCUACCAAUUACUUCGCUCUGGUUGGCCUGUAAGUAUAUUUUAACAUUUAAUACUCCAUCUAUUCUGGGGUCAGGUUUCUCCUGGUUCUUGUUGACCUAAGGCUGGUUUCUUUUUGUGAGCUUGCAGAGUAAAGAAGGUCCUGCAGGUCCACCUGGAGAGAUGGGCAGACCUGGCAUGCAGGUAAGGGAUAUUAAAUGCAGAUGACGAAGCUUAUCUGAUGACACAUGGAAGUGUAUUUGUUUUUCUAAAUGUUUUAAACCCCUUUUCUGAUCAUUUUUCUAGGGGCCGUCUGGUGAACCUGGAGGGCGGGGACAACCAGGGAUGCCAGGAGAGAUGGUGAGUAUGUAAACUUCUCUACCUGAUCCACAGCAAAUGAGAGUCCACUGAUGUCUGAUUCAGGGUAAAUUAAGAUGAAAAACAUUGUACAAAUAAUCGCCUGAUACGUUUGUGGAUUGAGCCAGGCAAAAAUCAUAAGUCUGUUACAUUUCUUUGCCCUUUCAGGGGUACUGUAUGGUAAGAAUCCUGUCCUUUAUGUCAGGUACAGGAAAUGAUAUCGAGGUCUGACAGUCACUCUUUCAUGGCAGCUGUAUUGCCGAGGUGUGGCCUGUGAGCUCUACAAAUCCUUGUUUUUAUGUUUCCUCUGAGUUUUUUUGUUUUUCUGAGCUUGACUGUGUCUGAAACAAUAGAUACUUUGGUCUACUUCCAGGUGGAAAUUACAUUAAAAUAUAUGUUUUCAUUCAUAUUCAACACUAGCAGCAUCAUUAGCCUGCUUCACUAUUAUAAAUUACGUGACACUGAACAUUUUCAUUCACUUUUAGACAAAAUAUUGGCAAUUUCCCUCUGGUAUUUUCAAAAAAAUACACAAGCCAGUAGUGCAUCGUGACUUUGCGGUCAUGUCAGGUCUCAUUUCUUAAAUUUUGAUGAUUCUUUUAGCUUCUUCUGUGUUUUGACAUCUCCCACUGGUUUGUUGUCUCCUCAUGAACCACAAACCAUUUAACAAGUUUUGUGUUUUUCAAAAAAUUAAGAGUAAUAUCAAAAACUUCCUCAAGCUGGACUCCUUGCUGUGGAUUGAUUUGACAUGAUGUGUGAUCAAAUUGUCUUUGGCAUCAUUCUUGCCGCUCUGAAUUCAUUACUUGUGGUUUUUUAACCAACGACAAAUAAGUAUCAAGCUGGUAAGUGAGAGAGCAGGGUAAUAGUGUAGUUUCAUUAUGAAUUCAGUCACAGUAAUUGGAAAUAUUCAUAGACACCGCUGCAAACCUCAGUGUGUCCAGCUGGUUUAACAUGACCUUCUGCUGAUUUGUCAUAGUAAAUCCCAUAAUAUGACUUUUUAAAAAUAGACCCACCAGUGGAAACAGGUUCACUGACUUGAACAACCAAGUGUUCAGUCAAAUGAAGAGUAACAGAGCUGGUGGAGCAGCGUCAGUGUGGUUAGAGGGAGUGGGUGUUUGGAAACCCUCUGCCAUGAACCUCCCAAUGAUGUAACCUUUCUCAUUUUGAGAGAAUAAGCAAUGAAAUUAUAUUUAUUGCUAAAUUAAGAAGUUCCAUAUUCUCCAAAUUUGAUUACCCUGAGGCGUAGUGACUUCAGUUUUCUCAUUUUAUUUUGAGUUAUAAGUUUCACAUUUUUUCCCUUGUUUGUGAUUUGGUUCAGGGUCCCAUCAGAUUUGAAAACCUUUGACUUGGUUUGUUUAAGCCAACAGCCUUAAAUGGUGAAGGUGAAUUAAACUGUGUUACAUCCAUGUCAAAACCAUCUUAAAAUACAUAAAUACAAGCCCUGUUAGUACACUAGCCAUAUGGAAAGUGUGAGCAUGGUGCUAUAUUGUAUAUUGUGUGAGGUCUCAGCAGGGUAAUGAGUUGGUACUGAGGACUAAACAGUGUGGUGGAUAGUUGGAAACACUCAAGUCGCCUGGACACCAGCCUUUGUUCUGUUUGAAGCCUGUGUGGUAAAAAAACACAUGUAAGUUCAGUGUUUAUGCAUGUUAGUGUUUAAGUUAGUGUACAUGAAUAAAAGUCAGGUUUUUUCCAGACAUGGCCAAAGCUCAUAGGGUUUGUAGGAUUACCUCAUUGUCUUUGAGCAUUUGUACAUAUUCUACACAGAGGAGAUAUGUAUAAUUGCUCAAAGACAAUGAGGUAAAACAGUAUAUCUACACAAAUACAAGAGUCACCUCUAAACCAGGAUGGAGGCGGAGAAAUGCAUGACCGCCCUCUUGCCCAAAUUUGGUCACCUCUAAAAAUGGGAAAGACUUCAUAUAGUUUGAUUUUUUUCUUUUCACAACUUUGAACCAUAAUGUUAUUUUGGCUGAAUCAAGGCCUUUAAUCUAAGUUGGUGCCUCAAGAAGAUCAGUUUCUUGGUUCCAAACAGUUUGAGUAAAAGUCUGGUGCAGUUUCCUAAGCUAUGAGCAACCAUGGCUGAAACUCAUUCAAAACUAUUAGCUGGUUCCACCAAAAUCAUCAAAAAGUUGACACCCAUCCCCAGAGUCGCUUUAAAGUUGAUAGACGAUGAUCUGCGGUUGGUCCUGAGAUCGGUCCUCUCCCAACCUGUCACCAGGCAGAAGUUUUCCAGCAAGGCCUUGAACCCAAAAUGAUCCAGUCAAAAGUUAGAUUGUGUUUACAGAUUAAAUUAUGAGUCCAUUGAUGACCAGCACCUCUUGAAAUCCCUUGAGUUAAGCAUUUUCUCAUUUUUUUUCUAAAUGGUGGCGUGACUGGUCCUUGUGUUGGCUUCUGCUGGAACUAGCUCCAGUUUUUCAGUGCAACAAGUUUGCACUGGAUUACUGAGGAGUAGAUGUGUAAAACCAAUCUUGUUUUUUCAAAUGUGGAGCAUAGAAAAUGAAAAAUAAAGGAAUCUAAUAUAACAAUGCACCUAUCAACUAUCUGCUGGCAGAGUCAUUGCAGGCCAGUCUUCUCAACACUGUGUUUUUCUGCGAUACCUUGUCUGCGUGAUGAAUGACCAUGGUGAGUGGUGGGGAGGGUCAGUGUCUUAAGAUCACCAUCCUCUAAUGUAUUUAUGUAUUUAUGAUACAGUUUUCCAACAGUGUGAAGCUCACCAUGUCUAUACAUUAUCACGAUUUCUCUCACUUAGAUUCUAGUUUGACUUCUGUCGUUUGACUUUGUCUGUUUUCAUUUAUGUAUUCUUCCUGUAAGUUAAGAAGGUGUCAUAGCUGCUCACCAAGGCUGAUGAAGAAGUUCACAGUAUCAUCCAUCAGAAUGAUUCAUGAUUUCUGUCUGUUAGGGUGAGAGGGGUCAGCGGGGCCUUCCUGGACGAGCCGGGGCCCCAGGGAGAGACGGUGAAAAUGGAGAAGAUGGGGAGCCCGGGCCACCCGGAACAUCCGGAUCACAGGUGGGCAGACUCUGUGUAAUAAACAAUAGAAUAGCAUAUAAACCAUACAUUUGCAGCUGCCAUACUGUGUUUUUCAUUAUUUGAAAAGUUUCCACUAUGCUUCUGUUUGACAUCAGGGCCCAUGGGGAUACAGGGGAGAACGAGGCUCCAAAGGGGAAAAGGGGGAUGAGGUGAGAAGUGAAAGAGUGCAGCUGCAUUUUUAAGAUGAUCCAGUCAGUCCAUUUAUGUUUAAAUUUACUGUUUGUGAAACUGGAGCCAUUGGCUACUUACCAUCCAUAAUAAACUGCUGUAUCUCUUCGACAUGUGUUUAUAUCAAUGAUCAUAAAUUACCGUUUUCCUCCUGACUACUCCGACAGUUUCCAUUACUAAAUGCUUAUUUAUCUUCCAGUUGUUUCUGACUUUUUAUCUGGUUAGUGCGCGGCAGAGAGGUCAAAACAGCUGCUGCUAAAAUGAUGCUAUGAAUAGAGAGACAGUUGGAAUAAGAAACUUGAAACAUGUUUUUUGCCUGCUAACAUCUUCAGGGCCUCAUCGGUCUCAUCGGUCCAAGAGGAGAUAUUGGUGAACCUGGUGAGAAGGUACGCAUUAGUGCAGCAUAUUAACCUGUCGUGUGAAAUAACUUAAAAUAAAAGAUGUGGCUAUUCAGUGCCUGACUUCGUACUUUGAUUUGUUGUUUUAUAGGGCCCACAUGGUUUACCUGGCCCACCUGGUCCUGUUGGACCUCCAGUAAGUCUUAUAUUCUUCACAGCAAAUUAAGAAUUCUUUGGAGACAUUUAAUAUUUUUAUUACAACUCUUUUGUUUCAUUUCUCUGUCCUCUGACUUUAUUUAAGACCCUUAUUUCAGAAAAAAAAUGUUGGACAAGUUCCCAAAACACUGCAUGAUCCAUGUACAACAAUGACAGAGAGAAUGACAGUAACAGCUGCACUUGUGUAAGACGUUUCUUAAAUUUUCAAGUAGCUCAAGAUGAGUGUAACAAAGCCAACAGGUGUCCUCUGAAUCCUUUUAAAUCCAUAAUCCCCAGUCUCUUAUUGAACUUGAGGGAACCAGCCCCUUUUCAUCUAUUUUCAGUUUUAAAAAACUAGUUAAAUUGGCAUGAAAUGAGAAUCUCUGCCUCACAGUGUUAACACAGGCAUACUAGAGGGAGGUUAUCUUUUUUGAUUCAUCCUCACUUUGAGUGUCUCAUACUAAUUCAUUGGUUUCAAGCUGAUAUUCAGGACUUCAAUCUUCUUCUUAGGGGCCUCAAGGAAACCGAGGCAUUGAUGGACCAGAGGGGCCUCCUGGGCCUGAUGUGAGUGAGGGACAGUCUGGAUCAGACUUUUCUUUAUCUCAAUAUUUUGAUUCGCUAAUGACUUGUUAACAUAUUUACUCAAGUAAUGACGAUUUUUUAAUGAUAUGCCCUUUACAGUUGUAUAUGCUAUCUUUUUCAUGUGAUUAUUAAUGCUUUUAUAACCAUCUUUUCACUAGGGGGAAAGGGGACAUGAUGGCCCUCCAGGUCCACCCGGGCCAACGGUGAGUGGAUAGUCAGGAUAAGUUUCUUUCUUUCUUUUCUCUUUAUUUAUCUCAAACUUAAGAACAACAACAACAACAAAAAUUAACUAAAAACAAAAACACCGAACAAAAUAAUACAUAUUUACACCAAACAACUGUACAUGUCAAAGAUAAAUUUACACAAUAUAGUUAUGUCAAAAUAAACAGUUUGAGAAGGAACAGAAUGAAGCAGAAAAGCUUAUCUAGUCCUGCCCCUUCUUUGCAAAUUAGAGAUUUAAAAAAAAAUCUAUUUGUUUAAAUUACAAAGAUCUGUAUAAAUACCUACAUAGUUAUACACAGAUAGAGAUAUCUGCUUAACACUACAUCGGUUACCUAUUAUAAUUAAGUCACCACAUUAGUCUGUCAUCGCUGCUCCGUGUAUGUGUGUGAUUUCUGUUUGUGUGUUUCACAGGGUGCGGCAGGUUUCACAGGAAGAGUUGGCGCCCAAGGAGUUAAUGGCUCGAGGGUAAGAUUGUUCAACAACAACAAGUUUUUAUUACAACUCUUACGUAAGUUAAAGCUGUUGAAAUAGAUAUCAAACCCCUUUAAGAGGGUCAGGUUGCAGGGAUAGAAAACAUUAUUCUCACAUUGAAACAAAUAUUUGGUAUUUUGAAUAAAUAUGGUCAAAAAUGGGCUGAUCAUUUAAAAUCGUGGCUGAGCCCUUAAAGAGUGAGCGUCCAGAUCUUUGCAGCAGGUGACUUGCUGUGUGUGAGAAUGGUUUAUUGUUUCUUUCAGGGGGACUUGGGUCCUGCUGGCAGUGUUGGCCCCAAAGGCCCACAGGUAUCCAUUCGUUUGCUUUUCUAUGUUGCAGUUGUUCAACUUUCAUGAACUAUUUAGACACUUUGUUGGGGUGAAUGAAUAAGCUUCCAUUUUUUUACCCAGGGGCCUCAAGGUUUAGAGGGACAGAUGGGACCUCCAGGACAUCGAGGACUCCAAGUAAGUACCAUUCAAGGCCAGACUGGUUAAACUAUUGGCUUGUUGGGGUGUUGAUUCAUUCAUUUAACAGCUGGCUCUAUGCUUGAGGUUAAAGAUGAUCUGUGCAUUUUCACAGGGACAUCCAGGUCUGAUUGGGGCUGCUGGACCUAAAGGAGAUCCUGUAAGUUUGUUUCCAUCAGGUUAAUGUACUCACUCUUUUCACCUGCUUUUUCUAUUUGUCAAAGGAAACUUAUAAAAAAGUGAACAAAAUUUGAUAAAGCAAGUAAUUGCAUAAAGUUUGAGUGUAAGAUCUCAGUUAAAUAAGAGAGACAUAAAUCAAAUUGAUGAAUCCAAACUUGUCCUGGUAUGUGGGCACCAGAAUCUAGUUUAGAACUUAAAUUCAGUGUUUUUGUGUUUAUAAUUUAGUGAUUUUUGCAUUAUUCUUGGGCUCAGUCAUUCCUUUAUUCAGGUGAUAAAGUGUGAAACUGAGAGGAGGGUCAAGAUUGACAUAUAACAAAGAGGAAGAGCCUCUGUACACAGGGCGAGGGUUUGUCAACGCUGAGCUAAAUCAGUGCCUUAAAGUUGUGUCUGUUUUGUGACCUAAAGAUGUGGUUCUCACGCAUGUUUAAGUAUCAACAUUUAGAAACAGCUGAAGUCUACAGUGCGUCUUACCAUGUAAGGAUAGAAUACUCAGUUUUUUUGGCCUGUUUUUCAUUUUCUGAUGUUUGUUUGUUUUUCAUAUCAGGGGCCUGUGGGGCCUGUGGGUGCCCGUGGGGAUCCCGGCUUUGAGGGACCGAUGGUGAGUGGCACCUGAACAUACAGCCAAUAUAUUAUUAGCCUAGGUAUUUGUCAAAGUGUUUAAAGAGGUGUGACGGUUGUAUACAGCCCACUUCCUCUGCUGUGGUGACUGAUCCUUUGUCACCACAGCAGCUCUAUUUCACACACAGACUGUAAAUACUCAGUCUGUCCGAUUUGUUGACUGUACUGUUGUUUGGCAGCAUUGUGCAGCCUGACAGUGCCAUCUACUGGCUGAAGUACCUCUGUUGAUUGUAACAAGAUUGAGUUUUUCUAAACAGUGUAUGAAAACAAGCAGUAGCAUUGACUUCAAGAUAUCUUUUCCAAGAGAGGUUCAAGUUUACAACCACAAUACUAAAAUUUAAAAAAAAAGUGUAUUCAUAAUCUUUAAUACCCACUCCAUGUGUGUGCAGCAAAGGCUUUAGACCUUUCUCUACUUCACUUUUACAGAAUUGUGUUAAAAUGGAAGAAGUAGUUUUGCUGUCGACCCUUACAAGAACCAGAAAGAGUGAGAAAUUUGGUGGUGAAGUAGAGCGUCAUCUGACACCAGGAGACACUAAACUCCUUUUUAACUCUCUCAACGUGUUUUUUUUUUCUCUUAUAAAUAUCUGAUACAGUCCUUUAUAACAAGUUCUAUCCUAAUUUCUGUUUUGAACUCCUUUUCUUAAGAAAAACAGUAAUGAGUUUCCAAAGGUUUUCUUCUAAAUAAGCUGAUUGGUCCUUUGGUAUGUGAGUGGCCAUCACUUACGUUUGCUUUAUUGAUAGGGUCCAGUUGGAAUACGGGGUCCGAUGGGCCCUCCUGGGUCAACAGUAAGUACUUGUGAUAGAUUCAGAGAUUUAUAUUUACUGCAAACUAAACGCUUUCCACCCCUGAGACUGUUUACUUCUUUUUUUUUUCUACAGGGAAACAGGGGACCAGAUGGAGACAAAGGGGAUCAAGGACCCAAAGGCGACAAAGUAGGAGCCUGUGACUUUUUGUUUAAUGAGUGAAAGUAGAAAACAGUUUGAUCUAAAAGAGCUUCUUAUCAUAUUCUCUUGUUGAUCAAUAACUUCACAAAUCAAUAACUUCCAGUAUCUGCUGUAUGACUCAGAGACAUCCCUGACAUUUCAUUCAGAGAAAGUCUUUUUUUUCUGUUUUUGUAUCAGGGUAUUCAGGGAGCUACAGGUAUCAGGGGUCCUCAAGGAGAGAGGGGCCCAGCUGGUUUUCUAGGUUUCUCAGGCAUCAAGGGCCAACCUGGACCCAAAGGCCCUGAGGUACAGUGAACAGUCCUGGUCUUCUGUUUUUUUUUUUUUUUUUUUGAUGUUUUCAAGUGAAACUAUAGAGGCAUUUCUUAAAAGAUCGAAGAAGCACAUGUCUGAGAAAAGGGCCUUGACUGAGUGCAGAUGAACAGAAAACUGUUCUUAUGUUGGAGUAUAAACUUGUUUUGAGAUCACUUGACGCAAACUUGAGCUUUUCUUGGUUUUAUUUGGCAGCUGGCAGAUUGCCAGUCUGGUGUUUACAGCCUGGUUUUGUAUUACAUGCCUUUUUAACCAGGAGAGAGAAGCCGACAGGUGAAGGUGAAGAAAAAUUGCGAGACAAGCUUGGCUGAUUUUUAUAUAUUUCUUCUUUCAGGGCACAAACGGAGAAACAGGACUUCAGGGAAAACAGGGCAGCCAUGGGUUAAAGGUCAGUGAUGAUGAUUUGUGCACCUUGUUACUUUCAGAUGACGUCAUAUGUUCGCCCAAACUUCACAUUUGAAUUAAAACAGUGGAGCCUCACAGGCCUUUUCAAUUCACAUUUUAAAGUCCAAUAAAAAGCCUUUUUUUUGCAGCGUGCAAAUCAGGAAAGACGUGUCUAUGAAAUUUAGGUUUUAUUUUCAGCUCAGCCUUCAGUUAGCUGUUUGACACAAAUGACAGAAUAGUGUGUUCUGGAUGUUGAUGCUCAGCCAAAGCUACUUACAUCUGAUCAUCUUUGAAGGGCAACAAGGGACCGGAAGGACGCAAAGGCAAAACAGGACCCAGAGGAAGCAAGGUAUUAAUAUCAUAUUAAUUUUACAGAUAAAUCAAAGUCUCAUAUAAUUUUAGUAUCUCGCCUCUCCAAUCAUGUGUGUCCUUUUUCUGUGUCCUAGAAGUAUCGUGGCUGAAAGGACUUGUUUAACAAAACACUGUGGUAUUAAUGUGGUUUUCCGUCCUUCUCUUUUUAAAGGGCCGGACAGGACAGCGAGGCAACCCUGGCCAACCGGGUCCACCGGUAAACUUGUAUUGUUUUCAGAAACGAUUAAAAAGAUACAAAAUUCAGGUCAUCAGACAAAAUUAUUCUUAAAGGAUUUCAAAUAGUGUAGACCUGCCCUGUCUGUAAAAGUUCAUGAGAAUUUCUUGGUGCUUUGUAAAUAAAAUUUGAUAACUUUUUGAAUUAAUUGCUAUUUUAACCCUUUAAUUAAGCUACAUUAAUGAAAACAUUAAUGAAACUUUGAAUACCUAAUGAGAUUUUUCGACCCUGGGGGAUCUUAACAGUUUGUGUGAAUGUGUUUGUGUGUGUUCUUUUUGUCAAUCUCUUCCAGGGUUUGACAGGGCCACCAGGACCAGUGGGAGCAGAAGGAAAGCCUGGUACACAGGUUCCCAUUCUCUAUCAUAUUUCAAUCCUAUCAACUGUAAAUGCUGUGUGUGGGUGUGUGUCUCUUUGUCUUCCUCUACAGACCAGUUACUGGUACUAAUAUCAAUAAUUCUAUGAAUGUUUUCAAAACAACAUGGUAUUUUUUCACAGAUUUCAUUUAUUUUUGUCCUAAUGUUAGUCCAAAUAUUGUCUUUUUUUAGAUUUAUCAUGUACAUAUUUAUUAUUUAAACAUAUACACCAAUACCACCUAUCGACAUGAUAAACUGGACACCAAUUUGAAAGAUAUGAUGAUCACCAAAACAAAAAUCAACAAAACAACAUUCAGAGUCUAAAUGAUGUGCAGAAGGAAAUCAGAUCUAUUCAAAAAUGAACACAGAGCCGUACAACUAUGUACUAAAACUACUGAUAAUGAUGGUAGUUGGAAAAGACACUACACCUCUCUUUAUCACACUCUUCACUCCUGAAAAGAGUAAAAAGUCCUUUGAGAAGAGAGUUGUGGCUGCUCAGAUAAAAAUGUCCUCCAGCUGUCUCUGAAACUUUUACAGUAUAUGGUAAUGAUUAGUUCAAACAGCAGGGGGCAGUCUUUUACAAUGCAGGUCUUCUAUGGGGAGGUGAUACAAUUGUUUCAGCUCUAUAGAAAAUGCUGUAAGCACUAUUCAUGCUGUAUCACCUCCUCAUUCAUCAGCUGUGUAUUUUUUAUGCUCACUGAUAAACCCUCUCUGUGAAAUGUGUUUCUGGAGUACCAUUCAAAAAUGUUCUGGAAAAAAUUGGCUCUUUUUUAGCAUGUAAGUGUUAAACUGGUGACUCAGUUUUUUAAAUUAUUUUUUGCAGUUUUACUUUCUAAUAUCUACUUUUUUUUUAAUGUAUAAGGUGUUGAAUAAAAACAGCUUAUACUCAAAUAAGAUGACUGAAGAGAUAACUUGAUAUUUUAGAAAAUGUGGUUAUUGGUUAGAUUAGAUUAGAUAUAUUUUUUUCUUUAUCCUUUUUGAAAGGGUCUCUCAAGGAAAUUAAGAAGCUUGAUUUAGUUUUUAGUUAUCUUUCAUCUGUCGGCUAAGUGAGGAGGCUAAAGCCAAGAAAAGGUAAACUGAGGUUAGUCCUGAGAAAACACAGCUGACCUGGCUCUACAAGGAAGUUAUAUAAUCCACUUUCCAUCAACUCUGUAAUUAACCAAUUACCAUGUUUAAAUCUGGAUUGUUAAAUCUGUCUUACCUUAACUUUGAGGUUCCCAGGCUUAAAGGGAUAUUCCAAGGUAAAUUUAGGUAGGAUCAAACACACCGUAACACCGAGUUAGACACUCCGUCGAGAGAUGAAUGUUACCCACCGCUUGCUUCUCUAGUUAGACAGCUGUGGUCGUUUCCAAAGUUGGUAUAACUCGGUGUUAUGGUAUGUUUGACCCUAAAGUAAUUUUACGCUGAAUAUCCCUUUAAGAGCUAGUCCUGAACAUUAAUCUCUUGCAAGUUUAUAUAAGAUUUGUAAAAACUGACCUCCACUCGUGCUUUAAGUAGAGUCUGUUCACAUCUAAUACACACAUGCUUUUGGGUUUGAUUUAAUCACGAGUGUCCAACUCCAAGUAUGAAGGUCACACUUGGCAGUUGAAUUCAGCGGUCUCUAGUGUCUACUUGUGGUUGGAUCUCUCGUCCCUGCUCUAUAUGCAAAUGAACACUCAACACAUAUCUUGAUUUUUGAAGUGCAUUCAGUCUCUGCUUCCUACAGCACAGUUCAUUCAAAUGUACACUCACCAUUUAUACAGCAAGGUCCAACAUGAAUCUAACUUGAGUGUACUGCAGCAGCAGCAAGGAAAACCCUCCUUUUUAAAGGGGGAAAUGCUUUGACAGUUUUUGGAUUGUGAAGUGUUUGCUUGGUUUGCUGUACCAGUAGACGCUUGGGGGCCUGAUUUCAAAAUGAAGCACCAAAAGGGGUCUUUAGUGAGAAAGUUUUGGGUGUAGAUUUGACCUAGCUGCUGAAUUAGCAGGUCCCAUGUACAGGUGCCAUAGGGCAAUUCUUCUACUUUACUAUGCUACAGCAACUGCACUAUUUACUGUACUAUUGCAUUUAAAAGCUGAUGUUUAAAUAUAAGUGUUGUCAAGCAAAUGGCUUAGUUUCUACAUAUGUUAGUCUUCUGUUCAGCGAGAAAGGGUUUAAUUAAAAAAAGAUAGAUUUGUGUGAUGGACACUAAAAUCAUUCAUGUGUUGAUAUUUACCCUGGAAGAAAAUCCAUGUCAUUGUUGUUUUCCUUUGUUUUCAGGGCCCCUCUGGUGCAGCCGGCAGUGCUGGCAGUAAAGGACUGAUGGUGAGACUUCAUAAUGAUUUCAGCAUGCAGCUCAUGACCUCACACUUCCUGCUGGCUCUGUGCCACAAGCUGCAGGGUCCAGUGGGAUAAGAACACAUAAUGACGGAUGGGUUUACAAGGAGGAAUAGGUUUACAUGUAGAGGAUGUUACGGGUUUAUGAUCAGGUAAACAGGGGGAAAACAGUUUGACAAAAAGAUAAAACCAGCUCCUGAAAGAAAUCAGGUGUGUUACUGAGCAUUUCAAAGGAUGGGCCAAAUUCUGAUCAGCAAGUGUGUGUAUGUUUUUAACACAGGUUUAAAAAGGGGCCAUGAUUCCCAGAAUCUAUUUUUUCUGCUUUUGAUUUCAAAAUCAGAUUUCAACUAUUUUUUUUCUUUAGAUAUAUUGAUUGAUUCAGCAAAGACACCUUGGCAUUUCUCUGACCAUGAAGUCCUCAGUGAUCAAAAAAAGAUAAGAAAAACUUUAGUGAUCCCUGAGGGGAAAUUCGAUAAUAAUUUCAAUCUUUUUGGUCCGACAGAAACUAUUUCUAUGCUUUUUGUAAAUACCCAAAGAAAGGCCAUCCUGAAGGUAACAAAAGCUUAUUUCACCAAAACUUUCCAAGUUCAAAAGACAGAGAGAAGAGUCUCUGGACAGCAGGAUCAUAGUAAGCAACCACAGAUUGGAUUUUUAAGCCUGCAGAAAGCGACCAAAUUCAGAAAACUAUGACAUUUAUUUAUCUUUAUUUAUUUUCAAUUUGUCAAUUAGUCAGUUGCAUAAUGUACUUCUUAGGAUAUUCAAAAUGAUGCCUCACUCACAGAACGAUGAAUUGGUCUGGCUUCUCGAGUUUUAAUGCACUUCAAACUGCAUUAAAAGGUCUGGGAUGGGUUUGAGUUCAGCAGGCCGGCCAGUUCCUCAGAGCAGAUAAAUCAUUUAACUUUUAUGCAAGUUUUGUGCAAACACUGUCAUGAUGUAAUGCUUUCUUUGGACUGAUGAAACAAAGUUCGAAUCACUCUCGUACCAAAAAAUAUCACCGAGCACUGUUGCAUCAUGGUUUCCUUCAAAUGACUCUCGCGUUAAAAAUCCCAGACCGAAUGAUUUAAUGUUGUCCUUGUCCCAAGAACACUGGAGUAACUACUCAAUAGCUUCAUUUCCACUGAAAGUUUUGCACUCCAGCAUUAAGUCUCCACAUUAUUCACUCCUCUCUGUUAAUAAAGACUAAUGCUGCUGUUAAAGUGUCUUAAAUUAAACUCUUAAUCACCAAUACAUUAUCCAUAGUGACAGAGAGAGUAGCCUCAUGAAUCUCCAAAUGACCAAUGACCCCCAAUGAAAUGUCAGAGUAAGCAACUAUCAGUAAAAAGCUCAAUCUUUUAAUGAAACUACUGAUUUAACAGCUAAGUGUCUGUCAGUUAUUUGUAAUGAGUGACAGUCCACUUUGGCUCUGAAGUAUUUCUGGCCAGCUUUGCUACUCCUGUCACUUCUCUCUUUAUCCCCCUCUGUCACUUUUCGCCUUUUGAUUCUCGAUGAAUAUUUGAUCACUGUUUCUUCUUUUCUAGGGUUUUCAAGGCACCAUUGGAGACAGAGGAGCAGAUGGCCCACCAGGUUCUCCGGUACGCUUUGUUAUCCUGCGGUUGUUUCGUUUUACUGACAAAGGAUUAAAAGUAAUACAGAAGAUUUGCUCCAUUUGUUUUUUUUUCUAGGCAGAAAGUUUGUUGAAGGUGAACAGAUCCUUAGAAGUACACAGCUUAUAGAUAUUGUACAUCUAUUCCCUGAGAAACAGAUGUUCUUAUUCAUUUUUUAAGUUUGAUCUGUUAAAAGCUGUGCAAAAACUUCUUUCAGCCUUCUUGUAGUCAGAGUGCAAACAGUCAUUUUGUGCAGGGUCAUUUCUUUAACAGUACGGGCGAUCAGCAGUGUCCUUGUUUACAGAUUGAGCGUCACCUGGAAGGUCGGGUGUUUGAGCUGAUGUAACAUCUUUGCAGCUCUGCAAAUUGAAGUGGCUGAACGAAUCAUCGGGUGGUAUUUUGGUGUUUCGGACUCGGGUGACAUUGUUUUUAUCUGACAGGGGCCACCAGGGAAAUCAGGACCUCCAGGCACACCAGGACCCCCAGGAGAGAGGGUGAGUCCUCGCACUCUGAGCAGCUAUGACCUCCAUUGCAUUUACAUUUAGAUUUGUGUCACUGUGUGUUAUGUAGAUGUGAGCUCUGUAUGUUUUCUUUUUUCCUUAGGGUUUCACAGGAAAACCAGGCGUGGAGGGACCUCAGGGCCCAGUAGGCAUGUAUGUAAGUGAUUCCUUAGAAGGGCACGUACAAGAAAUGCAUCAUAACAACCUUCUCACUGACAUUUUUCCCUGAGCUUAUUCUAAAUCAUAUUCCACUAAAAAUUGCUCAAAUUAGAGUUUUAGGAGUUGAAGAUGAACUGGGAGAAGUGUUAAUAAAUUCAUGAUUAAGGACCAGAACCUGUCAAAAAAGGAAAUGAUUCAGCCUAUAAAUAGUGUUCUCAUUUGAGUUUCUUGUAUAAACUUGAAAAAAUAGUAAAAUGAAUCCAAAUAAUGCAGGUACCAGCAGGUCUGUAGCUAAACUUAGCCUUAAAGUGAGAUAACUUUCUAUUUAAGGGUGAACAAAUGAACCCGCAUGUCCUCUUAAACUUACCAAUCAACUCGUUUUAUAUUUAUCUGUAAUAUGAUUCCUAAUUAUACUCACAAUUGAGUAGAAUUACAGCAGCAAAAAGUAACUUCUUCCAAAUAAGUUAGUACGCUGAACAAAAGGGGUCAAAGGCUCUGCAAAGUGUAAUUGCUUCUCCUGCAGCAAAAGGUGGAGUCAGCAUUACAAGCACGGACUGUAUUAUUUUGCCAGAACAGUUGUUGCAUGUAACUGUAAGAGCAUGGUGCAAAAAUUUAAUUUCGAAUCUAUAUACAUGGAAGUGAUUUAUUACCAGUGUCUGUUGAAUUUGAACACAAGCACUCCGUGGUCUAUUUAAUAAGCUACUCUCAGAGCUAUUUCCGAACAGCUAACAAAGCUGAGCAAGAGGUGUGGAGCAUGCCAAGACGCGUAAAAAGUGGAAAUAAAAUCUGGUUUAUUUUACUCAAUAUUGAUUCUUCCAAAUGUGAACUGUUCCUUUUAUAGGGCUAUGUAAAAAAAAUGAUUCAGCAAUGUAUUGGAAUAUAUUGUCUAAAAAUCAGUUUAGGUUCAGACAAUCCUGGACUCUAUCUGUCCACAAGAGAGAUUAUUUAAAAAGUCUAGUGGAAAAUUGUUUACCUGAACUUUUUUCUUCAAUUCAGACAUUUAUGUCAGGCGCAAUUUUUUGUUUGUUUGUUUUUCUUUUUUUUUUGUUCGUUGUGUGCAAAAGUUUAUUCAGCACAAGCAACACAGUACUCUUAGUUUUGUUAACAGCCUGAGCGUAUUCAGAUCCCGCCGUCUCAGAGGGUGUGUUCAGACUUUUUGACUUCGGUGGCACAACUGGGGCACUAACAUAGAAACGGCACUGCACUGCACUGCACUUUAUAUAAAAAUAAAAGAGUUAAAGUAAUGUAAUCUAACUGUAAGAAAUGAUUUAAACAAGAAUGUCCACUUAACUCAAAUAAAAGCCUAUAAGCUGCAGGAGCAGAGACAAUCAUAUUUGCUGUACCUCCUAUUUUUCUGGAGCUUUAUACAGGAACAGUCAGACUAAUUCCCAAUAGCUUUGUUUGCUCUCGUAGACAAGUGGAGACAUCAGCACUAAGACAAAUCUGUUUCAUCACAAUCCAAAACCCCCUCACAGGAGCUUUAAAUGAUCCUUGAUUAGCCAUUGUGUCAUGAAUGCAUGAUUAAUGUAAUUCUUUUGUUGUUCAUUGUGCUGACAGGGUAUCCAGGGGAACGCCGGCAUGCGUGGGCCUCCAGGCCUGAUAGGAGAGAGGGUAAAGUCCUCUUUUUUCUUCAGAGUUAAUGCUGUGUGAAGCUGAAUUUUAUUGAUCGGAGACGAGAUCUGAGGCAAAGCAUCAAACACGUUGUUGUACAUGAGAACAGUCCAGGGUGUUAAAUCGUGGAGAUCAGAGUGAAAAUCCAUUUUUCAAUAACAAUAAUAAUCUCCGAUGUCUUUCCUGCACCAGGGUGAGCCCGGUUUACGAGGUUUACCCGGGCCUUUUGGGAAGCCAGGACCUCCAGUAAGUCUGUUUUGAUUUUUAUUUCCCAUCUCAUGACCCCUCAGACCUGUUAGGGGAAUACGAGAGUAGAACUGGGGAUUGUUCCCAGGAUUUGAUUAGGACAGCAGAUAUGACAGGGUCAAACCAAGGAGGAUUUGGUAAAUAAAAGUAAACCAGUGAAGUGUGCAGCUGUUGUGCAGGGACUGUCUGUUUAUGGAGGCGAACAGGCCACAGUGAUUGAUUUUGUUUGGAGCCACUGGUGGCAAAUCUAAUGGCAGUGGGACAGAGGACAAAUAAAUUACUCCAAUCACUGCCCUCUAGCCUGUCCCCAGCUGCCCUCCGGGGUGCCAGGUGACAUCCCCAAUGAGAAAACAGUUUUCUCUUCAUGUUACAACUCUAUUUCACUGUGCAGGGUUUCACCAAGAAGGGACAAACUAGUGUAGUCGAGGGUUUUGUCUAUAGUAGUUCUUGCUUUUUGAUGACUUACUAAGAAUGCAGUAGGGCUGAACCAUUUUUUACAAUGUUGUGAUUGCGGUUCAAAAACUCAACUGAUUAUGAUUCAAUAUUGUGUAAUCAGUGGUUGUUGCCAUUAAAGAGACACGUACUUUAUCGAUGAAAGUCAUUCCAAGACUCCCAUAGGACUCUCCUGCGAGCUUCAUUCAGAUCAAGUUAAGAUUGUAAACGUUUGGUCAGUGAACCCGGUGAACCCUUGGGGGUAUUGGGCUAAUUUGACACUCAACUGGAUAACAUUUUGGCCCUGCACCUAUAAUACAUAGCUUUGUAGGUGUUUGUAAGUGCUGAUACAGGUAAGUAGCGUUGUCUUGACAAGAACCAAUGUUGGCAAGUCCGGUUCCUCUCAAUACCUUACAUCGCAUAACUCUUUUUUCCUUAAAGUCUCACUCUUAAGGUGUAAUCGGUGAUCUUUAAAUUGUGAUUAUGAAUUUUUUACCAAAAUUGAGUUACCUGUGUCUUUUUCAAGGCCUUUUCUUCUGCAGAGCUCCAGUAGAUCAUUAGCAAUUCAGCGCCACUCUACACACUCGUUAGCUUGCAGCCUAACAUUGCUUGUGCAGCAGAAGAAGCAGGAAACAUAGCAGCUUUUCAGCUCUUGGACACUAAUGUCUUUAGGGACAUGAAGAAAGUUAAUACUAUACUUAGCUCUCUUACGCGCAUUGCAAUCUGCUAACGCACACGCUUGUUCUGCGAUCGUCCUCUCUAUUUCUCCUCUAUAUGCAGAGUGUGGCCUGCAUAGCGCGGCUCCGGGGGCGGAGAUUGGAUUGGUUACGCAUGGAAUCUCGCCGUUUCUGAACCUGCCGUUUCGAUCUGCCAGAUAUUCACAGCGAUUUAAAUGAAAAAAUACUCAGAAAAGCAAUUUUGCAUUUAGUUUUCUCAUGAUAUGCCCUGUAGCAUCAGAAAAAUGCCUUAUUUAGAUAUAAAAAACAAGAAAAAGAUGAUUUUCAUCGGAGUGGGUCUUUAAACAUUUCCACAUAACCAACACACUUCUCUGAAAUACUGAAUUUUCUACCUGUGCCAGCUUUUGUCAUUGCACAACACUCUGAAUUGAAGUGUGCACAGUUGUUGCUUCCUCUUUAAGUCAACUGCUUGCUUGUGCAUCAGUGACCAGGCCCUAACUGUGGCCCUUGUGUCUCUUUUUAAUCAUGUUGCACUAUUAUGGCAAACGCAAUUAACCAUUCAACCCCAUUAUGCAUACAGGCAGUGUUUUGUCUGCAGUUUUCAGAACUUGCAGAAAACCUACACCUCACCGUUCAGCAUGAGUAGUUUGCCUGCGACAGGUUGUAACAUUAUGCAGCCUGAUAAUCAGAAUAACUUGAGCUACAUUUUUUUUGUUAAUUGGGGGUUAAGUGAGAUGCGCUGUGGAGGCGGGAAGCUUUUUAAUGAGGAAAAGCACCAGGCAGCACGCACAAAACACUUUCACACUGAGCAAAUAAUUAAACUCCUGUUGAGAGUUGCUUUCCUAAUCAUCCUGUAAAACACCAGAGCACAGACAUGCAGGUACACUCUCAAAAAUCUUCACAUGAUGAAACCCCAUUUUUCAUAUUGUAACACCUGAAACUUUUAGCGGCCAAUGUUAGUCCCUCUGCUUUCUUUCGUAAAAAAAACUGGAAGGUGAAGUUUUCGACUUGAAACUUUUCAAAGUUUGUAGAUCCAAUAAAUCAAUCCUCCUCUGUUGGUUGGCUUCUUUUGGGAAUAAGAAAAUCCAUCAUGUACAGAGAGAGUCACUUUCAGGAAUGGAGCUAACGUCUUGUCCACAGUACUCCCUGCAGUGUCGUUGGACAUAUUUUUAGCACACUCACAUGGUUGCUCACUGUUGUGGUGAAAUCCAUCAAUCUGUCAUGGAGUAAAGUGAUACAGCAAUGAGGAGGAGGAUUUUUCAGCCGCUGGCCUGAACGCUAAAGAGCCGCAAACUGAAUUAUUCUGUCCACAUCACUGAAUCUUGAUCAAGCUUAACAACUUAUAGGAUAUUGUGCUUUCAACAAAGGAGUCAAUAAAAAACCUGAUAGUAAAAAAGUUUUUUAGUUUUCCAGUGAUUUAAAAAAUAUACCACAGAGUCUGCAUAGUUCUAAAAGUCACUUUAUUGACCUGGGAUUUUAUUGGAAAGAGGUUACAACACAGACCUGACCAGUCGUUAAAAUGAAGUUACUACUGACCUGGCAGUUUCGCUGUCACCCCGUGUGCAGAGGUUCUCAAGCAGGUUCAGUUCCAACCUGCAGUCCCCUUUGCCGCAUAUCACUUCCCUCUCUCUCUUACAGACUCCUGCUCUGUUCUCCAUCCUUUCCUUUCCAAAUGAAAGCAUAGAAAACCCAUAAAAGAGAAAUAAUUUGUAAAAAACAAAAAGAUCACUUAAACUCUGUGAAACAUCUUUGGUACAGGUGUUGAAUGUAUGUCUUUUGUUCAAUCUACGGGAAACAGGUUAUAGAAAUGUCAUAAAGAUAUCAAUUAUUUUUCAAGAAUACCAAAAGAAUACAGUGGCAGCUGUACUCAUUAAAAAACAGAGUUUUCCUGAUCUGAUCCUCUUUAACUGAAACUCACUUAGUUCCAUUUCUUAAAGAUAUCACAAUAAGGAGCGACUUUAACUGUAUUGUACUGUAGAAACUACAGAGAUUCACCUUCCAGCUUACUGGUUAGUGUUAAAAGAGGAAAAACUCACAGAAAACAAAAUUGUGCCCUAUUCAUUUAACCCAGCUUAUCAUGUAUUCACAGAGUCUGCAGGUAACCAAAUUGAGCAGAUAAACUGUGUGUGUUCACCUCUGCUUAGGGCUUCUUUGAUAUCUUACGCUUUAGUAAAACAAAAAAUAAACAAACUGAGUAUCUGUAAAAUUGAACAAUCCAGAGAAAAGAGAGCAAUCAUAUUCUUGCAGUAAAAUAAACCUUUUUUUUACCCAAUUUGAUCUUUUUUUUUUUUUUUUUGAGUAUCAUUUUGUACCACGGCCUUCAACAGUUCCUUGCUAAGCUUUAAAACUUUUCAGAGACCGGGACACAGAUGACACAAAAAUUUAGAAACUCUCUUUGUUAUUUCCUCAAACUGUGCAACGACUGGAGUGUAAUCUGAAGGUGUGAUAAUCAUGCUCUGACUUGUCUGUUUUUUCCUUUGCAGGGUCUGCCAGGUCCUGCGGGAGAGAAGGGACCCCGGGGACCUCAGGUGUGAAAACUCUCUAUGCUCUAAAUUAGAGAAGACUCAAUAAUUGGUUUUGCUCCCCAAUUUUUGUUUUUGUGACCUAAAGUAUGAACAAGUUUGAAAUCAUGCACUGUCAUAACUUUUUAUUACCCUGUGUUUUAAGGAUUUGUUUCAUAGCCAGUGUUGUUUCUUACAGGGUCGGCCUGGGGAUGAGGGCUCUAAAGGAAUACCAGGCCCACUGGUAAGUUUAAGAUUUCAUCCAAGUUGAGCUCUUUGGCAUCUUUGGUUCCUUAUUGCGUUUUUUACAGACAAAUGUGACAUUUUAAUUUGACAUAGACUUUCUUUUUUUUUACCUUGUUAUAUUUUCCUUGUCACUUGUUAUAAAGUAACAUGAUAUGCACAGCAAGGGGGUGUGCCAAGCAGCCAGUUUGGUGUCAAGCAUAAUAAAUAAUUAUCCUGCUGUUGUCAAGACAGCAGUCAAAAGCCUGCUACUGUGCUCUCAUUCAAAAAAAAGGCAACUAAAUACGAGCUAUUGUUAACCCUCAUGUGAAAACAAAUAGAUCAGUUUAUUUACAUUUACAAUCAGUGUUUAGAUCUAAGCAAAUAUAUGUUUAUUUGUUAAGAGAUCAAUUCAGCUGUUGGAAGCAAAGGCUUAGAAAUGUAGUUACCUGGAUAAAUGAUUUCUGAUGCCCUAAAUUGAUUGAUCAGUAGCUCAAGGCUCAUAAACCUGUUGUGACAAAAUUGUGUAAAAUGUCAGGAGGCAUUCUCUGAUUGGAUUUGUCUGUUUGGACACCUAAUCUAUUGAGGACAAAUCUACUUGUUUGCUUUUUCUUUACAUGUCUACUUCAAUUCUGAGGAGUCACAGUUACAGUGUCCUGCGGGAGGACUCCCUAAGAAUGGACUGUGCCACUGAGAAUUUUUAAGAAAUCAUUUUCCCUCACUAUCUGCUCUUUAUCAAGGUCUCAUUUUCAAGCAGAUUUCUCUAAUGAUAUUCAGGCACAAAAACAUCCCGAGUUCUCCAGCUCUGUGCUGUUUGCUUCAAUUUUGCAUCUGAUUGUGACUGAGAUAAACGACCAGCAUUUCCAUCCUCUGCUGUGCAGAGCUGCGCUGUAUGUUCUCAUUUUCAUGGCAAUAAAAUUUGUCCAUAUAUACGAUGAGCUGAAUGAGAGAGGAUACUUCUCAUUGUUGUAUAGAGCAGUUAAUUCAUGACUGAUCCAAGUGAAUGCAAAAUUGCUAUUUGAUCUGCAGGGCAGUUUGCGUGUUGCCCUUUACCUGUGAAUUAAUGAUACUUUCUUGGCCUAAUUGGUGAUGUGAGGGCAAAAGCUGUGUCAUCUUUUAGUGAAUGAGGCCCCAAGUGUGCAAAGUACAAGAGUAUAGAUGUGGUUGCUCAAAAAUCUUACCUCUGUACAAUUUUAUGAUUGCUAGGGCGCUCCAGGUCUCCAAGGAUCUAACGGGGCUGCAGGAAAACCUGGACCCAGGGGAAGCCAAGGCCCCCCAGGUCCUCAUGGGCCACAAGGGCCAGCAGGAAUCCCAGUGAGUGGGUACCUACAGUCAAAUGCUGCUUUACUGAAACAUUUAAGUCUACUUCUUGUCUAAAAAUCUGUUUGACGUGGUACGGCUCAAAGAGGCUAAUAUUAAUAUGACCUGAUGAUAUGUUUGUUUGUUUGAUGUCCUCAGGGCCCACAGGGUGCCGACGGGUUGUUAGGAGCUGCAGGAGAAAAAGGGGGAAAGGUAAACUGGACAUACAACUGAAUUCUUUGGUUACAUCUCAUUUUAAUGUUUUAUUUUGCUUAUUGUAUACAGGAAAACUAUAUUUAAUUUCACUUACUCAGCUGAAACUGUAUCCUGCAGGGUUUACCUGGCUCAUCUGGUGAUGCUGGCCACACAGGACCAGAUGGACAACAGGUUGGUUUCAUAUCACAGGUUCACUUUCAUAUCACAUUUCUACAUAGCUGUAUUUUUCAACCACUUUUCAAGCAGCCCCUUUAAUAUUAACAUGAAAAUAAUGCUACUGUAAAGUCAAGCUGUUUAAUGAAGCAACCAAGAAGGUUCUUAAAAAUGUGUGGGAACCUUUAAAUGUCUACAAAUAAAUGUCAUCUAAUAACAUCCAGCUCUCGUCCUACUGGCAUGUGUGGAUCAUACCUGCCAACAUUUGGGUUAAAAAAAAUUUUGUGGCGUGCACAAAUAAUAGCUACGAUAAGCCUUGAACUUAUUUAGUCCACUAAUAUCUGUGUUAAAGUUCUCAUAUGUUUUACAUGCUCUCCUGUAUGAGGCUCUCUGAACGUUUGUGCAUGAAAUACAGCACUCUUUUAUCUGAGGCUGCCCUGAAUGCAUCACUCUGAGCCAUUGCAAGGCUAUCAACAUAAACAUUACAUCUUGCAUUUGUUUCCCUUUUAUUGAAGUGUUCAUUUUGCAACAAACACUGCUUAAAUGUAGUUUACAGCUUAAACUGACCUGAAUCAUCCCAAACUGUAAAGUAAAAAUAUCAAUCCAGUGUCUGUGAGGCUCAGCAGAAACACAGGACAAUCUUUGGUUGUCUGGCAACUUUGGACAAAUAUAGUCAUCCGAUUCAUGAAUUAAUGUGGACCAUCAAACUACAGGAAAUAAGGGAGAGUCCCUGGAAAAACGGAAAUGUUGGCAGGUAUGGUGUGGAGAUCGAAACUAUUGAUGAAUUGGAUCUCCUUUCUCUUAAUGGGGACACCCACUUCAAUGUUUCUGUUGCGAUGGGAUCACUUCAGGCGUCUGAUGAAUUAAAAAUAACUGCAGCUUAACCAGGGUGUUUACUGAGCAAACUUCACAGACUUUCAAGGUAGCACAUAGUUACAGUCCAAGUAACUCUAAAGUCCCACUGAUAGGAUGUCUGUGAAAGUUCGAGCUUGUCCCCGACUUCUCUUUGUUUGUUUAUUUUUAUGUUGAACAUGUUGAAUUGCUCUUGCUUGCAUUUGCAAAACUCUUUAAAGGCUAAACUUAUGACUGGUGCCAAGUCGACCCAAGAGCUGUUGCUGAAAAAUAAAUGUUUAAUGUGGAAGUUAGUAGCUGAAUAAACAAGAGGAGAGUAAUGAGAUGAAAUGUUCCAAGUAACUGUCACAUCACUAGCUUUAUCUCCACUCAUGUCCUCCUCAGGGUCCUCAUGGCCUAACAGGAACUGAAGGCCCGCCUGGACUGAAAGGAGACCAGGUCAGUGAUCUUCCUCAUGGGUUAUUCAUAACACAGUCAUCCUUCAAGAUCACUUGAGGUCAGUUUAUUUUGUAUGACAUGAGGCUGUGUGUCAAUCUUGUCAGCCUUCAGCCUCAGGUGGUCCAAGUGUAAUGACAGCUGUCCAUGUACACACACUGAAAAAGCCCACGGUCAAUAUCUGUAUCUGAUUCCUGUCUUCUUAUGUUGCUUUGUUUGACAGGGAAACAAGGGGCCAUGUGGGCAACCUGGACCUCCGGGGCCCAAAGGAGAGAGAGGUCUUGAAGGCCCUAAAGGCUUACACGGACCGCCUGGACCAGCAGGAAGAGAGGUGAGUGAAUCCAUCUGCUUUUAACAAACAUGAUUACAGAGUCACAUGUGUCUAAACACGGCCUCGUAAAUGACCGAGCAGCCCAACAGGAGGCGAUUUUCCAAUUCACUGAAGAAUUUAAGGGCCUCAUCACAUCACCAUUACCUCCAGCCUGUUUGCAGCAUCAGCCUCACAGUUUGUUUUGUUAUAUGGCGAACAGAUGUGCUUGUUGUGUCUUUUUGUUUCUUAUUAGCACUAAACAACAUUGGCAGACUCGAAAUAUUCCAGGUGCUUUGGGAGAUCUAUUUUGAAAAUGGUUUUAGUGGAAACACAAUCAUUGUUACAUAAACCGUGAAAUUGAAUUUUCCCAAUGAUGCAAUGAUGGUAGCAUGCAGAUCAGAUUCCAGUGAGGCUUUCCAAAUAUUUAUUAUACAACAACAGGAUGGGCAGAGAGCUGGCAAAAACCAACAAUUUCUCUUUUACCUUCAAAUUGUGUGUGACCACAACCUGAAAAUGCACCUUCUGUUUCAAAAGCAUUGGUAAAUAAAGCAUUGAUGGAGUCCAGUAGAGUCCUAAUGGAGUGUGUGAUUGCCUUUUUAAAAUGCUUAUUGGUAUCAUUUAAAUACAGUUUUCUGAUUUGGGCUUCAUGGAUAAACCUUGUUUUUAAAAAUGACGACUACAGAAAGAGAAAAGAUAAAUGAAGCUUCAUUAAGCCCUAAAUUAACCUUUUUUUUACCGUCCAAAAUAUGGUACUAUUGUUUUCAUGUGUAAUGUGCUUAACUCCGGACUAUUGCUUGUCCCUCACUUGCAGGGUGAUGUUGGCGUUCCUGGUGAAGCUGGAGAUCAUGGACCCAUAGGGGAGAAGGUCACUUUUAACUCUUAUUUUACUAAAUUGCUAACAUAGAUUUUGAAUAUUAUUAUAUUACUGAAACUUAUCCCCUAUCUACAGGUAUCUGUUAUUUAAAGGAUGAGCUUGUCGUUGUGGUUCUACAUUUAAAGUACAUUCACAUUCCAAGUCUCAGUGCUUCAUUUAGACAGUGUUAAUGGAAGUAAACUUGGUAUCCACUGAGGCGAGGGUGAUUUAUAGUUUUAAGUGAAAAUGUAUGUGCAUUGGAAGCUUGCAAAUCUCUGAGUAGAUUAAAGUGGAGAAAAAAAAGAGGGGAACAAAGAGAGUCUAGAUGUUAUUUAUGUAUAUAUUUUUUUCCUGAGUGUGGUUAAAUCCUGUUUCCGUUAGUCCUGCCUGUGCAGAACUGUGAUGAGUGUCCCGAAUUUCCCCUCAGGGAUUAAUAAAGUUCUCUAUCUAUCUAUCUAUCUAAGAGGCGAAUAUAUAACCUUUUUAAACCCUUUAUCCAAUUCAGGACCAUAUAUCACAGUAGCCCAAAAACUGACUUGAAAAGAUUCCAUGUGAAAUGUGCCGCGAGAUCUGAGCAAUAAAAUCAGGACGGCUUUGGGUGACUCUUGAGCGCAGUGUGAUGAGAGCAGGUUCUGGUUGUAUCCUGCAGGGAGAGGUUGGACCUCUUGGUCUGUCUGGUCGGGAAGGCCCUUGGGGAGACCUUGGGGGAAAUGGUGUCAGAGGCCCAAAAGGAGAGAAGGGCCACAUUGGACUAAUGGUGAGCAAAUAUUUGUUUGAUCUUAAAAAAAAACCAUCUCAGCCGUGUAAACAUUUAAAGGAAAUUCAUGUUAUUUCAUUGAUUUUUCUUUCUUCAUCAAUCCUAUUUAUUUAUUAUUAUUAUUAUUAUUAUUAUUAUUAUUAUUGUUGUUGUUGUAAUUAAUUUGUGUGACUAGUUAUCGUAGAAAAUUACUUGGAAUUUUUUUAAUAUUUUGGGGUUUUGUUAUCUUAGUCUAUGCUUGUUCAUUUGAUAUGCCAACAAGAGAAAGUCUAUGUCAAGGGUUUUAUAUUUAUGAAUUUGUUGUACUCAAGAAAGAAUGUGAAAUCAAUCGUGAUCAGAGUGAAUAUAGUGAUUGUUCUGGCAAUCUGAAGAUCACUUCAAAUUCCCCCUUAAAUCAGCAUCUUUACAUGUAUGAGAGCAUUUCUAUUCAGAGUCUGUUGAAUUUUAGCACAGUGAUCACACCUCAUUCAAUGUUUUCUUCGCCUGAAAAGCUACCAAACAAAGCUGAGCUGAUGGAAUAUGUUGUAUCAAAAAUGGCAAAAUGUCACUUAACAGCAGUUAGAGAGACGUCUCUAACUGUAAAAUUAGAUUUAUUCAACCAAACUGAUUCCUCAACUCUUCCUUGGUGUUUUUUUCUUCGUACCAUUCUGUCUGAUAAACACUAAACUUUACAAGGUGCCAUUUCCUGCCAGGAAAAAGACCUGAAGAACAAAAGGCCUGUUUUGUUUGGGAACUGGGAAGUCGGUAAAAAUGUUUUGUACAGAUCAAGAAAAUAUUUGUUUCUCUCAAGAAGUAAUUUGUAAAUAGUUUAUGCAGAGGAAAACAUAUCAUGCCAUCAUCUCCUUUCUGAAGCUGUUUAUUUAAAACUGUGCAGUCAGAGUAGGAAUGUACAAACUGCCUCUGAAGAGAUUUAUCUUUGUCUUCUUGAACAGGGUGAACCGGGGCUGAUGGGGGAAAUGGGUCCUGCAGGUCUGGUGGGGUUACAGGUGAGUUUGUUACAAGUAUGUAUGAAUGCUGUCGAUGACAUGCUGCUCAGAGUGACCUUUAAAUUAACCUCUAUUGAACUAUUCCCACAUAUGAUUGACAUUUAUUGAUCAUUAACAGAUAUAAUCUGUAUAGCUGUCCUUCAAACUGAUUUAUUUAUUAUUUUCUGUGUGCGUACGCGUGUGUGUGUGUGCAUGUGUAUGCGUGUAUGUGAAAAAUUAAGGCAAUCACUGGACCCAGGGGACCCCCAGGUCCAGAUGGACCUCAGGGCCUGAAGGUAAUAUAAUUUUCUUUCUAAACAAGUUGCUUCAGUGUGGUCACUGGGUUGAUAAAUGUUUUCAAUGAACAGAGUCAAUGAAUCAAGCUACGUAUGUAACAAACAUUUUGCAAGUUGCAAACAUUAAUCUCUGAAGAUAUUUGAUCAUUUUUAUGCCAUUGAUGAGUCGUUAUUAUCUCAUUAUCUGGACAUUGUACCUCAAUUAAUGAGCAAGUAGAAAUUAAUGUGUUGGUUUUUGGCGUUAUAAUCUCAUUUGUUCUCCUCCAGUUUGUUGAUUGCAAAUUAUUAAGUAAGCAUGACCACUGUGACCACAGAUCACAGUGCAUCAGGAUGUUUCUAAUGUGAUUUUCAUGCCAAAUUACAACAAGACAACACAUUAAAUUUCAAAGAUCUGAUUACUCAUUUUAUUAGGAAAAAAGGAGAACAUUUAAGCCAAAGUUUGCUAAAAAUCCUCAGAGUAACUCUGCUCAAUGUUGUGAUUUGUGUCUUCAUUUUGGCACCUGCUCUCAGUUUUCAGUGUGGACAAAAUGCAUAGACAUUUGUGCAAAGACAAAUCAGUACAGACACUGUGUAAUCAAGAGAACCCCUGCCCCUGCAAACAUUUACUGCACUUAAUCAUCACAGCCUUUUCUAUCUGUAUACAUCACCUACAGCGCUAUGUUUGAAUCAAAUCAGUGAAAUCAAAUAAUCGCCAUCACAACUAUCAGAGAAUGGCAGUAAAAUUUUUUCAUCCAUAUUUCCAGGGGGAAUCUGGACCUGAAGGAAGUACUGGACCUCCAGGAGAGGGAGGCCCUGAGGUAAACUCUGUUUCAAUGAAACAUUUUGUUCAACAUAGUGUCCAAAAAAAGUCUUUAUUAUACUCUGUGUUUAUUUUGUUUACAGGGAAUAAUUGGUUCGAGAGGCGUCAGAGGAGACACUGGGGGGGCAGGACCACCUGUAAGUAUUCCUGAAUCUGACUGUUUCUCACUUCCAUGCGUAUUAUGCAGACAUGUUCUAUAAUGAGGACUGAGGUUACCCUCAUUUUUUAAUCUCACCCACUUUCUGUCAUACACUUGUGUAGAUUUUCUGCAUUAGCAUAGUUAAACUUUUUUUGUUUCCCAGCAGUUCAGCUAAUUAAGGCAACAUUUAAAGUACACGAUUCCCCCCACAGAUCCAUCACAGGAAAUUGUCGGUUAAGUUUUCAAAGGGGAGCUAUGCUUUAAAUAGAUUUGGAGAGAAAUCCAGUUAAUUAAAGAGUAAAAUGUAAAGCUUGUAAAUUGGGCAGAUCUACAAGGACCCAGGGAGGUCUGCCAGCGUUGUUUUGCCUCAUCUGAGACUCUGAUGAUAAAAGCAAGAUUAUCUCAGAGUGUGCCAGCUUCAGAACACAAUUUUUUGGACCUGCAAGAGGCUUUAAGGGUCCUCUUUUACAUCUGGUGUAAAGUACAAAUGUCAUUACUAUUUUCUACCCAUCAGGGUCAUCAUUUUCACAUCUAGCGCCUGUGUUUUAUUAACAGCAAAUGAACUUGUGCCCACAUUUGUUUCCAUAAACGUGUUGGUCACAAUAUGCAGAAUGACCAGACUCACAGGAAGCAUGCUACUCUGAGAUUGAACCUCCAAAAAACUUGGCCCUGAAGUCGGUACGUUCUUCAUAUUCAGAGGGGGCAUUAAGAUGGGCAUGAGAGGUCACAAGGCUUAUAUCUCUGCUUACACAAAAACAAGAAUGUGCAGGAGCAGUCCUACUUCUAAUCUCGGUGUGAAUAAUGAUAGUUAAAUUGAGUGCUUGAAGGUGGAGAGCUUUUGUUUCCCCCCCUACCCUCACAUGAUAAUGAUUCUGCUAGCAGUAUGGAGCUAAUCUAGGGAAGCCUGAAGACAAGGACACCCUCACCUUUCCUCAAGUUAGCUUUCUCCUCACAUUUAUUGAAUAUCUGAUAAGUUCAGCAGCAGUCGAACACAGGAAUGUCUCGUCAUCCUCGAGGCUCACUCUGAUUUCCUUUAACUUGAACUCAAACAGAUUUUAGAUAACUCCAUAAAGUAUAUGAAACAAAACCCAAUUGUAUUGGAUUAAAUCUUUUUAAUCACUGCAUGGCAGGGCCCAGCAGGACCAGUCGGAUCUGAGGGUGAUCAGGGACCCAAAGGUGAACCAGGGCCACAGGGACAGAAAGGGGAGCCAGGAAAACCAGGUCCUCAAGGGGAACAGGUCUGUACUCUUCAUGUUGUAUAGAUUUACUGUACGGCAUUAAUAAACAAACAGCAUAUUAGAUAUCAUGUGUGUCGAUAUCUCCAGGAGGAAUGCAUUUUAAUGAUAACAUGACAUGUAUAUUUAUACUAUGUUGAAAACUCCAUAAAACAGCAUCAUUAAUGUGACUCCAUGAGCAGGGUGAAGACGGUCUGCCUGGAAUCCAAGGUCCUCCAGCUCUGCCAGGAUUAGAGGUGAAAACCAACACUGUUGAAUAGCUUCAGCACAUUAUCUUUGUUGUUUCACUUGCCAUCUUGAAAUAUUGCCUUUCCUCUCUGAAACAACUCCUUUGGUAAGUUUGUUUCUCCUUCACACUGUUUGUAGGGGCCUCCGGGAGAAAUGGGACCACAGGGGGCUCCAGGUCCCACUGGGGCUUCUGUAAGUUUAGCUGGAGAUGAUGAAAUUAUCAACCUUCAGCAGCAGAGCUUUGAUUAUACUUUUUUGUUUGGAGAAAAUAACCUAAUGGAAAACUUUCACUGCUUUACAGGGUCCAUAUGGAAAACCAGGACCUGAGGGGAACCAGGGCAUGAAAGGGGAGAAGGUGAGAUCUUUUCUUAUCAGUGAAUCUUCAUGAUAGUUCUUUAUAGAUGGAGCAGCACCAGGUUUCAGUAACAGUUGAGGUACAGAUCUUGCCUGACCUCUGUUUGUCCCAGAAACUAAAACUGUCCUCUGUGUUUUGGUGCCUUUUUCUUUGGCAAGAAAAAAAAAUAGCAGUGACUUUGCUUCACAACCAAUAAAACAGAAACUAACCGAGGCACACUGAAUCAACAAAUGUGAGCAAACAGUGAAAUAGACUUUCCAGGUGAGGGGAAAUUUGAAAGAGCUUCUGGGUUAGUAUGACUUUCAGUAUUGUGAAACUAGAACGGCAGAGUCUGGGGUUCACGCCAAGUCUCAUAAAGUUUUCGUAACAACCUGUUUAGAGAAGCCAGAAAACAAAUGCAAGGAUUACGCCAACAUCUGUGUACCUCUCGCUUUGGAGCUUUACCGAGGUUUAAUGAGCUCAUUCAACAUUGCACUGAAAUACAGAUCAGUGUAAUAGGUCUCCUUUUAAUCAUAAGCUUAAUUCUCCAACCAGUAAAGGACAUUGAACUGAUCAGUUUUUAUUUUACCUCUGAAGGGAGACGAUGGCAAGAUCGGACCACCAGGGAAGACAGGCCAUGUUGGAAGGAGGGUAAGGGCUCUGUGUUUCCGUCUGUGAGGAGUUUGCAGGUUGUAGGCAAAACUUAAUAAUUUAAUGGUAAAUGAAUACAAUAAUGAAACAGUCUUUGUAAUGCUAAUGCGAACAGUUGUUUACAACUGUUAGAGGGCUUUUGGUUGCCCUUGAAAAUGAGGCUUUUCCUGCUGUUAAUGUACAGUGUGUGCAUGGAAUGAAAAAGGAACAUCGUCAGAAACAGCCACUGUCCUUGUACAGCUUCAUACAUAAAACAUCAGAUUGUCUCCUGCAUCUCCUCUCAUUGAAAAACAUGGCAAACUUGUCUGCAGGGGAAACGAGGAAAAGCUGGAGUCAGAGGGACCAGGGGAAUCAGAGGACCAAAGGUGGGAUAAACGGGAACAGGCUGAUGGCCUGCUGCAAGUCGGGUUUAAUCAUGAUUUAAGAGCCAAAAAUAGAUUUGUGUUUGGUCUUUUAGGGCGAAAAGGGAGACACAGGACAAGCUGGCAUCCCGGGUUGGCCCGGGCUCAUUGUAAGUCCACUUUUAAGGUCAUUAAACAUCUACUCGUUCUUGAAGCUGAACAUAUCGGCACAUAUUUGUCUAUUCAUCAAUCUGUCCUGUUCAAUGAUUCCUAGAUAAGAGAGCUGUAUCAUGCAAAAGUUUGAAAAUCAAAGGUGCAUUUCAUCUGUCAAGACUGUUCCUUAAUGCUUUUAUUUUUCUUACUCAGGGAAUUCCUGGCUUACAAGGAGAGUUGGGGGAUAACGGUGGAAAGGGGAAAGAGGUAAACAGGUUUGAUGAAACUGAAGGUUUUGGAGACAGCUUGCUUCUAAAAGUUUUUUUGUACAUUGAGUCGUGUUUCUAAAAUCUCAGAACCAUUUCAAUACGCAUGGCUAAUACUGAUAGAAAAUCAUUGAAGCUUUCACAACAGAUUAUACAACCCACUCUUUGUGGAAUUCAGAGUGAAGUGUGUACAAUAUGGAUAACUUUGUAUACUGUUUUAAAGAUAUCAGAAAAGUUGUGUCUCAGCAACUCGCAUUCAAAUUCAGACGGAUGUGUUAUUGAGGUGUUUGCUUAUCCGGUCCUUUCAGCCACUGGGCUCCAUUCAGGCGUUCGUCAGCCACCAUGCGCUUUAAUCUUUCAUCGUGCAGAUCCGCUGUCUCAGUAAAAGUGCAGGAUAAACCGUGUUGUUUGUGUCCGUAGGGUGAGAAAGGAGACAUGGGACUGCCUGGACCACCUGGAGCUGAUGGCACAAAGGUGAGAGCUCUUAAGGCUUUCAUGGCAAAAACUCAAAGAUCUCAAAGGAGAAAAUGCAGACAUGAAUCUAAAGCUCCUGUAAGAUGCCUCCAGAUGGUAUACUAAUGCAAACAACACUAUCAGCAACAAGCUUUUUUUGUUUUUCUGCCAUUGCUGAUGUUGUUGUGCGAAACCACGAUGGAGUUGCAUGACAAAAGGCCUGAUUCAUUUGGAGCAAAAGAUGAUAAAUUUCUAUGCAAAUGUAAACGACAUCCACUUGGCUCACGGCCACUCACAGACUGAAAGUUAAAGUGUCCGCUGAGAGCUUGUGAUGACUGCACUAUCAGCACUGUUACACCCAAGCCUUUCAGUGAUGGAGACAAUGAUUCCAACUCUAGAUAACCUAGAAACAAUAAAUCAGUGUAUAAAGUCUUUGAAUAUUACUUUGACAUUUCUGUCUCCAUAAUAAUCAGAGACUCAAUCAGUCUGGAGCUGCCUUUGGCUCAGAUCCACACAUGCAAGCUGCACGGUGGUUCAUCAUGACGCAGUGUUUUUCCUUUUUUUAUGUAUAUAAUCCAAUCAAGCUGCUUUUGCGAACACACUCCAAAGCACAAGCUGUGCAUAAGUGUCCCUCCUUGUUCAUCCUAUGAUAAGGACUGUAUGGAUGGGAGCAUACAGGGCAGCACAGGUGUUUUUUUUCCUAAAGCAGAGUAAACUUCUUGAAGUUGAAGAAGACCAGAUCAAGAUCAGAAGAGUUGAGAGGUGCCACAUUUUGCUCAGAGGGUGCACAAAAACUGACUCAAAACUUCCAAAAGUUUCUCACAAGAGAUUUUAGAGAUUGUUGAAGUCUCUUUUCCAUUUAAAUUGAGCAGUUCUAGGUUCUGAACACAAAAAAUGUUUACUUCUAAAGGUGUAGUUCAGUUGCAUGUUUGCAUUCAAGCACUGUCGACAGGGGAGGAGCAGCCAAAUUUUAUUUAUCUGGCUCCAUCAUUUUGCCAUGUCAUGUUAGAACAGUGGUUCUCAAGUCCAGUCCUCAAGCCCCUCCUGUCCUGCAUGUUUUGGAUGAUUCCCUGCUUCAACACACCUGAUCCAAAUGAUCAGCUCGUUAUUAAGCCAUUACAGAGCUUGAUAACGAGCUAAUCAUUUGAAUCAGGUGUGUUGGAGCAGGGAAUCAUCCAAAACAUGCAGGACAGUGGGCCUCGAGGACUGGACUUGAGAACCACUGUGUGAAAAGUAUAAGAAAAGGGAAAAGAAAAAUGUUUUCCUCAAAAUAUUUUAGUUUUUCUUCAAGAAAUGAUGUGAUUUAUAUGUAAGAAGUUGGUCGAGUUUUUUCAUAAAUCAGCAAAUUUGACUUGUUGUAACUUCUUAUAAGCUGAAAGUUUUCCACAUCACAUUAUCAUAUUAUAGCAUUGAUAGGCCACUGAAAACAUGAGCGUGUCUCUUAAGAAAUACUAUCCCUUUGCUUUUUCAGGGUAUUCGUGGUCUUGUUGGGUUGCCAGGUCCACAGGGACAGAAAGGAGAGCAGGUACAUGAAUAACUACGUCUUUUUUUCUUUUAUUUGAUGUUGCAAAUCUUCACAUGUUUGACAACAUUAGCUUUUUUUCAUAUAAUCCAAGUGUAACAAAUGCAUACUUUUUAUUUUCGUAUAUUUUUUAAAAUUGUUUUUAGGGAAAUAUUGGUCUGCCAGGACCAAGGGGGACACCAGGGAUGCCAGGGCUGCCUGUAUGUUUUAUUUUUAAAUUUUCAAUUCAAUUCAGUUUUAUUGCUCUUUAAUGUUAGACAUAAGUGCAUUUAUUAGUUUUAUCCUUAAGCAUUCCAUAUGCCACCCAGAUACUUUCAUCCCAUCAUAUAUAAAACAAUAUAUAGCAGCAGAAGAUUGGAACAUGUGAGGAAAAUGCUUUUGUUUUAUAAUAACUGAGGUCAGUCCUGUAGGGUCUGUCUGCCAGGUAGUGUUUUCUUGAGCUCAGACUGUUGACUCAUUCACAGUUCAGCAGCACAUAGUGAUUGUGUUCAACCUGCUGUGUCUUAAGGGGGAAAAUCCAACAGCUGAGGUUAUAAAAUCUGUGAAACUGUGGCUGAUGGGGUCUUAAUGCAGCAAAUGAAAGCACUCAGAAAAUCACCAUUCUUAAAUCCACUUCACAGAGAAAAACCACACUCAUGACCUUUUCAUCUCUUUUUCUCUCCUCUGUUGCAGGGUUUGUUUGGAUUAAAGGUAUGAUAUUAUCUUCUCAUGGGCUCCUGUCCUGACAGAUCAAACUCACUCCGCUCUUUUCUCACUGUUAUCUCAAGCGAACUCCCCCUGGGAGAUUAUUUUACAUUACACUGCGACCACUCUGCUUUGUUUUGAUGGCACCUAUAAUCAUAAAGCCGUCACCCUCGGGAAGUGACAUCACAAUGUAAUGGGUUUUUGCUGUGGAUUCUGUUUUAAUCUAUAUCAGCACGGGUUAUAGAAAAUGGUUUGAUAUUUCCAUUCAGAACUGUGCUUGUGUGUGUAAUUUCUGUCAUGCUUAUCACAUUUUGAAUUUCCCUGCAGGGUUUGAAAGGCUACCCAGGUUUGCCUGGAUUACCCGGCAGAAGGGGGCUCCCGGUGAGUACAAGAGAGUAAGAAAGCAGAGGAUGAGACAAAGUGGAUUAAAGACAGAUUAUAUAAACAAAACAAAACAAAAAAACAGUUUAUCUCAAAAAUGAUAACACGAACAGAUACAUAUGGCUAAAUCUGACAGUGGUGCUGUUUGCAGACCUUUUCUUAACGUUACUGUAACUUAAGCUUCACUAGUUAUUGUCAGAGACUCAGUUAUUUUACAUGAUCCUACAGUUUAACACCACAUCGCUUCAUUUAAGGAGCAACCUACAUAUGAAAAGUCUAAAGACAUUAUCCAGUUUUGUCUCACUCCUCCAAGCUCAGUUAUUCUUUGUGCUGAAUCAUUUAAGUGUUUAAAUUUGUCUUGACUAGUGUAAGGGUUUGUAUGACCAUGGACACCUGGAAAAGUGGUGGGCAUUGAAAAAAUACAACGUACAGGCCUGGAGAAGUUUUGAAAAAUGAUUUAACCCAGAAAAAAAUGAGAAGUGAUGUUUAAAUUGCCUUUUUUAUAAUCUGUAUAAUACAGUCCAUUAACAUCUUACUGUUGUGUCAGCAUUACUUAGAUAAAUGCUAAUUUUAUAUGAUUGUGAAAAUGUGUUGCAGGUGCAUGAAAGUUUUGGAAAAGUUUUGCUAAACCCCAAGUGUAUUUAAUGUUUUGUUUUUUUUUAGUUUAGAAACGAAUCAGGAGACAUGUUUCAACCAGCAUUAAUUUGACUUUAUUUUCUGUAAGCGUGGGAACACUUACCAUGUGUAGUAGAAUUUAUAACCAUUUAUAAUUACAUUCAUGAGAGUUAAUACCUAAAAAACACAUACUGCCUUCUGAAGCACACAAUGUCAUCAGUUUUACAUGCUUUAUAACAGACUCUGAAUGGCUCAUAACACACCCUCAGUAAAAGUAAGAUCUAAAGUUUCCAAAACUAUGAACUUUGUUUGAAUAUUGUUGAUGUGUGUACCAUGUAAAUCUUUUGUGUUUUAGGGCCCACCCGGGGUCCCUGGACCUCCAGGAGAGUCACUGAACAUGACAUUGUCUCAAAUAAAGGUAAAUUAUUUAUAGAUUUAAUGUCUAAUGAAGAACUCUCUAUCAAUGCAAAAGUCAAACAUUUUCUAUUAGAACUUUUUCUUUAUAAACAGUCAUAAAAUAAAGAAAUGAAACACCUUAAUUUUCACCCUCUAAAAUCAACUUGUCUUUAAACCUGCAUGUGGGUGUGUAUUUAUUUGAUUCCCUCUUCGUGUGCAGGACCUGAUGUAUUUGUCGGAUAAGCCCAACUAUCCUCUGAUCCAGACUCUGCUAGACUCUCUGCAGCAGGAGCUUCGGCUGCUGUUGGAUCCUCCUGAUGGCAGCAAGGAGCAUCCUGCUACCACCUGUCAAGAGCUGUGGAUCUGUCACCCUGAAUACAGCAGUGGUCAGUUACUGAGAAAAAUGAAUCCACACAUAAGCCAUAAGGGAAUUAACUAUAUUUUAGUUUUUUAGCAUUUUUUUUCUUAUCACACACUUUUUUUGUCACUUCAAUUAAGAAAAGAAUACACAAUCCUUUAAAAAACUACUAAUAUUUUCACUUAGUACAGCCACUGUCACUGAAAUUCUACAUUCAUAUCCCCCUUUACUUCUGUGAAAACCUGUGAUUUAUGAUUACACAUUUAAUACAUAUAUAUUAUUUCAUUCCUUCAAAACAAGUUGUAGCUCAUGAUUGUUCCGUUAUCACCAUUAUCAUAAUGUUAUCAAGAUUACAUUAUGAUAAUAUCUUGGCCAGUGGAAAUAACAACCCUUUUUGAGUGUUUGUGUGUUUAUUUUGCCUUGAUUGACCCAGCGCUCAGACGUUGUACAUUUCUGCCGCCUAACUGUCUCAGGGGCACUGUUGAGGUUUUAUUGCCACUUUGCCCAAGCUGGUGUCAGAUUUUAUCUUUCCUGGACAACAGCCACUGUUAAAGCAGGCCAUUUUAAAUCACACUGAUACACAGGAGGGUUAAGAAAAGAUUUGUGGUUAUUUUUCAUACUCUUGUAUCUAAAGAUAACAUGAAAAUCUUCACUUGUUUAUGUCUUCAAAAUACAAAACAAGUCAAAGUACUUCUACAUUUAUAGACAGAGGUAUUCUGUUCUAUAUCUAAUGAGGAAUUGAUCCUUAUUUCCUAUCUUAAGAUCUACAUUUCUUGUGCCUAGUAGUGUGCUCAGCAGUUGCCUGUAGGAUCAAUAUCUCAUUUUAUUUUACACUUUGUUUCUCUACCUUUAAAUAAUGCAAUAAGGGGUCAUGCUCCUGUAUGGCUCAGUGUUUCUGUAAAUGUAACUUUCAGCACUUCCAUCACUGCUGACCUCACUUAUCUCUGCAGGAAUGUAUUACAUUGACCCCAACCAGGGCAGCAAUGGUGACGCUCUGCUGGCGUACUGCAGCUUCUCCUCCGCAUCAGUGCAGACCUGCCUCCAUCCCCGAGACUCACAGGUAUGAAGACAUCACCUAAGGAAGGCUGCAGGAAAUUGCCCCUCAGGUUUAGUGACUCACUGCUAGAUUCAUAUUGUGCUGUUGUACAAGCUGAGUUCCAAUUUGGUGUGUGUCAACUCAGUUUUUAUAGUGAUGAGUGGACUUGACGCUGUGACAAAAGCACCUUUAAAGUGAUUUAUGGUGCUUUCAUGCCAGUGUUGUGCGGAGAGGUUUUACAGAAAUUGGGGGGCGUUUCCCAGUUUGGCUCAGGCGAUUUGGACAUACAUGAACACAGGAGUUUCACUCUGAUGUGGAUUGAAACAGGUGAUCUCCUCUGACUUAUCACCCUACAGUAGCAGGUGAGGUAGUUAGCAUUAAGAUAACAAUAGGCUACUCAAUGUUCCCAUUCGAUUCAGGAUAAGCAGGAGAGCAGAAGAUAGAAAAACAACAGCUGAAGUACUCAUAAAAUCCUCCACUAUUAACUAAAACUGACACUACACAAGAGCUAACCUGCAGUUGUCAACAGAAAUCUGUACCUUUGUAGAUGAAAUGGAAUGACCAACAAAGAUGAGUAUGUAAGCCUAAAGUGUACUAUAAAAGAGACUCUUGGUUGUUUACUUGGUGUUAUCAGAGAAUUACCAUAUAUUCUGGGAAAGAUAAUCUUAAUAAGUUUAAUUUUUUUGUGGAAAAAUAAUAUGAAAAUGAUCCAAAGUUGGUUCAUGAAAAAAUAAGUCAAGCUAGCAACAAGUUUUAAACUACACCAAAGGAAAGGAGUGCCACUGUGUUAUAAACCAAAUUUAGUAUAAUCAUGGAAGUCAUUACAAAGGUGUCACCUGUUUUAAUCUUAGUCUUUGUUCACAGGAGUUCUUGUAAUAAGUCAAAUAGUGCGUGAGCUGAAAAUUAAACCAGAGACCACCUGGAAUAACUACCAGCUUCAAAAAGAAAUAAAAGUCGGAGAAUUGUUGUAAUAUUGAGGAGGACAAAAAGGUUCUUGGAGAGAUAUUGAUGUAAAAGAAGCAGCAAUAAGAAAAGAAACUUUCAAAACAACACUCGAAACGUUAAGUGGAUAUUGGUGUACACAGUCAGAGAGCUUUUUUCUUAUACUGGUCAUGGUAAUUGUCACUUAGUAUUGGCAGAAUAUGUUUUUAAGAAGUGGUGAUUCUUGCCAAGUUUUUUUUUUUCCAAGUCCAAGUUAACCUAAAGAGUUUGUAUUUUGAUUCAACACAAGUUAAAAGUAUAAUUCAGUAAAAAAAUUUCAAGAUCAACCUGCGAAUAAUCCAAAUAUCUUCUCUACAAACAUGACCAAAGUUCACACAAGUACAAACAAUAAGAAAAACAAACAUUACAAAGCUGUAAACUUUUCUAAUUUGGUUUAUUGAAGCUCAUUUUAAACAAAGGCAAAAAAAAGGUUUCAUGUAAGCAACAAUUUAAACUGUAAAGCUGGUAGUGCUGAGUCAGGUCACCAGCCGUCUGGAUCUACUCUAAAAAUAUUACAGUAGUUGUUGUUGAGGCACGUUAAAGGAUUCAUCAUCUUGUAGAUGACACUGUUUAGAAAAAAGUAAUCAUCUUGCUUUGAUAGAACAAAGUAUGAUGAAAAAGUAGAUAUAGAUACAGUAGAUCCUAAGUUGAUAUCUUCAAUAUAGAUAUACUUGAUUGAUUGAUUGAUUGAUUGAUUGAUUGAUUGAUUGAUUGAUUGAUUGAUUGAAGUUUAUUUUGAACAUCUAAAAAAGAAACAACAAUAAAAAAGUAAAGAAUACAACAAAAAAUGACAACAAAGUUAUUAGAGUUCAAAAAGGAGUGGGAAGAAGUCGAGACUUAUCUAGUCCCACCCCUUAUCUACACUAAUGGUUUAAAUGUAUAUCAUAUAUGUUAUUAUAUAAUAAUACUAAUCAUCAUAGUAAAAAUAGCAAAAAAAAAGAAUUAAAAAAAUCACCACAGUGAAAAUAACAAACAACAACAACAAAACGAUGAUAAUGAUAAUUGUUACUACGAAUGUACAUCCCUGUAUCCCAUGAAAACAUAUGCUUUAUAUUUUGUUUUAAAUAACAUAAUGAUGUAGUGUCUACUGCCUUUGAAUAAUGCUCCAUUUGAGGUCUGAUUAUAUGCAGUAAAGCAGCUUCUUUUGAUAACUGUAUUUGCUGUAUUAGCGGGUAGAUGCCCUUUAAGAAGUAUUUAACAAUGUUAGCUUUGUGCAUGAAUAAUGUGUCCUCCCCUGCAGAAGGGAGCAGAACAAUGUGUGGCUAAAUAAGGCACGGCAUUCAUCCAGAGCACAUCAGCACAAUGGAGACACAGAUUUAUUCUCUCAUUACUCUGAACCCAAGUCUGAAUAAAAACAUGCAACCCCUCUCACCUCACUAUGCACACUCUUAUACAGUAAAUACCAACACAAAGAAUUGACUCAGUGAACCAAAGAAUAAUAUACGGAUUGGUCUCAGGCUGCAUGGAGUGAAUGCAUCUCUUACUGAGGUAUCCAAUUUACCUUUGGUUCAUGCUUGAGCAGAAUGUUAAUUUGGAGUUCAUUAGCAGCUGUCUGGACGUCACUGACCUUCAAAAGUCUCUUAUAUGACAGCACCUGUAUGGGUAUGCAUUCUGAUCUGCUUUGGUUUGCCUUUUCAGUUGCCCAUAAAAGCGUGGAUGGAAGAAUUCACUGAGGACGGAAAUUAUCAGUGGCUCAGCAAGCUGGAGCAGGGGUUUCAGGUGAGUCAUUCACUCUAAGAACAAAAUAAGAAUCAAAGCUGUUUUACUUUUAUCUGUUUACAGAUUUGUUUUUAAGACACGAGGUUGUAGUGUUGUUUUAGAGCAUCUAGUUUCCCAGUCAUUGAAUGUACAGCUCUGUCCAACAAAUAUUGAUCAUUAUAAACCUGCGACCAUUACUGAUGCUUUACAGUCUUAUUUCUUGUCAUUUAGUUUUACUAUCCAGGCGCCAAUGUGGUGCAGAUGCGUUUCCUGAGGUUGCACAGCACCUCUGCCAUCCAGAAGGUGACUUACUCUUGCCAUCCAGGACACAAACUGGGCCAGACUGAGAGGGAUAUCAAAUUCCUCACUGACAGCAGGAAGCAGAGUUACCUGGGAACACUGACAGAUUGCGUGGUAUGUAGAACAUUCUCUCGCUAGUUUCUCCUGAGAAGCUUGAGGGGGUUAAGCCAUGCUGUUGUAGUUUUUCUUGUUGAGGUAAAGUCUUGGCUGGCCUGGGAAUAACCAACAACAUUUCACCUGUUUCAGCUUUCACAGUAUCUUUUAUUCAAACCUUCUCAUGACUUUGAGACAUGUAUUGACCGCACAAGUAAGGCUUUUGAUUCCCAGCCAUGCCACCACAGGCAGAGGACUGUCAUGAAGGGGCAAAACAGGCUUUUUCUUUGAGUAUACUAUAUCGUUAGUAGUCAUUAAAGGUGGGGUAGGAAGGAUCUGAGGAAGUGCCAGUUUUGGGGGGAAAUCUUGAACGUAAACACUACCCCUCCAAACCAGUUCAAACAAAAAGACCAAAUUAAGACGAAAACAAUCAACGUUUCUUUUCAAACGCGAAAACUAAAUCUAAAACAGCUGCCACUAUGGUAGGUUGUUGUAUUAAAGUGUAAUUUGGUUCCUUUCUUCACAGCUCUUGCUCACCACUCUGAUUUUCCUAAUGUUGCUAAUAGCGAUGAAGAAUAUGUUUAUAAGAACCAAAAGUCUCUGGUUUUGUCAGACUUUGAAGUAAAAAAGAAAGGACUUGUUGUCUGCUUGUUCUCUCACUUCUCUUUCUCCUCUCGUACUCUGACUCACCAAGCUGUUCAGCCAGUCAGAUUGAUGUCUUUUGCUUAGUUGACCAAAAAGCUGCAGGCAAAGACUGAGUGGGAAAAAAUUUGAGAACACUGCCAAAAUGAGGGCCACAGAUGCUCACUGGCUGCCUGACAAAGGCAGAUGCCGGACUCUCAGGCUUGUAUGUCAGGACCAAAUUUGGGGUUUUCUGUUAUGAGUUUAUUAUUUUUAGAGGGAGUAGUGUUAUUUUUUUUUACUCUUAAAGUUGGAUUAAAGACCACAGCAUCCAUGGACCUGGUAUAGAUGGAUAGAGAGGCUUUGUUUUAGUGCCAAGACAGCCUCAUGGAGAUUUGGCCAUGAGCCUUGAUGCAGCUCACAGCCAGAUGUAACUUGGGAAAAGUUCUAGCAUCCCUCUGAUGAAGGGAAUAAAGUAGUUGAAGUUCUAUUUGAGACAAAACACAAAGCAAAUAUCCUACUAUGUGAGAACCGAUGAGUCAUGAUGAUUAAACCUAAAUAAGAUGUUUUCUGUUUCGCAUGUGUCAGCCCGGAGAGGGGAGCCUUUCUGGAACUCGAGAGUCUGUGUUUGAGUUUGAGGACCUCCAGCUGCUCCCUUUGAGAGACCUGGCAGUAAUGGAAGGCGGAAACUUCACACACCCCUUCGGCUUCACUAUAGGACCUGUGUGUUUCAGCUAG